UGUUAACACUUCUGAGCAGUUGGAGCAUUCCCAGCCUUGCCUCGGGUGUAGGGACUGCAAGCGAAAAAGCAAAACUACACGGAUAAGACCCUGUGUAGUUUUGUUUUUUAGGGAUAGUUCGAGGCUCAACCGUUCUCACACUGUGUUUUCUGGAAUCACAUCUGGAUAAGGAAUUUGUUUCAGAAGACAAAACCUUUUGGGAUUCGUCCCUCCAAUUCAAGGCACUCUUGUGGAUACAAGGUGCCUUCCACCAUGUCAACACAAGCACCAACAUUUACACAGCCGCUUCAGAGCGUUGUGGCACUUGAGGGUAGUGCUGCAACGUUCGAAGCUCAAGUUAGUGGUAAUCCAGUUCCAGAGGUGAGCUGGUUUCGUGAUGGCCAGGUUCUUACUGCUGCCGCUCUGCCCGGCGCUCAGAUCUCGUUCAGCGAUGGCCGCGCUGUUCUGAUGAUCCCCGCUGUGACAGCCGCACACAGUGGAAGAUUUUCUGUGAGAGCCACCAAUGGUGCUGGACAAGCCACUAGCACUGCUGAACUACUGGUUACAGCUGAAACUGCACCACCAAACUUCAUUCAGAGAUUACAGAGUAUGACUGUGAGACAAGGAAGCCAAGUGAGACUGGAUGUUCGAGUUACAGGAAUCCCUGCACCUGUGGUCAAGUUCUACAGAGAGGGCGCUGAGAUUCAGAGCUCUGCUGACUUUCAGAUUGUUCAAGACGGAGACCUUUACAGUUUGUUGAUUGCCGAGGCCUUCCCAGAAGAUUCUGGAACUUAUUCUGUCAGUGCUUCUAACAGCAGCGGACGUGCGACUUCAACUGCUGAGUUGCUUGUUCAGGGCGAAGAAGAAGCUGUACCUGCAAAGAAGCCAAAAACGAUUAUUUCAGCCUCUCAGAUUUCACAGACCCGUCAGACUAGAGUGGAGAAGAAGAUGGAGGCUCAUUACGAGGCCACAGCCAUGAUGCACAUGCAAGUAGAGGGUGGGGUUGUGACCCAAAAGCUGGCACAUAAGACUCCACCCCGUGUGCCGCCUAAACCAACCUCCAAAUCCCCCCCUUCACAAGUGACUAAAGUGUCAGCUGCCCGCCAACAGUCUCCCUCUCCUGUGAGGCAUGUUAAGGGCCCGACACCCACUCCUGUCAGAGCUGUGUCUCCAUCUACCAGACUGUCUGUUUCCCCAAUCAGACCAGUCAAAUCCCCUGUGAUGACCCGCAAACAGGUCACACAGGCCUCUGAGGUCCUGCCCCCGUGGAAACAGGCAGGAUAUUUAUCAGAAGCCAGCUAUACCCGCAUGAUUGCUGGAGCAAAACAAGUCCAAACAACCUCUACCCGCGUCCAAAUGGAACAGCACUGGGAAGGAUCCGUUGCUUUUCAGCAACAAGUUGGUGCUGUCCAAGAGGUUGUUGAGACUGCAGCCAUCCCAUCAGCUAUCAAAGAGCCUGUAGUGCCCCCUACGUUGAUAGCAGGUUUGAAGAAUGUGACUGUCACAGAGGGAGAGUCUAUCACUCUGGAGUGCCAGAUUUCAGGCCACCCCACCCCAGCCAUUAUGUGGUUCAGAGAGGAUUACAGAAUUGAGCACUCCAUUGACUUCCAGAUCACUUAUGAAAACAGCUAUGCCCGCUUGGUAAUUCGUGAGGCCUUUGCUGAAGACAGUGGCCGCUUCACUUGCACUGCUACCAGUGAGGCUGGAACUAUCAGCACCUCAUGUUACCUGCUUGUCAAAGUGUCUGAGGAGAUUGAGAGCAGAGAGGACAUUACUGUCCAGGAGAAACAGACUGUCAUUGAAGCCAAAGAAGAGACCAUUUCUGAAAUAAGUGCGGUCUCUGUGGAAACUGGAGCACCUGCUGCUCCUUUCUUUGUGAAGAAGCCAGUGGUUCAGAAGCUGGUCGAGGGGGGCAGUGUUGUCUUUGAGUGCAAGAUCGGAGGAAGCCCUAAGCCACAUAUUUACUGGAAGAAGAGUGGAGUUCCACUCACUACUGGAUACAGAUAUAGAGUUAGCUAUAACAAGGAUACAGGGGAAUGUAAGUUGGAAAUUUCUAUGACAUUUGCUGAUGAUGCUGGAGAGUACACCAUCUUUGCCAAGAAUCAGCAUGGAGAGGUGUCUGCUUCCACGAGCCUUCUUGAAGAAGAGGAGUAUGAAGCCUAUAUGAAGAAACUGGAAGUGACAUAUGUAACGGAAGUGACGACAAUGGUGCAGGAGCCCAAAGUGGCAGAUGUGCCCCCAGUAAUUGUAAGCGAAUAUGAAAAAGAGAUGAUGCAGAGGAGGAUGGCUCAGCAAACACAGAUGAUGCAGUCCUUCAUCUCAGAGACGGAAUUUCAAAUAUCUGCAAUUGAACGAAAAAUAAUCCAAGAGAUUGAAAUCCGCAUCCUUAAAAUAACUUACCGAGAACUGGUGAUUGAGGAUGGUGAGGAGAUGGUCAUCAAUGUUGCUGAGCAUGAGGCUGUCGGAUCCUCAUUUAGCACUCCAGUCAAAAGCUACAGAAUUCUGGAAGGAAUGGGUGUUACUUUCCAUUGCAAGAUGGAAGGAACACCAUUACCAAAGAUUGCCUGGUAUAAAGAUGGUAAGCGCAUUAAGCAUGGAGGCCGCUAUCAGAUGGAGGUUCUACAAGAUGGUAGAGCUAGUCUUCGCCUACCUGUGGUGUUGCCAGAAGAUGAGGGCAUCUAUACUGCAUUUGCUAGCAAUAUGAAGGGUAAUGCUGUCAGUUCUGGAAAGCUCUAUGUGGAGUCCACAGCAGCUGCUCAGCCUUACUACCCACAGGCCGAAGCUGUGAGGAGAGUCCAGUCUACAUCUCCAAUGUCUGCUCGCUCAACUAGUUACUCUCCUGGCCGUUCCCCUGCUCGCUCUGUUAGCCGUUCUCCUGCUCGAAGACUUGAUGACACUGAUGAGAGUCAACUGGAGAGGCUAUAUAAGCCUGUCUUUGUACAGAAGCCAUCAUCCUUCAGGUGUUCUGAAGGACAGACUGCAAGGUUUGACUUAAAAGUAGUUGGAAGACCUAUGCCCGACACUUACUGGUUCCACAGUGGACAACAAGUGGUCAAUGACUACACCCACAAGAUUGUGGUAAAGGAGGAUGGUACUCAGUCAAUGAUUGUGGUUCCUGCCAUGCCUCAGGACUCCGGAGAGUGGACGGUUGUUGCUCAGAACAGAGCUGGAAAGACUUCCGUAUCUAUGACUCUCACUGUGGACGCAAAGGAAAAUUUGGUCCGACCCCAGUUCAUUGAAAAGCUAAAGAAUAUCAGUGUUAAGGAAGGAAGUUUGGUUGAGUUGGCAGUAAAAGCCAUUGGAAACCCCCUCCCUGACAUCGUCUGGCUGAAGAACAGUGACAUCAUCUCUCCUCAUAAAUACCCUCACAUCAAAAUUGAGGGUACCAAAGGACAGGCACAUUUCCAGAUUCCUCAGACUGCUGGCUCUGACAGUGCAUGGUACACAGCCACAGCCAUUAACAAAGCUGGCAGAGAUACCACUCGCUGCAGAGUUAAUGUAGAGGUUGAGUUCACCGAACCUGAACCAGAAAGAAGACUCAUCAUUCCCAAAGGGACAUAUAAGGCUAAGGAUGUUGCUCCACCAGAAAUUGAACCGCUGCAUCUUCGCUAUGGUCAGGAACAGUGGGAAGAGGGUGACCUCUAUGACAAGGAAAAGCAACAGAAGCCACAUUUUAAAAAGAAGCUUACUUCAGUCAGGAUGAAGCGAUUUGGACCUGCACAUUUUGAGUGCAGACUGACUCCUAUUGGUGACCCAAAUAUGGUUGUUGAGUGGCUGCAUGAUGGCAAGCCACUGGAAGCUGCUAACAGACUGCGUAUGAUCAAUGAGUUUGGCUAUUGCAGCCUUGAUUAUGAAGUUGCUUAUUCCAGAGAUAGUGGCGUCAUUACUUGCAGAGCUACCAACAAAUUUGGUGCUGACCAGACCUCGGCUACACUAAUUGUGAAGGAUGAAAAGGGUCUAGUGGAGGAAAGUCAGUUGCCAGAAGGUAAAAUGCAGAGAAUGGAUGAAAUGGAGCGGAUUGCCCAUGAGGGCGCACCCUCAGGAGUAACUGGAGAUGACAUGACAGAGAAAUUCAAACCAGAGAUUGUCUUGCUUCCAGAACCCAUAAAAGUAUUCGAGAGCGAAACAGCUAAAUAUCGUUGUAGAGUGACUGGUUACCCCACUCCCAAAGUCAACUGGUACCUAAAUGGACAGCUUAUUCGAAAGAGCAAACGAUUUAGAUUGCACUAUGAUGGCAUUCACUAUUUGGAAAUCACUGACUGUAAGUCGUAUGAUUCUGGAGAAGUCAAAGUGUUGGCUGAGAACCCAGAGGGUACAGCUGAGCACACUGUCAAGCUUGAAAUCCAACAGAAGGAAGACUUCCGGGCAAUUUUGCGCCGUGCUCCUGAGAAGGCUCCUGAGGUAUCUGGCCCCGAACCUGGCAGAGUAUCUUUCGAUGUUGUGAAGGUAGAUAAACCCACAGAUGCUUCACAAGCAAAAGAAGUUGUCAGACUGAGAAAGGCUGAGAGAGUUGUUCAUGAAAAAUCCACAGAAGAGACAGAAGAGUUGCGAAGCAAAUUUAAACGCAGGACUGAAGAGGGCUAUUAUGAAGCCAUAUCCUCUGUUGAGAUGAAGUCUCGCAGAAAGGAUGAAUCAUAUGAAGGAAUGCUAAAGAAGAGAAAAGAAGAACUUCUACACUGGACCAAAGAGUUGACUGAGGCAGAAAAGAAGAAAGAGGAGGAGGAAGGCAAACUUAAAAUUCCUACUAUCAGACCUGAGAAAAUUACACUUUCUCCCAGCAUGGAGGCUCCAAAGAUCUUGGAAAGAAUUCAGAGCCAGACAGUGUCUCUGUCUGAUGAAGUUCGUUUCCGUUGUAGGGUUGUUGGUAAACCAGAACCAGAAUGCCAGUGGUUCAAAAAUGGCAUUUUACUUGAGAAGUCAGAUCGCAUUUAUUGGUAUUGGCCCGAAGACCAUGUCUGUGAAUUAGUAUUCAGAGAUGUCUCAGCUGAGGACUCUGCUAGUAUCAUGGUCAAAGCCAUUAACAUUGCUGGUGAGGCCUCCAGUCACGCUUUCUUGUUGGUGCAAGCCAAGCAGCUUGUAUCUUUUACCCAGACACUGGAGGAUGUCUUUGCUAAAGAAAAAGACACAAUGGUAACCUUUGAAUGUGAGACAAAUGAGCCAUUUGUCAAAGUCAAAUGGAUGAAGAACAAUGCCGAAAUUUUCUCUGGAGACAAAUACAGGAUGCACUCUGACAGAAAGGUUCACUUCCUGUCUGUGCUGACCAUCGACAUGCAAGAUGAUGCAGAGUACACUUGUGCUUUAACUGAUGAUGACCACAUAAGAACUUCUGCCAAACUUCAUGUUGAAGGUGCACCAUUGGAAAUUAUUAAAAAUCUGGAGAGUGUUGAAGUGCCUGAGACCUAUGCUGGAGAGUUUGAAUGUGAACUGUCCCGUGAAGAUGCUGAAGGCACCUGGUACUUUGAGAAUAAAGAAGUUACUCCGAGCCUUAAAUAUGUUGUAUCCUCUCGUCGUGGCCGACACACCCUGUCUGUAAAAGAUGUUAGGAAGGAGGACCAAGGCAAAUACACCUUUAAAGUUGGUGAUCUGAAGACAAGUGCCACACUGAAGAUGAAAUUGCGUCCUGUAACUCUGAUGCAAGGCCUGUCUGAUCUGACAAUUUGUGAGGGUGAUAUUGCCCAGCUGGAGGUGCGAUUCUCUCAGGAAAAUGUGGAGGGAACAUGGAUGAAAAAUGGCCAGCCCAUCUCUGCCACGGACAGAAUUCACAUUGUUAUUGACAAACUUGUCCACAAACUUCUGGUUGAAAAUGUCAACAGGGAUGAUGCAGGAAUCUACUCAUUCGUUGUUCCUAUUCAAAACAUUUCUACAACCGGAAAACUUACUGUCCAAACAAUUGAAAUCAUAUCACCUCUAAAGGAUGUCCAUUCUAUAGAAGGUACGAAGGCAGUACUAGAGGCUAAAAUCUCUGCCUCUGAUGUUGCUUCUGUGAAAUGGUACCAAAAUGAAAAGCUCCUUGUGGCUAGUGAGAGAAUCCAGAUGGUUGCCAAAGGAACCAAACAGAGACUAGUUUUGAAUAGGUCCUUUGCUUCUGAUGAAGGACACUAUAAGAUGGUUGUUGGCAGAGUGGAAACAGCUUGUAAACUGACUAUUGAGAAGGUCAGCAUCGUCAAGCACAUGCAAGACUGUGUGUGCACAGAAACUCAGAAUGUCACCUUUGAGGUAGAAUUAUCCCACACUGGUAUAGAUGCCUAUUGGACUUUCAAGAAUCAGCCUCUCAAGGCUGGACCCAAAUACAAAAUUGAGUCCAAAGGGAAGCACUAUAGCCUGACCAUCAUCAACGCUAUGAAAGAUGAAGAGGGCCAGUAUACAUUUGCAGCAGGCGAAAAGACAUCCAGUGCAAAACUAACUGUAUCAGGUGGAGCCAUAAACAGACCACUCCAUGAUGUAACUGUAGCAGAAUCCCAAACUGCUGUUCUGGAGUGUGAGGUUGCCAACCCCACCUCUGAAGGCAAGUGGCUUAAGGAUGGUCACUCUGUUAACUUUAGUGACAGUGUCAGGAGUGAGGAUAUAGGUGCAGUCCGUCGACUUGUCUUUGUUAUCACAAGACCACAAGAUAUUGGAGAGUACACCUACCAAGUGGCAAACUCCAAGACAUCUGCCAACUUAAGGGUUGAAGCUGUGAAGAUCAAGAAAACACUGAAGAACCAAACAGUCACCGAAACCCAAGAGGCAGUGUUCAGUCUUGAACUGACUCAUUUAGAUGUGAAAGGAUCCCAGUGGAUAAAGAAUGGAAUAGAAAUUGUCCCUAGUGACAAAUAUGAGAUAACAGUAGAUGGAUUGGUUCACAACUUAAAGAUCAAGAACUGCAACUCCCAAGAUGAAUCAGUCUAUGGAUUCAAAUUAGGAAAACUCUCUGCUAAUGCCAGACUGAAUGUUGAAACCGUUAAGAUUGUGAAAAAGCCGAAAGAUGUGACUUCCCUGGUCAAUGGAACUGCCUCUUUUGAGUUGAGUUUAUCCCAUGAUAACAUACCUGUUCAAUGGAUGUUCAAAAACCAAGUGCUGAAACCUAGUGCCAAUGUUCAAAUAAUGUCUGAAAGAAAAGCACAUAAGCUGGUCAUUCAAAAUGUUGAUGAAAGCAGCGAUGGAGAGUACACGGCUGUAGCUGGACAUUUACAAUGCAGUGCAUAUUUGCAUGUUGAAUCUUUGAGAGUCACAAAGCCCCUGAAGAACAUUGAGGUUCCAGAGACCCAUGUGGCCACGUUUGAAUGUGAAGUUUCACAUUUCAAUGUGCCAUCCACCUGGCUGAAAAAUGGAGUUGAGAUUGAGAUGAGUGAGAAGUUUAGGAUUGUGGUGCAGGGCAAACUGCAUCAGCUGAAGAUCAUGAAUACCAGCAGAGAUGAUUCUGCAGAAUACACUUUUGUAUGUGGAAAUGACAAAGUUUCUGCCACCCUGACAGUUAACCCUGUUCUCAUCACAUCUAUGCUCAAAGACCUGAACGCACAAGAGAAGGACACCAUCACAUUUGAGGUUACUGUCAACUAUGAAGGCAUCACCUACAAAUGGCUUAAGAAUGGUGUAGAAAUCCGAUCUAGUGAUAGAUGCCAAACUCGCACCAAACAGUUCACUCACUCGCUCACUAUCCGAAAUGUUCACUUUGGGGAUGUUGGAGAGUACAAGUUUGUGGCUGGAUCGGCUGAAACCGCAGCUAAGCUGUUUGUUGAAGCUCGUGUCAUCGAGUUCACCAAGCACAUCAAGGACAUUAAAGUUACAGAGAAGAAGAAGGCCAUUUUUGAAUGUGAACUCUCUGAGCCCAAUGUCCAAGUAACAUGGAUGAAAGAUGGCCAGGAACUUGAAAUAUCCGAAAGGUACAAAGUGUCCACAGAGAGACACAUGCAUCGUCUUAUGAUCCAAACUGUGCGCAUGUCUGAUGCUGGUGAAUACUCUGUGGUUGCUGGAUCUAGUGUAUCGAAAGCUACCCUCACAGUUGAGGGCAAGGAUGUUCGUAUCAGUGAACCUGCUGAGAAAGAAAUCACCGUACUUGAGAAACAACGAGCUACAUUUGAAUUUGAAGUCAAUGAGGAUGACAUUGAGGGUCGCUGGCUAAGAAAUGGAGUCGAGAUCCAGUUUUCUGUAGAUAAGCGCUUCAACUAUGCCAUUAUUAGGAAAAUUCAUCGUCUGACAAUCACAGAAACAUACAGAAGCGAUGCUGGAGAAUACACAUUCAUUGCUGGAAAAAACAGGAGUGUUGUGACCCUUCAUGUUAACAUCCCAGAGCCUCCACAGAUCAUCAGGCACAUGGAGCCCCUGUCUGUUGAGGCUGGUAAACCUGCACGUUUCUCUGUGGAAGUGACAGGAAUUCCUCAGCCUCAGGUAUCUUGGUAUAAGAACUCUCAGGCCCUGUCUUCUGGGUUCAAGUGCAAGUUUCUGAGGGAGGGAAAUGAGCACACAUUGCUACUUAUCGAAGUCUUCCCAGAGGAUGCAGCUCAGUACAACUGUGAAGCUAAGAAUGACUAUGGAGUAGCCACAAGCUCUGCAUCACUUAAUGUUGAAGUUCCAGAAGUUGUUUCCCCUGACACUGGAGCACCACUGUCACCACCUGUCGUCAUAACACCAAUACGCAACACUUCUGCCAAUGAAGGACAGUCUGCAAGGUUCCAAUGUCGUGUCUCAGGGGAAGAUCUGACUAUUACUUGGUAUUGCAAAGAUAAGGAGAUCAAGCAGUCUGAUAUAUUCAGAGUGUCUCAGUUUGAUGAAAACUGUCAGCUGGAGAUCACCAGAGCUUAUCCUGAGGAUGAGGGCGAGUACACGUGUGUUGCCCGUAACUCUGCAGGAAUGGUCUCCUGUUCUGCUGCACUUAAAGUGGAUGUUACAAAAGAUCGAGAGGAUAUUGAAGCAAAAAUUGAGGAAGAGGUCAAAGUGCCACCUGUUUUCAGGCACAAAAUUAAAAAUCUGGAGGUCAGUGUUGGCAGUCCUGCAAAGUUUGAAUGUGAGAUUGAGGAGGCUCCAGGUGUGACCUUCAAGUGGUUCAAGUCUGGUUCUGAGCUCAGACAUAGUGACAAAUGCAGGAUCAUCAGUCGUCUUCACACCUCAUCUCUGGAGAUAUAUAGCCCAACAGUUGCUGACAGUGGAGAAUUUACCUGCAAAGCUUCAAACCGCCAUGGAAGUGACAGCUGCUCUGCUCAACUAAGUGUGACUGAAAUUUUCCCGCCAGAAUUUGUAUCAAAGCCUGAUUCGAUGACUUUAUUUGUGGGAAAACAAGCAAAAUUUCAAUGUGUUAUUUCUGGUUCUGAACCAAUGAAUGUUGUCUGGCACAAAGACAAUAUUGCCAUUUCACUUGAUGAUCACUGCAAAGCGUCCUCUGACAAGAACAAGUAUUUUCUUGAAAUCUUGAAUUUACAACAAAGUGAUCAGGGAUCAUAUCUUUGCAAAGCUUCAAACAGUGUUGGUACAGCUACAUGCUGUGCUGAACUAAGGGUUGUAGACAAACCCAACUUUGUGAAGAGCUUUGAAGCAACCACUAUUGCUGUGGGAAACACACUACGUCUUGAGUGUCAGGUAGAUGAAGACAGUGGAGUUUCCAUCACCUGGAUGAGAGAUGGCAAGAAACUUCAUACUACAAUGGACUGUAAACUAGCUUUUGAGGAAAAAAUAGCCUGUCUUGAGAUUCAGAAGGCUAAACUCAAAGAUACGGGUACAUAUACCUGUACUGCUGCCAAUGACGCAGGGAGCAGCAGUUGCUCUUCUAGUGUGACAGUGCAAGAACCUCCAGUCUUUGUUAAAAGGCUGGAGCCUAAGAUCUUAUGGAAACAAGGAAUGUCAUCACGUCUGUCGUGUACUGUCAAAGGAUCAGCUGAACUACAUGUGACUUGGUUUUUGAAUGACAAACCACUUAGUUCUUCAGAAAAACAAAAAAUAACUUUCAAAGCUGGCCAAGCCACACUUGAGAUUAUUAACUUAUCUGAGUCUGACAGUGGAAAUUACACUUGUGAAGUGAUGAAUGAGGCUGGCUGUGAAAGCUGCACCUCUCAAGUAACUGUAAAAGAACCUCCUGCAUUUAAAAAGGAGUUGCAAAUGGUGGAGGUAGUCAAGGGCAGCACAGCCCAGCUUGAAUGUGAAGUUACAGGAACGGCUCCAUUUGAGGUGACCUGGUUUAAGAAUAAAAACCCAGUAUCCUCUGACAAGAAGUAUAGUAUUGUCUCAAAAGAAACAGUUGCAUAUUUGGAAAUCAAAUCAUUUGAAAGUGCAGAUGUUGGAGAUUACCAGUGUUCCAUUUCUAAUGACGUUGGCAAAAUAACUUCAAAAGCAGUGGCAAAAUUGAAAGACCCACCAUUGUUUGUAAAGAAAGUUGAGAACACCACUGCAGUUUUAAGCAGUGCUGUAAAACUGCAGGGAACUCUGAAGGGCUCUGCCCCUAUCACAGUUCAGUGGUUUAAAGAUUCUGAGAUAGUCAGAGAUGAUGAUCCUAAUAUUACCACGACUUUUGAAAACAACAUUGCUAUUUUGGCAAUAGCAAAUGUGGCCAUUAACCAUGGGGGUAAAUAUACUUGUCAAGCUGAAAAUGAGGCUGGAAAACAAAAAUGCGAGGCUACAGUAUCAGUUCAAGAACCAGCUAGAUUUGUUGAGAAACCACCAUCCAUCAGUGUGACUGCAGGUGACUCUGCAACUCUUGAGUGCAAAGUUUCAGGAAGCCCAGAUCUCAAAGUGAAAUGGUUCAGAGAUGGCAAAGAGAUCACAGGAAGUCGAAAAUGCAAAAUCUCUUUCAAAGAUAAUGUGGCAGCUUUGAAAAUUCUCUCGGUAGAGAGGGGUGACAGCUGUGAAUACAAAGUUGAAGUUUCUAAUCGGGUUGGAAAAGAGCAAUGCUCUUGCUCAAUUGUUGUUCUUGAUAAAAUAAUACCCCCAACUUUCACAAAAAUGCUUAAGAAGGUAGAUGGUAAUGUUGGAGGUUCUAUUCAGUUGGAAUGCAAAGUGUCAGGAUCCCAACCUAUAACAAUAUCUUGGUUCAAAGAAGGAAAUGAUAUUACGACUGGAACAAAAUAUAAAACAGAAAUGCAGGAAAGCACGGCAAUACUGAAAAUAACUGAUUUAGAGACAUCAGAUGCUGGGGUUUUCACCUGCCGUGCAACUAAUGCUGCAGGACACAGUGAAACAAGUGGAACUGUUUCUGUUAAAGAACCCCCAGUCUUCUCUUUGAAACCUCAAAACCAAGAUGUUAUACCAGGAGCUACAGUUGUCCUAACAGCUGCAUUCACUGGGACAGCACCUUUUAUUAUUAAGUGGUUCAGAGAAGACAAAGAAAUGUUAACUGGAGGAACUUGCUUCAUCAAGAAAGAAGCCAGCUCAAGUUCACUGGAGCUGCACUCUGUGAAGCCAUCUCAGUCUGCAAAAUACACUUGCCAAGUUUCUAAUGAUGCUGGAAAAGUCUCAUGCACAGCUGCCUUAUUUGUGAAAGAACCUCCAAAAUUUGUAAUGAAGCUUGACUCGACUAAACUAGUAUUGAAUGGGAGUCUUGCAACUUUGGAAUGUAAAGUCACUGGCAGCCCAGAGAUCAGUAUUAGAUGGUAUAAAAAUGAAACUGAAAUUAGCUUAAAUGAUAAAUACCAAAUGACCUUCAUCGACUCAGUUGCGACACUACAAAUUUCCAAUUGCUGUGUUGAAGACAGUGGAGAUUAUAUCUGCCAAGCAUCAAGUGAAGCUGGCAGCGAUAGAUGCAGUUGCUUGGUAACAGUCAAAGAACCUCCCGAGUUUGUGAAACCUUUUGAAUCCAAAGAAAUUGUUAAAGGCACAGAUGUUGUGCUGGAAGGAACAGUGUCAGGCUCAGCUCCCCUUGAGAUUUCCUGUUUCAAAGACUCAAAGCAGAUCCGAAAUGAUAGAAGACACGUCAUAAGCCUGACAAAUGAUGUAGCAGCUCUUCAGAUUUUAAAAUUUGAACCUGGGGAUGCUGGCAAAUAUCAGUGCACUGUAGCAAAUGAAGUAGGGCAGACCUCCUGUGAUUUUCAUGUUACUCUGAAAGAGCCACCAUCAUUUGUGCAGAAGAUGGAUAAUACAGAUGUCCUCCUUGGUGGUGAGGUUUCCUUACAGUGUGUUUUGAAAGGGUCAUUGCCUAUGACCAUCUCUUGGAUGAAAGAUGACCAUGAGAUCAAGGAAUCUGAGCAUGUUCAGAUAUCUUUUGAGAACCAGACCGCAGUGGUGAACAUUUCUAGUGUGCAAUUAAAAUAUGGUGGAAAGUACACUUGCCAUGCACAGAAUGAAGCUGGUAGUCAGAAAUGUACAGCAGUCUUGGCGGUAAAAGAGCCCGCAAACAUCACAGAGCAAGCCAAGUCUGUCAGUGUUACAGUAGGUGAUCCUGCCACUCUAGAAUGCAGAUACUCUGGUUCUAAAGUUCUUAAAGCAAAAUGGCUAAAGGAUGGCAAAGAGCUGACAUCAAGCAAAAAGUACAAAGUGCAGAGCACUGAUACAAGCUCCAUAUUAAAAAUUCUUUCUGCUGAGAAGAGUGAUGGUGGAGAAUACAUUUUUGAGAUUUCAAAUGAUGCUGGAAGAAGCAGUUGUGAGGCAGUUGUGACUGUUUUAGAUCAAAUAAUCAAACCUUCGUUCACAAGAAAAUUGAAGGACAUGGAGAGUAUAAAAGGAUCUUUUGCACAGUUGGAAUGUCUGGUCUCUGGAUCUCAUCCCAUAACUGUCACUUGGUUCAAGGAAAGUAAGGAGAUUGUGACAGAUGAAAAGCACAAAUGCAUAUUCUUUGAGAGUGCGGCAUCUUUGGAAAUCAGUCAUCUUGAUAGUUCAGACAGUGGCAACUAUACCUGUAUUGCUAAAAACCAAGCAGGCACUGUUCAGUGUUCGGGCACGCUGAAGAUCAAAGAACCUCCAGCAAUCAUUGAGAAGCCUGAAUCGCAAGAAGUUAUACCAGGAUCCAGAGUGCAGUUUAAUGUGCUCGUGUCUGGCACGCCACCGCUAACCAUUAAGUGGUUUAAAGAUAUGAAAGAGGUUUCAUCUGGGAUUGACUGUUCUGUUCAGAAAAAUGACACCUCUAGCUCACUGGAGCUCUUUUUUGCUAAGCCUUCUGACUCUGGAGACUACGUCUGUGAAAUAAGUAAUGAUGUUGGAUCAGAUUCUUGCCAAGCAACACUCUUCGUGAAAGAACCUCCCAAAUUUACCCGCAAACCUGAAAAAGUAACAGUGGUAAAACCAGGCCAAUUGGUAGUUUUUGAAUGCCAGAUUACAGGCACUCCAGAGAUAGACACAUACUGGUUCAGAGAUGGGAAUGAAAUAAUUUCAAGUGACAAGCAUAAAAUGACUUUUGUUGAUUCUCUUGCACGGCUUGAGAUAAGUAGCAGUGAUAUCAAAGACUGUGGAGUGUACUACUGUGAAGCCCGGAAUGAGGCGGGCAGUGAGAGCUGUAGUAUGGAACUAAGAGUGAAAGAGCCCCCAGUUCUUGUCAAGCCAUUAAGUACUCUUGAGGUUGUGAAUGGCUCAAAUGCAUAUUUUGAAUGUCAGGUAAAAGGCACAGCUCCUUUUGAGGUGACCUGGCAAAAAGAUUUAAAGGACAUUAAAUCAAGCCUCAAGCAUGUGAUUUUGCAGAAGAAUGGUUCUAUAAUGACUCUUGAUGUACAGAAAUGCGAUGCGUUAGAUGUUGGAGAAUAUCAGUGCAUUGUAGCAAAUGAAGUUGGGAGUUGUUCAAGUCAGACCACACUCAGCAUAAAAGAGCCCCCAUCGUUUGUGGAGAGGAUUGAGAAUGUUGUCACAGUUCUUGGGAAAAAGGUUGAAUUUAAAUGUGUUGUAAGAGGUUCACCACCUCUUUCCAUACAAUGGCAGAAAGAUGAAAACUGGAUUUUGGAGGAUCCUUCAAUUGAGAGGACAUUUUUAAACAGUAUUGCUACUUUGAGAAUCCCUGUGUGUGAGUCCAUCCACAGUGGAAGAUACACCUGUCAGGCUGUGAAUGAGGCAGGGCAAGAGAAGUGUUUUGCUACCCUUGUGGUUCAAGAGCCACCUCAGAUAAUUGAAAAGCCAGAGAUGAUUAAUGUCACUGCUGGAGAUCCAGUAAGUUUUGAGUGCAAAGUUACAGGCUCUCCUGAGCUGAAAGUCAAAUGGAUUAAAGAUGGCAAUGAAGUUAUGCCUUCAAGACAGCACAGCCUCAGCUUCAUCAAUAAUGUCAGCCAACUUAAAAUUCAGUCUGUCCAGUUGGAAGACAAAGGAACGUAUGUGUUUGAGGUGUCCAACCACAUCAGUGUCUGCCAGUGUAAAGUGACAUUAAACGUGCUAGAGCAAAUAAUCCCCCCAUCUUUCAUUAAACCUUUGAUGGAGAUGGAGGAAAUUAUGGGCACAAAUAUUCAAAUUGGAUGUAAAAUAUCUGGCUCACUCCCCAUAACUGUGGAGUGGAUGAAGGAUGGAACUAAACUGUCAGGAAGAACCAAACAUAAACUUCUUAAGGACGAAAACAACGUGUCUUUGGAAAUUGAAUGUUUAGAGAAAACCGACACUGGAACAUAUACUUGUAAACUUACAAACAAAGCAGGCAGUUGUGAAUGCAGUGGUACACUGAGGGUGAAAGAACCACCAAGCUUUGUGCUGGUUCCAGAAUCACAGGCUGUCAUACCAAAUACCACUGUUCGGUUUAAGAGUACCUUUAAGGGAACAUCUCCCUUCACAGUGAAAUGGUUCAAAGAUGACACUGAGCUGAUUUGUGGACCUUCAUGUUUUACCGGCCUGGAGGGCCUCUCAUGCUUCCUAGAUCUUUUUGCCGUUGGAGUAUCACACAGUGGAACUUACUCUUGUCAAAUAAGCAAUGAUGCUGGUACUGCUAAAUGCACCACAACCUUGUUGGUAAAAGAACCUCCAGAGUUUGUACAGAAACUGCCAGCUGCCAAAAUAAUGAAGAUGGGAGAGCAACUCCUACUUGAAUGCAAAGUUACUGGCACAGCUCCUCUGAAAAUGAGCUGGUACAAAAAUGACGCUGUACUCAGCGAUGGUGACAACACGAGAAUGACUUUCGAUAACUCUGUGGGAGUCCUUGAAAUUUUCAAGUGCAGCUUUGAGGAUAAUGGAGUCUACACCUGUGAAGUCCAGAAUGAUGCAGGAACUAAAAGUUGUAGUACCACACUCACAGUCAAAGAACCACCAGCUUUCCACAAAGUGCCAACACCAGUUGAGGGGCUGAAGGGCAAAGAUGCCAGUCUUAACUGUGAGCUGAAAGGCUCAGCACCUUUUGAGAUAAUGUGGUUUAAAGAUAAAAAACAGUUAAAGGAGAGUAGGAAGUAUAAAUUUGUGUCUGAGGGAUGCUCUGCAACUCUCCACAUCCUCGGACUGGAAGCAUCAGAUGCAGGGGAAUAUGAGUGCAAAGCAUCAAAUAAUGUAGGAAGUGAUUCCUGCCAGGGCACUGUGAAGCUAAGAGAACUGCCAGCGUUUGUGAAGAAAUUAUCCAACAUGACAGCCAUCUCUGGUGAGGAAGUGGUUUUGUUGGCAACGGUCAAAGGCUCGCAGCCUAUGACUGUGUCUUGGGUUCAGGAUAAAGACCACAUUCUCAGAGAUGGCGACAACAGGAAAAUUACAUUUGAGAAUAAUCAGGUCACACUGAAGAUCUUUAAAGCUGACUCUACAACUGCUGGAAAAUAUACAUGUCAGCUGAAAAAUGAUGCUGGAGUAGCUGAAUGCACAGCAAACCUAACUGUCCUAGAACCUGCAGCAAUAGUGGAUAAGACAGAGUCAAUCAGUGUAACCGCUGGUGACACUGCAGUCUUAGAAUGCACUGUAUCUGGAACUCCAGAACUUAAACCAAAAUGGUACAAGGAUGGUGUGGAGUUGUCUUCAGGCAGAAAAUACAAAAUCACCUUCUCAAAAAUGAUCUCCAGUCUUAAGCUAUUGUCAACAGAGAAAAGUGACACUGGAGAAUACACAUUCGAAAUCAAGAAUGAAGUUGGCAGUGAUAGCUGCAAAAUGCACCUCACUGUUUUGGACAAAAUCGUUCCUCCUUCGUUCUCACGAAAACUGAAGGACACACAGAAUAUUGUUGGCAAAACUGUUGAAAUGGACUGCAAAGCCUCAGGGUCUGCCCCUCUCACCAUCUCUUGGUACCAUAACGAAGAGGAGAUUAAAAGUGGACCGAACUAUGAGAUUACAUUCGCUGAGAAUACCUGCACAUUGAAAGUGCCAACUCUGAAACUUUCAGACUCGGGCACAUACAAAUGUAAAGCUGUGAAUAGUGCAGGAACUGCAGAGACAUUUGCGUCCUUAGUUGUUAAAGAACCCCCCUCUUUUGUGACCACACCUCAACCGGUGGAAGCCCUCCCAGGCACAAAUGUCACCUUUACAGCAACCGUUCAAGGAAGUACCCCAAUGAAACUGAAAUGGUUUAGGGGCAGUAAGGAAAUAGUAUCUGGGAGAAGCUGUGAGAUUGCUUUAAGAGGAGAUAAUGCAAUUCUGGAGCUCUUCAACAUUGAUAAAUCACAUGCUGGCGAGUACACUUGCCAGAUCAUUAAUGAUGCUGGGAAGGAAAACUGCACUGUGAACCUUUUUGUUAAAGAGGCUGCACAUUUUGUCAAGAAGCUCAAGAACCUGUCUGUUGAAAUGGGCAAGUCUCUGAUACUUGAAUGUACAUAUGCGGGAAGCCCAAAGAUUCUUGUGAAAUGGCAUAAAGAUGGUCAGGAGAUUUACUCCUCUUACAAGUACAAUAUUACUACCACUGAGAGCUCCUGCAUCCUUGAGUGUCUAAACAGUGAUAAAGAGGCUGCUGGAAAAUACACUUGUGAGGUUUCCAAUGAUGCUGGACACGACACUUGUGAAGCAGCAGUGUCCAUCUUAGAACCACCAAUCUUUAUUGAAAGUUUGGAGCCUAUGGAGGUCACUGCAGGUGAUGCAGUUUGCCUGAAAUGCCAGAUUGGUGGCACUCCUGAAAUUAAAGUGUCAUGGUUCAAGGCAGAUGGCAAAGUGCGCUCUUCUCCAACCUGUAAGAUGGAGUUCUUCAAAGGCACUGCCUGCCUGAAACUAGCUAAAGUUGCCAAAUCUGACAUUGGUGAAUACACAUGUAUGGCAGAAAACAGCAUAGGAUCUGCCUCUUCCAGGUGCCUCUUAACUGUACAAGAUGUGAAAACACCACCGUCUUUCCCUAAAAAGAUAACUAGCAUUACACAAAUUGAAGGACAGGCUGUCCAGUUUGAAUGUCGUGUUGCAGGAUCCUCUCCUAUGGAGGUCUCUUGGCUCAAAGAUGGUGAAGCUCUUAAGAGCGAUUCAGAAUACACAAUGUCUUUUGACGAUAACUCUGCUGUCCUAAAUAUAGUCAAAGGUGAAAUGAGACAUUCUGGAGAAUACACUUGCAUUGCAACUAAUAGUGUUGGAACUGCUUCUUGUAGAGCCAAGCUCACACUUCAAGAGCCAAGAUAUCCACCUGUGUUUGAUAAAAAGCUCAUACCUGUGGACGUGACAGUGGGAGAUACUGUUGAACUGGAAUGCCACAUGACGGGAUCAUUGCCAAUAAAAGUUACUUGGUCCAAGGAUCACAAAGACAUCCGCACAGGGGGCAAUUAUAAGAUAUCAUGUGUGGAUAACACUCCACAUUUGACAAUUUUGAAAGCUGAUAAGGCAGACUCUGGUCGUUAUUCUUGCCAUGCUAGUAAUGAUAUUGGGAAGGACUCUUGUUCUACAGAAGUUUCUGUUAAAGAACGCAAAAUUCCACCUAGUUUUACCAAAAAACCUUCAGCAACUAUUGAGGACACUGAGGGCAAACUAGUGAAGAUUGAGGGUCGUGUAGCUGGAUCACAGCCCCUGACUGUCAACUGGUAUAAAGAUGGCACGGAAAUCUUCACCUCUGACUGUUAUGAUGUAACCUUCAAGACCAGCCUGGCUGUCCUGUGCAUCAAAAAAUCUCAGCUGUCAGAUAGUGGAACAUACACGUGCAAAAUCUCCAAUGAAGCUGGCACUGCCUCUUAUGAAGUGUCUGUUAAGAUCACAGCGCAAAAGGUACCACCAAGCUUUGACUUGCCUCUUAAACCAGUGACUGUGACUGAGGGUGAAACACUUACCCUCAGCUGCCAUGUACGUGGAACUCCUCCUCUCAAGAUUCAGUGGAUGAAGGACAGACGAGAGCUUUCUUCGUCUGAAAAUACUAAGAUUACAUUUGUUGAUGGCACUGCCACAUUGGAAAUGACCCAUGUAUCUAAGGCAGAUUCUGGGGAUUAUCUCUGCAAAGCAACCAAUGAGGCUGGCAGUGAAUUCUGCAAGUCUAAAGUCACUAUCAAAGUUUCAGAGAAACCAGGAGCUCCUGCCCCAGCCCAGGCGGCCCCUUCACCACCUGAAGCAGUUAAAAAGUUGGACAACUUGUUCUUCAUUGAGGAGCCAAAGAGUGUCCAUAUCGUUGAGAAAGGUACAGCUACCUUCAUUGCUAAAGUUGGUGGUGAUCCCAUUCCCAAUGUGAAAUGGAUGAAGGGCAAAUGGAGACAGAUGACUCAUGGUGGUCGCGUCAGUAUUGAACAAAAAGGCCAAGAGGCCAAGAUGGAGAUCAAAGAGGUGACCAAAUCUGACUCUGGUCAGUACAGAUGUGUUGCUUCAAACAAACAUGGAGAAAUUGAGUGCAGCACCAACCUGAAUGUUGAUGAGAAGAAAGAGACCACUUUAGAAAUGGUGAAACUGAAGAAAACUCCAUCAAAGCAGAAAAGCCCUAAAGAGGACAAGGAUAUUGACAUUGUUGAGUUGCUUAGAAAUGUUGAUCCGAAGGAGUAUGAGAAAUAUGCUCGCAUGUAUGGCAUCACAGACUACCGGGGUCUCCUUCAAGCUAUUGAGUUUCUGAAGAAGGAAAAAGAACGCGAAAGUGGAAGACCGGAAGUGGAAAGCGUUGCAAGAGAGUCUGAGGAGGAUUUGGCUAAACUUGUUGCCGAUUUGCAAAAGAGGAUGGAACAAACUGAGCCUGUCACUGUGGUACAUGACAUCACGGACCAGACAACUACUGUUAAGAAGGAAGCUGUGUUUGAAUGUGAAAUCAAGAUCAACUACCCAGAAAUCAUACUCUCCUGGUACAAGGGAACCCAAAAACUUGACAGUAGUGACAAGUAUGACAUUAAAAUUGUGGGUGAUCGUCACAUCUUAAAGAUCAAGGAUUGCCAGAAGAGAGAUGAGGGCAAUUAUCGUAUUGUGUGUGGCCCACAUAUCUCCAGUGCCAAACUGACAGUGCUGGAUGGUGAAGUGGAACAACAUAUGCAGGAUGUGGCUGGUAAGGAAGGCCAAACUUGUACACUGACUUGCCAGUUCUCUGUACCUAACGUAAAAACCCAGUGGUUUAAAAAUGGGAAGCUUUUAGAACCUCACAGCAGAUACGCAUUUGCUGUGGCAAAUUACACUCAGAAGCUCUCAAUCAAAGAUGUUAGACUUGAAGACCAAGGAGAAUAUACCUGCAAAUACAAAAAUCUUGAAACCACUGCAAAUCUUUGGAUCGAAGCCAAGCAAAUACAUUUCACCAAACGCAUCCAGAACAUUGUGGUGCGAGAACAUCAGUCGGCCACUUUUGAGUGUGAGGUGUCUUUCGACAAUGCUAUUGUAACAUGGUAUAAGGACACUUGGGAGCUUAAAGAGAGUCCCAAAUAUACCUUCCAAAGUGAAGGGCGACGGCACUUCAUGAUCAUCCGCAACGUUACCUCUGCCGAUGAAGGCGUGUACUCAGUCAUUGUCAGACUGGAGCCCAGGGGUGAGGCUAAAAGUACAGCUGAGCUUUACCUGUCAGGCAAAGAAAUUGAUAUAGAAAGGGUACCUUAUGACAUCCCAGAUACAUCAAUACAAGUUCCCGAAGCAGCUGCUUUAACCAUUGAAGCUGAAUCUUCCAUGGAAUAUUACCAUUACGAAGAAAAAAUGGAAACACAAGAGUAUGUGAGCUGGACAGCGGAGAGUGUUGUAGAGGAAAUAUCAGUAACAGCCCCAAGGGUUCCCGUCGAAGAGGCUGUCAGUAGAAAAAUCCUGGGAAUGAGAGAGGUGGCUCCAACAACAGAAUUCGAGGAACCUGAGCCAUCUAAACCAGAGGAGCUAAUUCCUGAAGUACCUGUGAAAGCUAAAAAGCCUGUGGAAGAAGUAGUUACUGCAGUUAUAUUGCCAGAGCCAGUUGAACCCCCCAAAGUAAAAGAAGCACCUGUAGCUCCCGUGCCUUCUGCACCUGAGCCUGAAGAGCCUAAAGCUGCACCAGUAGCUGAGCCCAAACCAGAACCAAAGCCUAAGCCUGAAGUUAAGCCUGAGCCAAAGCCUGAGCCUACACCUGUGAAAAAACCUGAGCCACCCCCAGCCAAAGUUCUUGUGGAGGAAAAGCCAAAACCAACAAUUCAAGAACCACCAAAAAAAGUGCCUGCUAAACCUGAUGAAGCCAAAGCAGUUCCAGUGGAAGAACCUCCAAAGAAAGUUAUUGUGGAGGAAAAGAAGCCAGAACCUCCAAAGAAAUUGCCAGCUAAACCUGAUGAAGCCAUUUCAGUUCCGGUGGAAGAACCUCCAAAGAAAGUUCUUGUGGAGAAAAAGAAGCCAGAGCCACCAAAGAAAAUGCCAGCUAAACCUGAUGAAGCCAUUGCAGUUCCAGUGGAAGAACCUCCAAAGAAAGUUCUUGUGGAGAAAAAGAAACAAGUUGAAGAACCACCAAAGAAAAUGCCAGCUAAACCUGAUGAAGCCAUUAAAGUUCCAGAGACAGAACCUCUAAAGAAAGUUCUUGUGGAAGAAAAGAAACCAAAACCAAUAAUUCAAGAACCGCCAAAGAAAGUCCCAUCUAAACCUGAGCAAGUGAUUACAGUGGAAGAACCUGCAAAGAAAGUGCAAGAACCUUCCAAGAAGCCAGAGGCCCCUCCGUCUUUGCCUACACAGAGAGAAGACUUGAUUGAGGAAAUAAGUUAUAAGAAACCAGAUGCUGCUGUUCACAAAUUAGAAGAUAAAGAGGGCAAGGUGCCUCAGAAGCAAGAGACUGUUGUUGGUAUCAAAAAGGAAGAAAUUACAGAGAAGCUACUUACAAAAGAGACUGUUUCUAUCCCUAAAAAGCAGGAAAAGAAAGAGGCUCCCCUUCCUUCUAAAAUAGAUGAGGAAAUUAUACCUCAAAAGAAAGAGGUUCCUCCUCCUGCUAAACAAGUUGAGGAAAUAUUACAUAAAAAGAAAGAGGUUCCUCUUCCUCCUAAAAAGGAUGAGACAAUUGAACCAAAAAAGAAAGAGGUUUCUCUUCCUGCUAAACGGGAUGAGGAAAUAUUACCUAAAAAGAAAGAGGUUCCUCUUCCUUUUAAAAAGGAUGAGGCAAUUGAACCUAAAAAGAAAGAUGUUCCUCUUCCACUUAAAAAGGAUGAGACAAUUGAACCAAAAAAGAAAGAGGUUCCUCUUCCUCCUAAAAAGGAUGAGACAAUUGAACCAAAAAAGAAAGAGGUUCCUCUUCCACUUAAAAAGGAUGAGACAAUUGAACCAAAAAAGAAAGAGGUUCCUCUUCCUCCUAAAAAGGAUGAGACAAUUGAACCUAAAAAGAAAGAGGUUUCUCUUCCUGCUAAACGGGAUGAGGAAAUAUUACCUAAAAAGAAAGAGGUUCCUCUUCCUCCCAAAAAGGAUGAGGCAACUGAACCUGAAAAGAAAGAGGUUCCUCUUCCUCCUAAAAAGGAUGCAAUUGUUACGCAAAAGACAGAGAUUCCUAAAAAAGAUUUGCCUCAAACUGUACCUCAAAAGAAAGAAAUACUUCCCACACACAUUUCAAAGAAGAAAGAAGAAGAAGAAAUUUUCUUCAUGAAAGAAAUUACACAGAAGGAAGUAGUAGCUUCCACACAAAUUGUAGAGAUGAAAGAAGAAAUUUUCUUCAGAGAAGAAACUGCACAGAGGGAAGUGUCUCUUAAAUCAAAACUGGAAGAGAAAGAAGAUACUUUACCAAAAAUGAAGGAUGUAGUUGCUCUCACUACAAAAGAAGAGGUUGUAAUGCCUCAAAAGAAAGAAGUUCCUCCUCCUGCUAAAAAGGAUGAAGAAAUUGUACCCCAAAAGAAAGAGGUGACCCCUACAAAAGUAGCAGAGCUAGAGAAGAAACCAUCUCCAGAGAAGACCCCAGUUUCUGUGAAAGAAGUUGCAGCCCCAAAAGUUGAAAAGAAACCAUCUCAGGAACCUGAAAGAAAGAAAGAACCUUUGCCAGAGACCACAGUUAAAGAGGUCGAUAAGAAAGCUGAAGAUAAACUCACCCCUAAGCCCAAGGAAGAGAAGAUAAUUCCAACAAAAGUACCUACACCUAAAGAACCAGAGAAACUAAAGCCUGCUCCAAAGGAAGAACCAGUACCAAUUGUCCAAACAGUGGAAGAUGGUGAAAAGGGACCAGUUUCUGCACCUGCUCCAGGAAAGAAAGGAAAAGUUCUUAAAGUGAAGCAAGAAGAGGGAAGAUUUGAAAUUCCCACCUUAAAGAAAGCUACAAGAGUAUCCAAAGAUAAAGACGAAGAUCAAGAAAUGGUCAAACUGAAGAAAGUGCUCAAACCACAAGAGGAGGAAUAUAAAGAGAGUCCCAAAGUGUAUGCUGAGGCUCAUACUGAAGUUAUGAUAACUGAAAGUUAUGAGGCAGAAAUGCAUUUUGAGACUUAUGAAGUGACUAAGAGAGUUGAGAAAAUUCAACCUGAGGUAGACAAAAAGAUGCCUGAUGAACCUGAUCAAGCACCACCUCAAAUGAAACCAGAAACCGAAUUAGAAGAAAAAGCAAAAAAGACUCCAAUUGGAAAGGUUCCAAAAGAAGAUACACCAGAGGAGCCUGGCUUAGCACUGAAAAAGGUUAAAAAGUUACCUGUUGACACAAAAGAACAAGAAUCUAUCAAAUUAAAGCCAUUUGAGAAACCAGUAAAACCGCCAAGUGAAACCGAAAAAGACACCAAAAAAGAAGAAAAAGGAAGAGAACCUAUAACAUUUGAUAAAAAUAGGGAACCAAUUACUUUUCAGAAAGGAGAACGACCUGAAAAGGAUGAGAAGCCAAAAGAACCCGAUGUCCUCACGAAAAAAGUAGAACCCUCUGUUCCUGACAAAAAGGUGCCUGAUGAAGUUGCUGUUAAACCUGUAACCAGACCUCCCAAAGAGGAAGCACCUGCAGAGCCUAAAGAGAAAUUAUUUAAAGGUAAAGGUAAAAUUCCACCUAAAGACCAGGAGCCUGAGAUGGUUCAACUAAAACCAAUUCCGAAGAAACCUUCAGCUGGAUCACCAAAAGAAAAGGAGGUUUCAGAGCCAAAAGAACGAAAACCUAUUGAGUUGUCACCACUUACUAGGUCACCAAAAGAUGAAAUUAAAACAGAACCAAGUAUAACACCAAAAAGAGUUGAAAGUCAAGAAACUCCAGAUAAAGGUAAAGAGGUUGAGAAGAUACCAACUAUUGUACCAGUAGAAGACAAAAAAGCACCACUUAAAAAGGUUACGCCUGUAAAGAAGGAGAUUACACCAAAGGAAGAUGAGAAGAAACCAAUAGUUACCAAAAAGGGUAUUUUACCCAAAGAGGCUGAAAAGAAAGAAGACAUAGUUCUAAAACCAGUUGAGCGUGCAAAGAGUGCAGUAGAGCCUGAAAAGAUUCCUUCACCUAAGGUUGAGAAACCAAAACCAACUGAACCAGUAUCAGUGGAGAGGAAGCCUAGUGAGGAUUUGGCAAAGAAGCCAAAGAAAGUUUCACCUAAAGACUCGAUUGAAGCUGUUAUUUUGAAGAAAGCACCUCAGAAGGUUUCACCCAAGGAGGACAAAUCUGAAACUCCUCAGAUCCCUGAAAAAGAGGAGAUUCCAGUCAUAAAGGAAGUCUCUCCUGGAGCUGUAGAGUUAAGAAAAGUGUCAACUCAGUUUGAAGAAGAACUGUUAGAAGAAGAGGUUGAGGUUGAAUUUGAAGCAGAAUAUGAAGAUGAAGAAGAAGCAUGGGGAUGGGAGGUUGCUUCUCGUGAGAGUUAUGGCUCGGAAGGCUCUGAAGAAAGGUAUUUGGAGGAAGGUGCACUUGAGACUCCUGGGAUGCCAGGGGGUAGAAGAGAGGGAAAGCCUACUGAGGAAGCUGGAAGAGGCAGAGGCUUAAGACCAAGACAAACUCCAUCUCCUGGUGAUGCUGGAAGGGGUAGAGGGCUGAAGCCUGGUGCUGGUGGUGAUAAGCCUCCAGGAGAAUCACCAUUUGGUGCCCAGCUCAAAGCCGUCCCCUUGAAGUUUGUGAAGGAACUCAAAGAUAUUGUGUUGCAGGAGGCUGAGUCCAUUGGCUCAUCUGCUGUAUUUGAGUGCCAGAUCUCUCCAUCUACUGCCAUCACCACCUGGAUGAAGGAUGGAAGCAAUCUAAGGGAGAGUCCAAAGCACAAAUUCACAUCUGAUGGCAAAGACCGCAAACUGCAAAUCAUUGAUGUACAGCUUUCAGACACUGGGGAGUAUACAUGUGUUGCAAAGCUUGGCAACAAGGAGAAGACUUCAACAGCUAAACUUAUUGUAGAAGAGUUACCAGUGAAGUUCACAAAGAAUCUGGAGGAGGAAAUGUCUGUGAUUAAGGGACAGCCAAUGUACCUAACCUGCGAGUUGAGCAAAGACAGAGAUGUUGUCUGGAAGAAGGACGGAAAAGAGCUCAAGCAAAUUGCUGGCAAAAUUCAAAUCAAUGUUAUUGGAUUGCAGCGCUCUGUGACAAUCCAAGAUGCAAAUGAUGAUGAUGCCGGUGUUUACACUUGCGAGUGCGAGGACAUCAAGACACAAGCCAAUGUCAAAGUCAUCGAAAUAAUCAGAGAUUGGUUAACAAAACCUCUGAGGGACCAGCAUGUGAAACCAAAGGCUACAGCCACAUUCAAGUGCGAACUGUACAAGGAUACUCCUAACUGGAAGUGGUUCAAGGGAGAUGAAGAGAUUCCCUCUGACCCUACAAAUAAGACUGAGGUAAAAAAGGUUGGAAAAGAUAUGACGCUUACAAUCAAGAAUGCUCAACCUGGUGAUGUUGGAGAAUAUGCCAUAGAAGUUGAGGGCCGCAGAUAUGCAGCAAAACUCACUCUUGGAGAGCGUGAAGCUGAGAUCUUGAAGCCUCUUGCUAGUAUGGAGGUGGUUGAGAAAGGGGAGGCCAACUUUGAUACUGAAAUUUCAGAAGAUGAUGUGCCUGGAGAAUGGAAACUUAGAGGGCAGGUUCUAACAAGAUCACCGACUUGUGAUAUCAGAGCUGAAGGAAAUAAGAGAUUCCUUACAUUGAAAGAUGUUCAACUUGACCAGGCUGGAGAAGUCUCAUACCAAGCUUUGAAUGCCAUAACUACUGCUAUGCUAAUGGUCAAAGAAAUUGAAAUGGACUUCACAGUCCCAUUGAAGGAUGUUACUGUGCAUGAAAAGAAACAGGCAAAGUUUGAAUGCACGAUCACAAAAGAUGUGCCUAAAGUGAUGUGGUUGAGAGGAUCUGAUAUUAUAACACCAGACCAAAAAUAUGAUAUCAUUGAUGAUGGAAAGAAACACAUGUUGGUCAUAAACCACUGUGAAUUUGAGGAUGAGGGAGAAUAUUCUGUUGAGGUGUUGGGUAAAACAUCAACAGCCAAACUGACAGUUGAGGGUAUGCGGCUGAAAUUCAUCUCACCGAUAUCGGAUCAAACUGUCAAAGAAGGUGAAACAGCUCGGUUUGAGCUUGAACUGUCCCAUGAAAAUGUACCAUUGACAUGGUACAAAAAUGAAACAAAACUGCAUCCAAGCAGAACUGUACUUACGCAUGUUGAUGGAAAGAAACAUAUAUUAGAAAUCAAGAAUGUCACUCUAGAUGAUACUUGCCAAAUAAAAGCAGAGGCUAAAGGAUUAUCAACAACAGCAAACCUGACGGUGCUAGAGGGAGAUGCCUACUUCACAGUUAAACUGCAAGAUUACACAGCAGUUGAGAAAGACGAGGUCACUCUUGACUGCGAGCUCAGCAAGGAUGUUCCUGUGAAGUGGUUCCACAAUGAGACCGAAAUUAAAGCCUCCAAGAUGGUUACCAUGAAAGCUGAGGGCAAGCGAAGAAUCUUAAACAUCAAGAAAGUUGAAGAAAAAGACAAAGGAUUAUACGUUUGUGACUGUGGAACAGACAAGACUUCGGCCACGAUGAACAUUGAAGCACGUGACAUCAAAGUGGUGCGACCCAUGUAUGGUGUUGAGCUAUUCGAUGGUGAGACAGCUCGGUUUGAGGUGGAAAUUUCUGAAGAUGAUGUCCAUGGUCAGUGGAAGCUGCAAGGAGAAGUCCUCUCCCCAUCACCUGAUGUUGAAAUCAUUGAGGAUGGCGCUAAGCACAUCUUAACUUUGUACAACUGUAAAGUGUCCCAGUCUGGAGAGGUUUCAUUCCAGGGUGCCAAUGCAAAAUGUUCUGCUAAUCUAAAAGUGAAAGAGCUUCCCAUUACUUUUGUAACACCUCUGGCUGAUGUGCAUGUAUAUGAGAAAGAUGAGGCAAGGUUUGAGUGUGAGAUCUCAAGACAACCAAAAAGCUUCCGUUGGUUGAAAGGAACUCUGGAGAUUAAAACUGAUGAUAAAUUUGAGGUACUUCAAGAGGGCAAAAGAUACAUUCUGGUGGUCAAAUCUGCUGCCUAUGAGGAUGAGGCUAAGUAUAUGUUUGAGGCUGAGGACAAGAGAACAUCUGCCAAGCUUGUUAUCCAGGGCAUCCGUCUUGAGUUCGUCAGACCCAUUAAAGAUGUCACCGUUAAAGAGCGUGAGACUGCAGAAUUCAGCAUUGAACUCUCUCAUGAAAAGGUUCAAGUCACCUGGUAUAAGAAUGACAUGCGUUUGCAUCCAAGUAAAGUGGUACACUUGUCCGAGGAUGGAAAAACCCAUACUCUGUCCUUCAAAGAGGUCUCUAUUGAUGACACUUCUCUAAUUAAAGCUGAGGCCCUUGGGAAAACCUGUGAGGCAAUGCUUACUGUACUUGAGGGAGAACCUUACUUUACUACCAAGUUGCAGGACUACACUGCAGUUGAGAAAGAUGAGGUUGUCCUGAAGUGUGAAGUGAGCAAAUCAUCUGCUCAAGUGAAAUGGUUCAAAGAUGGCAAGGAGAUCACUCCCUCUAAGAACGUCCUCAUUAAGGCUGAUGGAAAGAAACGUAUCUUGACAGUGAAGAAGGCAGAGAAGGCCAACAUUGGUGAAUAUGUGUGUGACUGCGGCUCUGACAAAACAACAGCCAAGCUUAACAUUGAAGAACGCGAUAUUAAGAUUGUUCGUCCACUGUACAGCGUGGAGGUCACAGAGACAGAGACUGCUCGCUUUGAGACAGAAAUCUCUGAGGAGGAUGUUCAUGGUAACUGGAAACUCAAAGGAGAGGCCCUGCACCAGUCACCGGACUGUGAAAUUAAGGAGGAAGGCACCAAGCACAUGCUUAUCCUUUACAAUGUUCGCAUGGAUAUGGCGGGUGGUGUGGAUUUCAGUGCUGCUAAUGCUAAAUCAAGUGCUCAGCUCAGAGUUAAAGCACGAGUGAUAGGCCUCCUGAGGCCUCUCAAGGAUGUAACAGUGACAGCGGGAGAGACAGCAACCUUUGACUGCGAACUGUCUUAUGAGGGCAUACCUGUGGAAUGGUUCCUAGGGGGUACAAAGCUGGAACCAAGUGACAGAGUGGUGCACCGUUCAGAGGGCAGAACUCACACGCUGACCCUUAGGGAUGUGAAACUGACAGAGGCUGGAGAAGUAAAACUCACUGCAAAGGACUUCGUGACACAGGCUCAACUCAUUGUAAAUGAACCUCCAGUUGAAUUCACCAAACCUCUUGAGGACCAGACUGUAGAAGAAGAAGCCACCGCUGAACUAGAGUGUGAAGUCUCCAAAGAGAAAGCUGAGGUCAGGUGGUUUAGAGAUGGACAAGAAAUUCGCAAAACCAAGAAGUAUGACAUGGUUGCUGAUGGCUGUAAAAGAAAACUUCUUAUCCAUGACUGCACACUUGAUGACUCAAAGACAUAUACCUGUGAUGCUAAACAGUUCAAGACUUCAGCCUUCUUAAAUGUUGAACCUCCACAUGUUGAGUUCUCAAAGCCACUCCAUGAUGUUGAGGUCAAAGAGAAGGAAUCUGCCAGAUUUGAAUGUGAAGUGUCUCGUGAAAGUGCUAAGGUUCGCUGGUUCAAAGAUGGUAAUGAAAUCAGAAAAGGCAAGAAAUAUGAGAUCAUUUCUGAAGGAGUAAAACGUAUUCUCAUCAUAAGCAAGUCUGUCUUUGAUGAUGAAGCAGAAUAUGAAUGCGAUGCCAGGACUUCCAAAACCUCUGGAAUGCUGACUGUCAUUGAGGAGGAGACUAGAUUCACAAAGAACUUGGCUAAUGUUGAAGGCACUGAAACGGACAGUGUUAAACUGAUUUGUGAAGUCUCCAAGCCCAGUGCAGAGGUUACAUGGUACAAGGGUGACCAAGAGUUGCCUGAAGUUGGUAGAUAUGAGCAUAUUACAGAUGGCAAAAAGAGAAUCCUAAUAAUUAAGGGCCUCCGUAUGGAUGAUGCUGGAGAGUACCACUGCAAACUGCCCACCUCACAAACCACAGGGAACCUAAGGAUUAAUGAACUUGCUGCUGAGUUCAUUGCAAGGCCUCAAAGCCAGGAGGUGGUUGAAGGUGAAAAGGCACAAUUUGUGUGCUCUGUCUCGAAAGACACAUAUGAAGUGAAAUGGCUCAAAGGAGAUAAGGAACUUCAAUCAGAUGACAAAUACGAUAUAAUUUCUGAGGGCAAAAAGAGAGUUCUUGUUGUCAAAAAUUGUGAACUCAAGGAUGAAGGUGGCUUUGUAGUCCUCAUUGGGACCACCAGAGCCUCAGCUGAUCUGACUGUUCUUGAAAAGCUGAGGAUUAUCACUCCUCUAAGAGACAUAAAGGCAAAUGAAGGACAAGAGACUGUCCUCAAUUGUGAAGUUAACACUGAGGGGGCCAAAGCCAAAUGGCUGAAGAAUAAUGAGACUUUAUUUGAAAGUAGCAAGUUCAUCAUGGUUCAGAAGGACAAUGUAUUCUCUCUGAGGAUCAAAGACACUCAAAAAUCAGAUGAGGCCAACUACACCAUUACACUGACCAACCAACGUGGUGAACACGCAAAGAGCUCUGCCAACAUUACUGUGCAAGAGGAAGAUCUUCGAAUCAUUGUUCCCCCUGAGGAUGUUGACACACAGGAGAAAAAGAUUGUCAGCUUCACAUGCAAGGUGAACAGACCAAAUGUAACAGUACAGUGGAUGAAGGCAGGUCAGGAAAUCACUCUCAGCAAGAGAAUUCUGUAUCGUGUGGACAAGGACAAGCACACUCUGACCAUUAAAGACUGCAGUCUUGCAGAUGAGGGUGAAUAUAGUGUAGUUGCUGGUGCUGAUAAGGCCACAGCAGAACUGAUCAUCAGUGAGGCACCCGCUGACUUCACCGCUCAGCUCAGUGACCAAACCAUCACUGAGUUUGAGGAUGCUGAGUUCACAUGUGAACUGUCCAAAGAGAAGGCCGAAAUCAAAUGGUACAGAGAUGGCAGGGAGAUCAGAGAAGGACCCAGAUACCAAUUUGAGAGAGAUGGCAAAACAUGUAGACUGCGUAUAAAAGAGUGCAGACCAGAUGAUGAGUGUGAAUAUUCCUGUGGAGUGGAUGACAAGAGAACAAGAGCCCGCCUUUUUGUUGAGGAGACCCCUGUGGAGAUUGUCAGACCACCCACAGAUGUGUUUGAGCCCCCAGGCUCAGAUGUUGUGUUUGAAGUUGAGCUCAAUAAAGACAGAGUUGAGGUCAAAUGGCUGAGGAACAACAUGACCGUUGUUCAAGGUGAUAAGUACCAGAUGAUGAGCGAGGGUAAGAUUCACAGGCUUCAAGUGUGUGAAAUCAGACCACGUGAUCAAGGCGAGUACAGAGUCAUUGCCAAGGACAAAGAUGCCAGAGCCAAGCUUGAGCUUGCUGCCAUGCCAACAAUUAAAACCUUGGAUCAAGACCUGGUGACAGAUGCUGGAAAGCCAUUUGUUAUGGCAGUCCCUUACAAUGCUUACCCGCAUGCUGAGGCUGAGUGGUUCUAUGAUGACAUCAGUCUUCCAAAAGACAAUGUUAACACUUCUGUUGACAGGACAGAAUAUAGGCUGAAGGACCCAAAGAAGUCAGAGGAAGGUCGCUAUAAAAUCCUCAUCCAAAACAAACAUGGAAAAGGAGAGGCUUUUAUAAACCUAAAAGUUAUUGAUGUUCCUGGGCCUGUGAAGAACCUUCAAGUUGUUGACACUGCUGAUGGUGAGGUCAGCAUUGCAUGGGAAGAGCCAGAGAGUGAUGGUGGCAGCAAGAUCUUGGCUUAUGUUGUUGAAAGACGUGAUAUCAAACGUAAGACCUGGACCAUGGCCACUGACUGUGCCGAUAGCACAGAGUACUGUGUAACUGGCUUGCAGAAAGACUCCAAGUACCUGUUCCGUGUCUGUGCACGUAACCGCAUCGGAAGUGGGCCCAAUGUUGAGACCGAUAAAGCUGUUCAAGCUAAGAAUAAGUUUGAUGUUCCUGAUCCACCACAGAAUGUUAUUGUUGGAAAUGUCAACAAGUUUGGUGCCACAGUCUCCUGGGAACCACCACUGUUCGAUGGUGGAUCAGAGAUCACAUCAUACAUUAUUGAGCUCCGUGAUAGAACUUCUGUGAGCUGGUCUCCAGCCAUGGUGACCAAACCACAUGAACGCUCAGCUAUUAUUAAUGAUGUUAUUGAGAACAAAGAAUACAUCUUCCGUGUUAAGGCUGAGAACAAGGCUGGAAUUGGCAAACCAAGUGCGGCCACUAAUCCAGUGAAGAUCAUGGACCCUAUUGAGAGGCCGAGCCCUCCACUGAAUUUGACACACUCUGAACAGACAAAGGACUCCUGUCUGUUGACAUGGGAGACUCCCUUAAAAAAUGGAGGCACACCAAUCACUGGCUACAUCAUUGAGAGAUGUGAAGAAGGCACAGACAAGUGGCUCAGAUGCAAUGCCAGGCUUUGGCAGGACCUGGUCUACAGGAUUUCAGGCCUGAAAUUUGGAACAAAAUACAGCUAUAGAGUGCUUGCUGAGAAUGCAGCCGGCCAGUCUGACCCCUCAAAUAUUGUUGGGCCCGUGUUGGCAGAUGAUCCCCACUUUGCACCUACUCUCGACCUGAGUGCAUUUAAGGAUGGUCUAGAGGUUAUUGUCCCUAAUCCUCUUACAAUUCGUGUCCCUAUCACUGGGUACCCAGUGCCCACAGCAAAGUGGACAUUUGGUGAAAAUGCACUUACAGCUGGUGACCGUGUGUCCAUGGUUACAAAGUCGACCUUCACCGAGCUCAUUGUAACCCCAAGUGUGCGCCCUGACAAAGGCACAUACUCCUUGACAUUGGAAAAUGAUGUGACCAGUGUCUCAGGAGAGAUUGAAGUUAAUGUCAUUGCCUCUCCAAGUGCACCCAAAGACUUAAAGGUUGCAGAAGUGACCAGAAAGCAUGUUCACUUGAUGUGGGAGUCACCUGAACAUGAUGGAGGCAGUCCGAUCACAGGCUAUCAGGUUGAAAAGCGUGAGGUUUCCAGAAAGACCUGGGUGAAGGUGAUGGCAGGUUUGCAGGACCAGGAAUAUACAGUCACAGAUGUUGUUGAGGGCAAGGAGUACUUGUUCAGAGUUAUUGCCUGCAACAAAUGUGGCCCUGGAGAGCCCGCCUACAUUGAUGACCCAGUGAACGUGUCUUCACCUGCAACUAUACCAGACCCACCAGAAAAUCUUAAAUGGAGAGACAAGUCUGCUAGCAAGAUCUUCUUGUCAUGGGAACCUCCCAAGUGGGAUGGUGGAACUCCAAUUAAGGGCUAUAUUGUUGACAAAUGUCAACGUGGCACUGACAAGUGGGAACCAUGUGGAGACCCAGUUCCUGAUCUUAAGUUUGAAGUGACUGGUCUCACUGAAGGACAGUGGUAUGCUUAUCGUGUGAGGGCUUUGAACAAACUGGGUGCCAGUAAGCCUUGCAAGGCGACAGAUGAGAUUUUGGCCGUUGAUCCUAAAGAGCCUCCAGAGAUUCAGCUUGAUGCAAAACUGCUGGCUGGCCUCACUGCUAAGGCUGGAACAAAGAUUGAACUUCCUGCUGACAUCACAGGCAAACCAGAGCCUAAAGUCAAAUGGACCAAGGCUGACCUAGUCCUGAAGCCAGAUGAUAGAAUCUCAAUUGAUACCAAGCCUGGCCACUCAACUGUGUCCAUUGCGAAGACCAAUAGAGAUGACACCGCUACAUACAUCAUUGAGGCAGUCAACAGCAGUGGCCGUGCAACUGCAACAGUUGAUGUCAACAUUCUAGAUAAACCUGGUCCUCCAGCUGCCUUUGAUAUCUCUGAAAUCACCAGUGAGUCCUGCUUGUUAGCCUGGAAUCCUCCAAGAGAUGAUGGUGGCUCAAAAGUGACCAACUACAUUAUUGAGAGGAGGGCUGUAGACAGUGAAAUCUGGUACAAGUUGUCCUCCACUGUGAAGCAGACCACCUACAGGGCCACCAAACUUGUGGCUUUCAAGGAAUAUGUCUUUAGGGUCUAUGCUGAAAAUCAGUUUGGAGUGGGUUCCCCAGCAGAACAUGCCCCAAUAACUGCCAGAUACCCCUUUGAUACUCCUGGCCCUCCAUACAAAUUGGAGCCAUCUGAUAUUGUUAAGGAUGCAGUAACUCUGUCUUGGUAUGAGCCUGAUGAUGAUGGUGGAAGUCCUAUUACUGGAUAUUGGGUUGAGAGAUAUGAGCCUGAGCACGACAAAUGGAUCAGAUGCAACAAGCUGCCUGUCACGGACACAAACUAUAGGGUAAAAGGACUGCCAACAAGAAAGAAGUAUAAGUUCCGUGUUUUGGCAGAGAAUCUUGCUGGACCUGGCAAACCAAGCAAAGAGACAGACCAGCUUUUGAUUAAAGAUCCAAUAGAUCCCCCAUGGGCCCCUGGUAAGCCCACUGUUAAGGAUGUGGCCAAAACAACUGCCUUCCUACAAUGGACAAAACCUGAACAUGACGGUGGUGCAAAGAUUGAGUCUUACAUCAUUGAACUCCUUAAGAGUGGAACUGACGAGUGGGUUCGUGUAGCUGAUGGUAUCCCCUCUCUUGAGUACUUCCUGAAAGGAUUGAUGGAGAAGCAAGAGUACUCAUUCCGUGUCAGAGCUGUCAAUGCAGCCGGCGAGAGUGAACCUAGUGAACCAAGUGAUCCAGUGCUCUGCAAGGAGAGACUCAAUCCUCCAUCACCUCCAAGAUGGCUUGAAGUAGUUUCUACUAGCAGGAACAGCGCUGAUUUGAAAUGGACAGCACCUGAAAGAGAUGGUGGCUCUCCAAUCACAAACUACAUUAUUGAGAAGAGAGAUGUCAGACGCAAGGGCUGGCAGGCUGUGGACACCACUGUGAAAGAGCUGAAGUACACUGUCACCCCACUGAAUGAGGGGUCUCUCUAUGUUUUCCGUGUUGCUGCAGAGAAUGCUGUGGGACCCAGUGAAUUUUGUGAACUUGUAGACUCUGUUCUCGCCAAAGAUACUUUUAGUACCCCUGGACCUCCAUAUAAUCUGACCAUUACUGGUAUCUCCAAGACUCAUGUUGACCUGAAAUGGGAAGCACCUAAGAAUGAUGGUGGAAGACCUGUCUUGAGAUAUGUCGUUGAGAAGAAGGAGAAACUUGGUACCCGCUGGGUGAAAUCAGCAAAGACUUCAGGUCCUGACUGCCAUUACAGAGUGACUGAUGUAAUUGAGGGCACUGAAGUGCAGUUCCAAGUCUCUGCUGAGAACGAGGCUGGAGUUGGUCACCCAAGUGAACCCACGGAUAUUGUGAUCAUUGAGGACCCAACAGGCCCACCAUCACCCCCUCAGGAACUGCAUGUCACUGAGGCAGCCAGAGAUCAUAUUUGUAUUGCUUGGAAGGCACCAGAAAAUAAUGGAGGAAGUCCCAUUAUUGGCUACCAUAUUGAGCUCUGUGAGACUGGAACCGAGAAGUGGAUGAGAGUCAACUCUCGUCCUGUCAAAGAGCUCAAAUACAGGGCAGGGGAUGAAGAGGGCAUUGUUCCUGAGAAGCAGUAUACCUUCAGAGUCCGUGCUGUCAAUUCUCUUGGUGCCAGUGAGCCCUCUGACAUUUCUGAGAAUGUAUAUGCCAAAGAUUCUGACUGUAGCCCAACCCUUGACUUCCAGACCAAGGAUCUUGUUGUUGUAGAGGGUGAAAAGAUGCACCUCCCAAUUCCAUUUAAGGCUGUGCCAUCACCUAAGAUUACAUGGCACAAAGAUGGAAAUGAAAUGAAAACUGAUGACAGAACUUUCUUCAGAGCUGAAUACACAUCAUGCCAUCUGGAAAUUCCAAGCUGCUUACACGCUGAUGCUGGCCAGUACAAAGUUACCUUGGAGAACAGCAAUGGUUCAACUAGUGGAACAAUCAAUGUUAAAGUUAUAGGUCUUCCCGGGCCAUGUAAAGAAAUUGUUGCUAGUGAGAUUACCAAGAGCACCUGCAAGGUGUCCUGGGAUCUUCCAGACUAUGAUGGAGGUAGUCCUAUUCUCCACUAUGUCCUACAACGCAGAGAAGCAGGCAGGAGAACCUAUGUGAAUGUAAUGUCUGGAGAAAACAAAGUUAGCUGGCCCGUUAAGGAUCUCAUUCAAAAUGGAGAGUAUUACUUCCGUGUCAGAGCUGUCAACAAGAUUGGUGGUGGUGAAUUCAUUGAGCUUCGCAACCCUGUAAUUGCUGAAGAUCAGAAGCAACGUCCUGACCCACCCGUCGAUGUGGAAACACACAACCCAACUUCUGAGAGUGUGACCCUUACUUGGAAGCCUCCCAUGUAUGAUGGUGGAAGCAAAAUUAUGGGUUACAUUCUUGAGAAGAUGAUGAAAGGGGAAGAGAACUAUCAGAGAUGCAAUGACUUCCUUGUGCCAGUGGUGUCCUAUACUGUUAAGGGGUUGACGCAAGGAAAACAAUAUCAGUUCCGUGUACGUGCUGAAAAUGCAGCUGGUAUCAGUGAUCCUUCACGCAGCACACCUUUGAUCAAAGCCACAGAUGCAAUUGAUCGUCCAAAGGUAUUCCUUAGCGGUAGUCUACAAUCAGGCUUGAAUGUAAAACGAGGUGAGGAGAUCCGAUUGGAUGCCAAUAUCUCUGGAUUCCCUUACCCUCAAAUUACAUGGAUGAAGAACAAUUCAACCAUUUGGCCAGAACCACUGAAGAAGAGACCAGAAAGGCCCAUAAAGAAGAAGAAGGAGAAAGAAAAAGAAAAGGAGGAAAAGAAGGAGGCUGAUGCAGAAAAGAAAGAGGCUGAUGCAGAAAAGAAAGAGGCAGAUGCAGAAAAGAAGGAGGAAGACAAAGAGGCAAAGAAGGAGGAGGACACGGAAAAGGAGAAAGUAAAAGAAAAGGAGGUGGAGGAACCUGAGGAGCCUGAAGAAGCAUACCACCCAAGCUUAAAUGAACGGCUUACCAUUGAAUCCAAGAGGAAGGGUGAAUCCUUCAUUAUUGUAAAAGAUACUAUCAGAGGCGAUCAUGGUGUUUUCACCAUAAAAGUGGAAAAUGAUCAUGGUGUUGCCUCUGCCUCCUGUGAAGUCAAUGUCCUUGAUACUCCUGGACCUCCAGUCAAUUUCAAAUUUGAAGAUGUAAGGAAGAACUCAAUCCUCUGUAAGUGGGAUCCUCCUCUGGAUGAUGGUGGUAGUGAAAUCCUUAACUACAUAUUGGAACAAAAAGAUAACUCCAAGGUGGAACUUGGAUGGGUCACUGUAACCUCAAUCCUUAGAGGCUGUAAAUUUCAAGUACCAAAACUUAUUGAGGGCAAGGAGUACCUCUUCCGUGUCACUGCAGAGAAUAAGUAUGGUCCUGGAACCCCAUGCAUCUCCAAACCCGUCAUUGCAAAGAAUCCAUUCGAUCCUCCAGAUGCGCCGGAGAAACCUGAAAUUACGGAUUCCACAGCCAGCAGUAUGCUUGUUACCUGGACAGAACCCAAUGACAAUGGCAGUCCCAUUGAAGGAUACUGGGUAGAGAAACGAGAAAUUAACAGCACACACUGGGCAAGAGUCAAUCGAACCAUGGUUCCUGAUUUGGAAAUAAAUGUAGAGGGCCUUUUGGAGGGUCUAACAUAUAUUUUCAGAGUCUGUGCAGAAAAUGUAGCAGGACCUGGAAAGUUCAGCCCCCCGUCAGAACCAAAAACAGCACAGGCACCAAUCAGGCCCCCAGGUCCACCAAUUCCAAGAAUUGUAGACACCUCAGACUAUUCAAUUGAUGUUGAAUGGGAUCCUCCUGCAGACAAUGGUGGCGCAGACAUCUUUGGUUAUCAUGUUGACAAAGUUGUUGCUGGUACCAAAGACUGGUCACGAGCCACAGAGAGACCAUGGAAGAACCACGCAUUAACAGUGUAUGGUGUUAGAGAAGGUGCUAAGUAUAUUGUCCGUGUUGUGGCAGUCAAUUGUGCUGGUGAAGGACAACCAGGUUUGACUGAUGCAGUAAUUGUGAGAAACCCUGCAGAGGUUCCAGUCAUCGAGCUUGAUAUCUCAGUGAAAAAUGGUGUUGUUGUUAGAGCUGGAGAGAUGCUGAGAAUUCCAGCACAUGUGACUGGUAGACCUUUUCCAUCUUUGAAAUGGACAAAGGAUGAUGGUCAAUUAGAAAAAGAUCGUAUGGAGGUAGAGGAAGCUGGAAAGGACAGCACUCUUGUUAUCAAAACCACAAAGAGAAGUGAUCAUGGCAAAUACCAAAUCCAAGCAGCAAAUCCAAGUGGUAUCAAGUCUGCAUGGACCAGGGUUGAAGUUAUGGAUGUUCCUGGACCAGUUCUUGACCUGAAACCUGUUGUGGUUACCAGAAAGCUAAUGAUGUUGAACUGGUCAGAUCCUGAAGAUGAUGGUGGUAGUGAUCUAACAGGGUUUAUCAUUGAAAGGAGGGAACCAAAGAUGCACACAUGGAGACAACCUAUUGAGACUGCUUCAUCCAAAUGUGAGAUUGUAGGUAUAACUGAGGGACAGGAAUACAUUUUCCGUGUUGUGGCUAAGAACAAGUAUGGAUGUGGACCUCCAGUUGAUCUCGGACCUAUCCUUGCUGUGGAUCCUCAAGGUCCACCAACUUCUCCUGAAAAGUUCCACUAUACCGAGCGGACCAAAUCUUCUGUAACUAUUGAAUGGAGGCCACCUCGUAAUGAUGGUGGUAGUCCAAUCCUUGGCUACAUCAUUGAGAAAAAGCGACAAGAUCAACCAGCCUUCCAGCGAGUCAACCCAGAGUUGCUGACUGCUCAAAUUUUGACAGUUGAAGACCUUGAUGAAUUGCAUAUGUAUGAGUUCCGUGCAAAGGCUGUCAAUGCAUUAGGUGAAAGUGAGCCAUCUAUAACCAUGACUGUUGUCAUUCAAGAUGAUGAAGUGGCUCCAAGUCUUCAUAUGUUAAAGCACUUCAAGGGUGAUUUGAUCCAAGUAAGGAAAAACAAACCUAUUGAGAUGCCCGCUGAAGUCACAGGCCUGCCAAUGCCAAAGAUUGAAUGGCUGAAGGAUGAUGUUGUUAUUCCCAAGUCAACUGAGAAACUCCUGAUAGAAACCAAAGAGAUUGAUAGGGUGACAUCACAUACAAAACUCUCCAUCCCUGGUGUCACUAGAUUGGACAAGGGCACAUACACAGUUACUGCUUCAAAUCGUUUGGGAACUCUCAGUCAUUCCAUCACGGUGGAAGUGUUGGAUCGCCCAACACCACCAAGAAACAUUGCUGUUUCAAAUAUCCAAGCUGUGUCUUGCAAACUGACCUGGGAUGCCCCAUUGGAUCUAGGUGGUAGUGAACUUACCAACUACAUUGUUGAGAUGAAAGACCUUAAUGGUGAAGAUCCUGAAAAGGCAGAGUGGGUGCAGGUUACUAACUCCAUUAUUGAGAAGCAUUAUGGGGUAUGGAACCUGGCAACUGGUGGAAACUAUAAAUUCAGAGUCAAAGCUGAGAAUAAAUAUGGAAUAAGUGAGGCCUGUGAAACAGAGGAGGUACAGAUUAAGGAUCCUUUUGCUCUGCCUGGCCCACCUGAGAAGGUCACUAUUGCUGAGCGCUCUAAGACCCAUAUGUUACUGACAUGGGAACCACCUAGGGAUAGUGGUGGUUCUAUGAUUACUGGCUACUGGCUUGAGAAGCGUGAAAAGGGCACUUCCUAUUGGUCUCGCGUGAAUAAGAUCCUUGUGUCAAAACGUGGGACAAAAGGCUGGGAAUACCAGGUUACCCGUCUUAUAGAGGGAACGGAGUAUGAAUUCCGUGCAAUGGCUUGUAAUUCUGCUGGUAUUGGACCACCUAGUGACAUUUCUGAGUCUGCUGUUGCUGAUGAUCCCUUGACUCCACCUAGCAUGCCAGCAGCUCCUGAGAUUGCUGACAAAACCAAGCAUAAUGUCACCCUUGCAUGGACCCCACCAGAUAAAGAUGGUGGCCGCCCCAUCAAAGGUUACAUCAUUGAGAUCCAGGAUGAAGGCACUUCUGAGUGGGCCAGGAUCAAUGAUGCUGAAAAUCUGCAUCCUUCUACUGUGUUUACCGUUCCAAACCUCCCAGAACUUAAGAAAUACAGAUUCAGAAUCAUUGCAGUCAAUGAAAUUGGCGAGUCUGAGCCAAGCCCCAGAACCACUGAAGUUCGCAUAGAGGACAUUCAAACUGCACCAAAGAUCUUCAUGGAUAUCAGUGCUCCUGAACUGCUCUGUGUCCGUGCUGGAACUCCAUUUAAGAUUCCUGCUACCAUCACAGGACGUCCUGUUCCUAAAGUCACAUGGGAGUUUGAUGGCAAAGCAAAGACAGAAAAGAAGGAUCGUCUUCAUGUCUUACCCGUGGAUUCACAGGUUGAAUCUACUGACACUACCUCAGUUAUUACAAUUCCUGUAAGUUUGAGAAGCCAUUCUGGCAGGUACACAAUUACAGCAAAGAACAAAUCAGGACAGAAGCAUGUCAACAUCAGAGUAAAUGUGCUUGAUGUUCCUGGAGCACCCAAAGAGCUCAAAGUUACUGAUGUCACCAGAACCACAAUGAGACUUAUUUGGAAACUGCCAGAUAAUGAUGGUGGUGAGAGAAUCAAGAGUUAUUUUAUUGAAAAGAAGGCUGUGAAUGGAAAGGCUUGGACAAUUGCCAACCCUGCUUGUGCCAGCAUGGCCUUUGUUGUGUCCAACCUCCUCGAGGGACAGGAUUACUUGUUCCGUGUUCGUGCUGAGAAUCGCCUUGGUUUUGGACCGUUUACCGAGACCACAGAACCUGUUAGAGCAAGGGAUCCUAUCUAUCCUCCUGAUCCUCCUACCAAGGUGAAAAUUAAUCUUGUUACCAAGAACACUGUGACCCUGACAUGGGUCCCUCCCAAGAAUGAUGGUGGAGCACCAGUAAAACAUUAUAUCGUUGAGAGGCUGAGCUGGGAUACUAGUGGUCCACAAAAAGAGACGUGGAAACAGUGUAACAAGAGAGAUGUUGAAGAGACUACCUUCAUUGUUGAAGACCUUAAGGAAGGUGGCGAGUAUGAGUUCCGUGUUAAAGCUGUGAAUGAAGCUGGUGCAAGCAGACCCUCUGUUACUGCUGGACCAGUUGUCAUUAAGGACCAGACAUGUGCUCCAAGUAUUGAACUCAGAGAGGCUUUAGAAGGUGCAGAAGGAUAUGAUGUCAGUAUUGUUGCCAGGAUUCAAGGCUGUCCAUUCCCAUCUCUUGUCUGGCACAAGGCUCCACAGGAAAAACCUGAUGACAAAGCACUUGUACAAUAUGACAAACAUGUCAAUAAACUUGUUUCUGAUGAGAAAUGCACCCUGUUAAUUCAACAGUCAAAGAGAGAUGACAGCGCCUUAUACACUCUCACAGCCACCAACAGUUUGGGAACAGCCACCAAGAGUAUCAAGCUUAGUAUUUUGGGACGUCCUGGUGUACCUGUAGGCCCAAUUAAGAUUGGUGAGAUUUUCGCUGAAAGGAUUGGCCUCUCCUGGAAUCCACCAUUAGAUGAUGGCGGUUCCAAGGUUACAAACUAUGUCGUUGAAAAGCGUGAGGAAAACAGAAAAACAUGGGUUCAUGUCUCUAGUGAUCCAAAGGAAUGCCAAUACACUGUACAAAGGCUAACAGAGGGCCAUGAGUAUGAGUUCCGUAUUAUGGCUCAGAAUAAAUAUGGAGUUGGACCACCUUUGUACAGUGAACCUGAGAAAGCACGUAACCUUUUCACUGUGCCUGGCCAAUGUGAGAAGCCAACUGUCACAGAUGUUUCACUUGAGUCUAUGACCGUUAACUGGGAUGAACCAGAAUAUGAUGGUGGCUCUCCAGUAACUGGAUACUGGCUAGAGCGUAAAGAAACUACAGGCAAGCGCUGGACAAGAGUGAAUCGUGAACCUAUCAGAAUCAGAACUCUUGGAGUUUCCCAUAUUGUGACAGGCCUCUUGGAAGGUGCUAUCUACCAGUUCCGCGUUCUUGCAAUUAAUGCUGCUGGAAGUGGCCCACCAAGUUUGCCUUCUGAACCUGUUGCAUGUAGAGAUCCCAUAGCACCUCCAGGACCUCCAACACCAAAAGUAACAGAUUGUACAAAGUCAACUGUUGAUCUUGAAUGGAUUCCUCCACUUGUUGACGGUGGAUCUAAGAUCACAGGAUAUUUUGUUGAGUACAAAGAAGAAGGACAAGAGGAAUGGGAGAAGGUUAAAGACAAGGAAAUCAGAGGCACCAGGUUUGUUGUUCCUGGACUUAAAGAGCUUGGACUCUACAGAUUUAGAGUGAGAGCUGUAAAUUCUGCAGGUGUGGGAGAACCUGGCGAGGUUUCUGAUGUGAUUGAAGUCAAGGAUAGGACAAUUCCCCCUGAGGUAGACCUGGAUGCAACUGUCAAGGAAAAGAUUGUUGUACAUGCUGGUGGGGUAAUCCGCAUCCUUGCCUAUGUGUCAGGAAAGCCUGCACCAGAGAUUAUUUGGAAUAGAGAUGAUGGUGAUUUGCCAAAGGAGGCUGCUAUUGAGGUCACUUCUAUAAGUUCAGCUUUGGUUAUCAAAAAUUGCAGGAGACAACACCAAGGCAUUUAUACAUUGACUGCCAAGAAUGCAGGUGGAGAGAGGAAAAAAGCAGUCAUUGUUGAAGUGCUGGACGUUCCUGGCCCUGUGGGUCUGCCCUUCUCUGGUGAGAACCUUACCAAUGACUCUUGCAAGUUAACAUGGUACUCUCCUGAAGAUGAUGGUGGCUCAGCUAUCACCAACUAUAUAAUUGAGAAAAGAGAAGCUGACCGCAGAGGCUGGACUUCAGUGACAUAUACUGUCACGAGACACAAUGCUGUUGUCCAGGGUCUUAUUGAUGGCAAGGGUUACUUCUUCAGAAUUGCGGCUGAAAAUAUUAUUGGACUGGGUCCGUUCACUGAGACCUCAGCUCCUGUCAUCAUCAAGGAUCCACUUUCUGUACCUGAGCGCCCAGAAGAUCUUGAGGUGACAGCCAUCACAAAUGAUUCAAUUAGCAUAGCAUGGAGACCUCCAAAGUAUGAUGGAGGUUCAGACAUUACAAGCUAUGUUCUUGAGGUUCGUCUUAUAGGACAGGACAACUUCAGCCGUAUUGCCAUAGAGGACAAACUUAUGGAACGUAAAUUCACACACGUGGGUCUUAAAGAAGGUUCUUCUUAUGAAUUCCGAGUUAGUGCUGUGAAUCAAAUUGGUCAAGGCAAACCAUCGUUCAGCACCAAACCAGUUACAUGCAAAAAAGAGUUUGAACCACCAAACCUUGAUCUUGAGUUCCGUGACAAGCUUGUUGUUCGUGUUGGGGAAAUUUGCACUCUUCAAAGUGGGUACUCAGGAAAACCAGAACCAACUAUUAAAUGGUUCAAAAAUGAUGAGGAGCUUCAGGCAAACGAAGAAAUUGCUCUCUCCAGCACUAAGAAUAAAUUGUGCUUGACUAUUGCAAAGACAAAACGUGAUGACAGUGGAAAGUACACUGUUGUUCUGGAGAACUCCAUUGGCUCACGCAAGGGCAUAUGUAAUGUUAUUGUUGUCGACCGUCCACAACCUCCAGAGGGUCCUGUUAUCUUUGAUGAGAUCUACAGGAAUUAUAUGCUCAUUUCCUGGAAGCCCCCACUGGAUGAUGGUGGAGCUGCUAUUUCAAACUAUAUUGUCGAAAAGAGAGACACCAACAGGGAUCUAUGGAUGCCUGUUACAGAAUCUUGCACAAGGACAUCAUGCAGAGUUCCAAAACUGAUAGAGGGAAGAGAGUACAUCAUUAGAAUCUGUGCUCAGAAUAUUCAUGGCAUUAGUGAUCCAUUGCUAUCUGCUGAGACAAAAGCAAAGGAUGUUUUCAAGGUUCCAGAUGCUCCACAGGCACCUGUGGUAAAAGAAAUCUAUAAAGAUACAGCACUGAUUUCAUGGCUACAGCCAGCUGAUGGUGGAAAACCAAUCACAAGCUACAUUGUUGAAAAGAAGGAGACCAAGGCCAACAUGUGGUCUAGAGCUGGAAAAGACCGCAUUUACCCUAACACAGAAUACUGGGUUCCUGAUCUUCUCAAGGGAUGUGAAUAUGAAUUCCGUGUCAUGGCAGAGAAUGUGAUUGGUGUUGGUGACCCCAGCCCACCAUCAAAGCCCAUCUAUGCCAAAGAUCCUAUUGUGAUUCCAAGCCCACCUGUACUUCCAGUAGCCAUUGACAAGACAAAAGAUUCUGUCACUCUUUCUUGGCAACCACCAAAAGACUGUGGCAGAGGCAAAAUUUUUGGCUAUCUUGUUGAGUAUCAGAAAGCUGGUGAUGAGGAUUGGCUUCAAGUUAAUCAAACACCUGAAUCUUGUCAGGGCACUACAUUCAAGGUUAUCAACCUUGAGGAUGGUGCACUUUACAGAUUUAGAGUGAAGGCAGUGAACGCUGCUGGUGAAUCUGAUCCUGCAUAUGUCCCAGAGCCCGUUCGUGCACAAGACAGACUUGAACCCCCAGAACUUCAACUGGAUUUGGGCAUGCCUCGUGAGAUCAAAGCAUUGGCUGGAACCCAUAUUAAUAUUAUUGCUGGAAUUAAAGGAAUACCUUUCCCCAAAGUCCAAUGGAAGAAAAAUGAGGCAGAUGUUCCAACAAGAGCAGAGAUUGAAACAUCUGGAACAGCAACCAAAUUAGAGAUGCGUUAUUGCAACCGUGCAGACUGUGGAGAUUACACACUUACUGUUGAAAAUCCAGCUGGAUCAAAGACAGCCACAUGCACCGUGCUUGUUCUUGACAAGCCCGGACCAGUUCAGCAUCUCAGAGUAUCUGAUGUCAGAUGUGAUUCUGCCCAGCUGUCUUGGAAAGACCCAGAAGAUAAUGGUGGUGCACGCAUCACUAACUUUGUUGUUGAGAAAAAGGAUGCAGCAUCUGCACAAUGGGUGCCAGUCUGCUCAUCUUCCAAAAAACGUAGCAUGAUGGCCAAACAUUUGAUUGAGGGAACGUCAUACAUGUUCCGUGUGGCGGCUGAAAAUCAGUUUGGAAGAAGUGAAUAUGUUGAGACACCAAAAGCUAUUAAAGCAAUGAAUCCAUUAUUCCCACCUGGUCCACCUAAAGACCUGCAUCAUGUAGAUGCUGACAAAACUGAGGUGUGGCUCCAGUGGAAUUGGCCUGAUCGUACAGGAGGAAGUGACAUCACAGGGUUCUUGGUUGAGUACCAAGAAGAAGGUGAAAGGGAUUGGGUAGUUUUUAAGACUGUCAGCAUUCCUGAGUGCCAUGUGACUGGACUGGAAGAAGGAAAGACCUACAGGUUCCGUGUUAAGACAGAAAAUGCAGUUGGUUUAAGUAGACCAGACACCACUGUGCCAGUACUUUGCCAGGAAAAACUAGUGGCACCAAUUGUUGAAGUGGAUGUGAAGUUGAUAGAGGGAAUCAUUGUGAAAGCUGGAAGCACUAUUAGAUUACCUGCCAUUAUGAGAGGCCUUCCAGUUCCCACUGCCAAAUGGGUCAUUGAUGGAGAGGAAAUAAAAAGUGAAGGCAAUAUUAAAAUUGACACUGACAACUUCUCCACAGUUCUAAGCAUUGCCGAUUGCACAAGAAAUCACACUGGAAUCUAUAUUCUCACAGUGUCUAACUCAGCAGGAAGCAAAACUGUUUCUCUGAAUGUCACAGUGCUUGAUGUGCCAGCUGCUCCAAUAGGUCCUGUAAAUAUCCUUGAAGUGACUCCUGAUUCCAUGGUCAUUGAAUGGCGUCCUCCCAAAGAUGAUGGAGGAAGCCCUGUCAUGAACUAUAUUGUUGAGAAGAGGGAAUCAAAUAAGGAAACUUGGGGAGGAGUAAGUUCUGGCAGCACUUCCACAAUGCUCAAAAUUUCUCGUCUGCAGCAAGGAGUUGAGUAUGUUGUGAGAAUUCGUGCUGAAAAUAAAAUGGGAAUUGGCGCAGCUCUUGAAAGUGCACCAACUGUAGCCCGGCACCAGUUUGAGGCCCCUGGCCAUCCUGGAAAACCAGUCGCAUCUGAUGUUUCUGAAGAUGCUCUCACACUUGGAUGGACAAUGCCUCUAUUUGAUGGUGGUAGUCCAAUCAGUGGUUAUAUUAUUGAGCGAAGACAUAAAGGAGGAAAAUGGAUUAGAGUGAAUAAAACACCUUGCAAGGACCUUAGAUACAGAGUGCUUGGGCUUUUUGAAGAUAAUGAAUAUGAGUUCAGAGUGUUUGCUGAAAAUAUUGCUGGCUUUAGUGGACCUUCACCUAUCUCAGAUCCUGCCAAACCUUGCAGACCAAUUACUGUUCCAGGACCUCCAGUGAACCCUAAGAUAAAGGACUACAGUUGCACAUACGCUGACUUAGUCUGGAUCAAACCCACAAGAGACGGAGGCAGUCCAGUCUUAGGAUAUAUUGUUGAAUACCAGAAGGGAGGUUCUGAGUGGGAGAAAGUAAAUAAGGAUGAUCUGAUUAAACAGUGUGCUUAUAGAGUAAAAGGAUUGACAGAGGGUACGGAAUAUAGGUUCCGUGUUAAAGCUGUCAAUAUGAUUGGAGAAGGUGAGACCAGGGAAAUUCCAGAAUCAGUUAUUGCUAAGGAUAUUGUCAUUCCUCCGGAAAUUGAGGUGGAUGCCACAUGCCGUGACCGUGUGACUGUUCGUGUUGGGCAUAACAUUAAUGUUGUAGCAUAUGUAAAAGCAAGACCUGAUCCAGAAAUCACUUGGAGCAAAGGUGAAAGUGUUUUGGAAAAGGACAAGCGCACAACUCUGACAAACAACUUCCCAGUAUUGCAAAUGCGUAUCAAGGAAGCAACCAGAGCAGAUCAUGGAAAGUAUAUACUAAAAGCUGUAAAUGAAGCUGGAGAGGCCUCAGCUACUAUUACUGUAAAUGUUCUGGAUAGACCUGGGCACUGCCAAAAUCUUAAGUUGACCUAUGUUAAUAAAAACUCUUGCAUGGUAUCCUGGGAUGCACCAGAGGACAAUGGAGGCACUGAGAUAACUAAUUACAUUGUGGAAUGUCGGGAGCCAAGUAUACGAGCCUGGUCAAUGAUCUCAUCUGAUUGCACAAAUCGCAUGGUAAAGGCUAAGCUCAUGGAAAAUCAUGAAUAUUUAUUCCGUGUAUCUGCCGAGAACAAGUGUGGUCCUGGGCCAGCAACAGAAACCAAAAUUCCCAUCCUCGCAAUCGACCCACUUCAGAAGCCAGGUGAGCCAGAGAACUUCCACGUCAGUGAUAUUGGUAAAAACUUUGUUUGCCUUAAAUGGAGAAAACCAGAUUAUGAUGGCGGAAGUCCUAACCUGGGCUACUAUUUGGAGAAAAAAGCAAAGGAUGCUGAAGAGUGGGAGAAGGUACAUGAAGGAGUCCUGAAAGAGACAUUCUUCAUGGUAGACAAAUGUGUUGAGAACCACACAUAUCAAUUUAGAGUCCAGUCAACAAAUGAUGGAGGAGAAAGUUCCUGGGUUAGGACAUCUGAUAUUCUUGUCAAAGAAGAAGUUCAGAAACCAGUUCUUGAUCUGAAAUUUGUUGGUACUAUUGUGGUCAAAGCGGGUGAGUCAGUUAGACUUGAAGCUGGACUCAGAGGAAAACCACAGCCUGAGGUUACAUGGGUGAAGGAAAAGACUACAGGCGAUAACCCAAGGAUCAGCAUUGACACUGGACAUGAUUACUCCAAAUUCCUCCUUACUAAAACCAAGCGUAGUGAUACUGGAAAAUAUGUAGUCACUGCUACAAACUCAGCAGGAUCAUUCACAGCAUAUGCCAAUGUUACCGUUUUGGAUAUACCAGGACCUGUCAGAGAUUUGAAGAUUUCUGGAAUAUCCACAGACAAGUGCAGAGUUGUAUGGGAUCCUCCAGAGGAUGACGGUGGUUGUGAGGUGGACAGCUAUAUUCUAGAGAAAUGUGAGACGAGAAGAAUGGUUUGGUCCACUUACUCUGCCUCUGUUGUCACCAAUUACUGUAAUGUAACACGUCUUGUUGAAGGAAAUGAGUAUAUAUUCAGGGUAAGAGCAGAAAACAAGAUGGGAACUGGACCGCCAAUGGAGAGCAAACCUAUUACUGCUAAGACACAAUACAACAAGCCUGGUCCACCUGAUGCACCUGAGGUAACCAAAAUUGGUAAAGAUGAGAUGACUGUGGUAUGGGCUCCUCCUGAAAAUGAUGGUGGAAAGUCUAUCACUGGUUACAUUCUGGAGAGAAAAGAAAAGCGGGCCGUUCGGUGGGUCCCUGUCACAAAGAGCCCUAUCUCUGAGAGGCGUAUGAAGGUCACCAAUCUGAUCCCUAACCACGAAUAUCAAUUCCGUGUCAAAGCUGAAAAUGAAGUAGGAUUGGGAGAACCAAGCAAACCAUCCAGACCCAUAACUGCAAAAGAUCCAAUUGAGCCCCCUGGACCUCCUGGCAGCCUUAAAGUAGUUGACAGCACAAAGACAUCCAUUACACUUGGAUGGGUGAAGCCUGUGUACGAUGGUGGUGCUCCAAUUAUUGGAUAUCUGGUUGAAAUGAGGGAUAAGGUGCAAAUGGAAGGUGAACAAGAGAGAGAUCCAGAGGAAGGCUGGAAGAAAUGUAAUACUGGUGGACAGCUAGUCAUAACUGAAUUUACAAUGAUUAACUUGGAUGAGAGACAGGAAUAUGAAUUCCGAGUGUCUGCUCAAAACCAAGUUGGCAUGGGCCGUCCUGCAAAUCUUAAGGAGGCUGUAUCACCAAAGGAGAUCCAUGAAACUCCGGAGAUUGAUCUUGAUGCUGGUUUAAGAAAAGGCCUUAGCGUAAGAGCAGGGUGUCCUAUCAGACUUUUUGCAACAAUUAGAGGAAGACCAGCACCUAAAGUGACAUGGAAGCGCAUGGGUGUUGACAAUGUCAUUAGGAGGGGCCAUGUGGAUCAGAUUGAUACAAUGACCUUCCUUGUGAUUCCUGAGUGCUCACGUGAAGACUCUGGCAGAUAUUGUUUGACUCUUUCUAACCCCUCUGGAGAAAAGGCUGUAUUUGUUCGUGUUAAAGUCUUAGAUACUCCUGGUCCUGUUGGUGGACUGGAGGCAACUGACAUCACCAAGACAUCCUGCCAGCUUGCAUGGUUGCCUCCAGAAAAUGAUGGUGGUAGCCCAAUCUUAAAUUAUGUUGUUGAGAAGCGUGAAGUUGAUAGGAAGACAUGGACAAAUUGCAUAAACGACUUGAAGAAAACAAGCUUCAAAAUCACAACUCUGACACCAGGGAUAGAAUACUACUUCCGGGUCAUGGCAGUUAACAAGUAUGGCAUUGGGUUACCUCAAGACUCACCUAAAUCCUACCUCGCUACAGAUCCCAAGAGUGAGCCUGAUCCUCCGAAGAAGAUGGAUAUAUUAGAAAUUACUAAAAACAGUGCAACUCUAGGGUGGCUGAAGCCACUUAGAGAUGGUGGAUCUAAAAUUAAUGGCUACAUUGUUGAAUACCAGCAGGAUGGUCAACCUGAGGACAAGUGGACAUUAUACUCUGUUGUAAAAGACUUGACAAUUGUUGUAGCUGGACUGAAAGAAAACACUAAGUACAGAUUCAGGGUUGCAGCAAGAAACGAAAUAGGAUGCAGUUUGGCAAGAGAAGCUGAAGGCAUAUUUGAGGUCAAAGAACAGCUAAUGGCACCAAAGAUCAUCAUGUCUGAUGUGGUUACAGCAAGAGCAGGAUCUAAACUUAUAGCUGAGGCUCUUGUGUCUGGGAAGCCUUCUCCAGUCACAAAAUGGAAAAGGGGAAAUGAUGACAUAGUUACAUCAGAUCGUCUCUUUAUACAAAAAACCCCAACCACAAAUUCACUUUUGAUCAAAAAUGUUACAAGGAAGGAUAGUGGUUAUUACAGUCUGUCCGCUGAAAACAGCACUGGGAAGGUCAACCAGAUCCUCAGAAUAAUCAUUCAGGACAUCCCUGGUCCUCCGCAGGGUCCACUACAAAUUCUUGAGUUUGACAUGGAUUCCUGCACACUUGCAUGGGAUUCACCUGCUGAAGAUGGUGGCAGCAACAUCACAAACUACAUUGUUGAGAAGUGUGAUGUGAGCAGAGGUGAUUGGGUCACAGCUGCAUCUUGCACCAAGACCAGCUGCAGAAUUGGAAAGCUUACACCUGGCAAAGAGUAUGGCUUCCGUGUCCGUGCUGAAAAUCGUUUUGGCAUUUCAGAACCGAUUUACUCUGAGAAAAUGAUUGCUAGACAUCCAUUUGAUCCACCCAGUGAGCCAAUGAACUGUUGUGUCAACAAAAUCAACAAGGAAUCUGUUGUGCUGUCAUGGGAGAGACCAGUGAAUGAUGGUGGUAGUCCCAUCACUGGAUAUUGCAUUGAGCGCAAAGAAAGAAAUAGCCUCCUGUGGGUCAAGGCAAAUGAGGUCCUUGUUCGCUUAACUGAAUAUACAUGCUUUGGCCUCAUUGAUGGUCUGGAGUACACAUUCAGAGUGUCUGCUGUCAACAAGGCAGGACAAGGCAAACCAAGCAAGCAGACAGAUUUUAUCACUGCAAGAAGUCCAGUUGAUCCACCUGGAAAACCCCAAGUUCUUGAUGUGACCAGAAGUUCUGUCUCUCUUGUCUGGAGCCGUCCAAAACAUGAUGGUGGUAGUAAACUCAUUGGUUAUGAUGUUGAAUCUCUGAAGCUUCCAGGUGACAAAUGGGUGCGUGUUAACACAAGCAGUCAAAAUGUACCAAAGGAAGAGUACAUUGUUCCUGGACUUGAGGAGGGAGUCCAAUACAAGUUCAGAAUAAUUGCAAAGACAGCAAUUAAUGUCAGUCUGCCCUCUGAGGAAUCUGAUACUAUCCCAGUUAUUGCAGAGCAUGUUCCACCUAGAGUUGAGAUUAGUCUUGAAAUGAAGAACUUAAUUGUUGUCAAAGCUGGAGCAAAUGUCUCCCUUGAGGCUGAAGUUUUUGGCAAACCAAUGCCAAAGGUCACUUGGAAGAAAGAUGGUGUUCCUUUCAAAUUGGCUGAAGGUAUGAAAAUGACUCAGAAGGUGCAUCGCUUCAGCUUGGAAUUGUUCUCUGUGACCAGAAAGGAAUCUGGAGAGUACACCAUUACUGCUGAGAACCCAAGUGGCGCAAAGUCUGGCAACAUUAAAUUGAAGGUUCUAGACAAACCUGGACCCCCAGCAUCAGUGAAGAUAAGCCAUGUUUUUGCAGACCGGGUGAAACUGAGGUGGGAGCCACCUCUUGCCGAUGGUGGUUCUGAAAUCACAAAUUACAUUGUUGACAAACGAGAAACAAGCAGAGCUAACUGGGCGCAAGUUACCGCUAACAUCAGUGGUCAGAUAACAGACUGUUCUGUGGAGAAACUGAUUGAAGGUCAUGAAUAUGAGUUCCGCAUCAGUGCCGAGAACAAGUACGGUGUUGGAGACCCAAUUGUGACUAACUCUGUGAUUGCCAAGAAUCCAUUUGAUGUCCCAGGACCAUGUGAACCUCCAGUUAUUACCAAUAUCACCAGGGAUCACAUGACUGUUAGUUGGAAGGCCCCUGCUGAUGAUGGCAAGGCCACCAUUCUCGGAUACAUGGUUGAGAAGCGUGAAACUCAAGACCUCAAUUGGGCUAAAGUGAAUAGAAAACCAGUUAUUGACAGGACAAUUAAAGCUGGAGGCCUCACAGAGGGAACAGAGUAUGAAUUCAGAGUCAUUGCACUCAAUAAAGCUGGUCUUGGCAAACCAAGUGAUCCAUCAGCUGGUGUUCUUGCAGUAGACCCAGUGUAUCCUCCUGGACCGCCUGCUUUUCCAAAGGUUGUUGAUUCUACCCACAGUUCAAUCAGUUUGUCCUGGACCAAACCCGCCUAUGAUGGUGGAUGUGAAAUUCUGGGCUAUCUUGUUGAGUUCAAAAGAGCAGAUGCAGAAGACUGGCUCAAGUGCAAUGUGCCAAAGAAUCUCCAGGCAACAAAAUUUAAUGUUACUGGUCUUAUAGAUAACACUGAGUACCAGUUCCGUGUUACUGCUGUAAACAAGAUUGGAUUUGGUGAGCCAAGUGAAGUUCCUGGAAAACAUAUGGCAAAGGAUAUCCUAAUUGCCCCUGAGGCUGAACUUGAUGCAGAUCUCAGAAAAGCAUUAGUUUUACGCGCUGGAGUCACAAUGAGAAUUUAUGUUCCUCUGAGAGGGCGUCCUGCUCCAAAGGCAACAUGGACUAAGGUCAAUGCAAACUUGAAAGAAAGACAGGGUCUUAUGAUCAAGACAACUGAAUGGGAUACAUUCCUUUAUUGUGAGGAUAUCAACAGAUAUGAUGCUGGCAAAUAUGUCCUAACUCUAGAAAACAGUAGUGGUACCAAGUCAUAUACCCUUGUUGUCAAAGUACUAGACACACCUGGACCCCCAGUCAAUCUGAUUGUUAAGGAGACCUCGAAGGACCAUGUAUCUAUUACUUGGGAUGCUCCGUUAAUUGAUGGUGGUAGUCCUGUUAAGAGCUAUGUUGUUGAAAAACGUCUGGCUGAGAGAAAGGCUUGGACCUGUGUUGCUCCUGAAUGUCCAAAGACAUCUUUCAGGAUUACUAAUCUUGAAGCUGGAAAAGCGUACUGCUUCAGAGUUUCAGCUGAAAAUAUAUAUGGUAUUGGUGAGGGUUGUGAAACAGCUGGACCAGUCAAAGCCUCAGAGCAACCUGGACCAGUUACAGAUUUUAAACCUUCAGAGAUCAACAAGAAUUCUUGCACUCUUGGCUGGAAGAAACCAAUCAGUGAUGGUGGAAGCCAUAUUGUUGCAUAUGUUCUCGAGAUCUGUGAAGGGGAAGACAAAUGGAAGUUGCUAAUGAAGUCUAAGCUCACCCAGUACACAAUGACUGACCUUGAAGAAGGAAAGGAGUACUUCUUUAGAGUCAAAGCCAUUAAUGAAACAGCUGAAGGACCAUCAUCUGAGCUCACUGUCUUGGCUAAAGAUCAAAUAGUCCUUCCAGAUUGUAAUCUUAAAGGUUUGCCAGACUCUACUUAUGUGGCUAAGGAAGGAAGCACUGUUCGUCUUAAUAUCCCUAUUAUUGGUAUCCCAGCUCCUGCAGUCACAUGGAAAAAGGGGGAUGUUACUUUAUCAGAUAGUGGCAGGAUCUCAGUUGAAUCAACAGCAACAAACACUAUCUUGCUGGUUCGUGAUUGCAAUAGAGGUGAUGCUGGCAAAUUCACUAUUAUUUUAAGAAACAGUGCUGGAACAAAGGAAUCGGCUAUUGACAUUAAAGUUGUCGGAAAGCCUGGAAUCUGCACCGGACCCAUCAAAUUCGAUGAGAUCACAGCUGAAGCGAUUACUGUAGAUUGGGGUCCACCCAAAGAUGAUGGUGGAUCAGAAGUUUCCAAUUAUAUUUUGGAGAAGAGGCAUUCUACUGCCAACAAGUGGGUCACAGUUGCUUCUGCAAUUCAGAAGAACUCUAUGAGAGUUACAAGACUUCAUGAUGGAACAGAAUACAUAUUCAGAGUUUGUGCUGAAAAUAAAUAUGGAUUUGGAGAGUUCCUCAAAUCUGACCCAGUGGUUGCUAAACAUCCAUUCAAUGCACCAGGGGCUCCAGCACCACCUGAGGUUGUGAGCAUUCGUCAUGAGUCUGCUAUCCUAACAUGGUCUGAUCCAAAAGAUACUGGAGGCUCACCCAUCACAGGAUAUUACGUGGAAUUCAAAGAUAGAAAUAGCUUGAUGUGGAAGAGAGCCAACAAGACACCUUUGAGAGUGAAAGAAUGCAGAGUAACCAGUUUGGUUGAAGGCCUGGAAUAUGAAUUUAGGGUCAUAGCUAUGAAUGUGACUGGGCUUGGAAAGCCAAGCAAAACAACUGAAUCACAUGUUGCUCUUGAUCCAAUUGAUCCUCCUGGUAAACCUGAUGUGAUCAGUGUCACAAGAAACAGUGUAACACUAAUUUGGUCUGCACCCAAGUAUGAUGGUGGCCACAAACUAACCGGCUAUAUUGUAGAGAAAUUAGAACAUCCUGGAAAGACCUGGAUGAAGGCCAACCAUGUGAAUGUCCAAAGCUGUGCAUACACUGUAACAGACCUACAGGAAGGCUGUACUUAUGAAUUCAGAAUAAGGGCUAAAAAUGCAGCUGGAGCUAUCAGUGCUCCCUCAGAGACAACUGAGCCUCUUGUCUGCAAAGAUGAGUAUGAACCACCAACUAUCACAAUUGACCCUGAAAUGAAGGAUGGAGUGACUGUGAGGGCUGGAGAAACAAUUGUCCUCACAGCAUCAAGCAUUCUUGGCAAACCACCUCCUACAGCUGUGUGGUCUAAGGGUGGAAGAGAAUUCAAGACCUCAGAUAUUGUCCAAAUUAGAAGCACUCCCACAUCUUCAACACUGUCAAUCAAGUAUGCCAGCCGAAAGAACACCGGGGAGUACAGUAUUACCGCAAGUAAUCCAUUUGGUAUCAAAGAAGAAAAAGUCAAAGUGAAAAUCCUGGAUGUGCCUGGACCUCCAGGUCCUAUUGAAGCCAGCAGUGUCUCUGCUGAAAAAUGCACUUUGACUUGGUUGCCACCAGAAGAAGAUGGUGGCUGCACUAUCAAAUCAUAUACAUUAGAAAAGAGAGAAACCAGCCGUCUUCUCUGGACAAAGCUUGCUGAAGAUGUUAUGGAUUGCCGCUAUGUUGCCAGCAAGCUGAUAAAGGGAAAUGAAUACAUAUUCCGUGUUUCAGCAGUCAAUCAGUAUGGUAUUGGUGAUGCAACACAGUCUGGACCAGUUAAAAUGGUUGAUAGUUUUGGACCUCCUGGGCCACCAUCAAAACCAGAAAUUGAUAAUGUCAGUAAAAAUGCUGUAACAAUUUCCUGGAAGAGACCAAUUGUAGAUGGAGGAAGUGACAUUAGAGGCUAUAGUGUUGAGAGAAAAGAGAGAAGAGGAAUGAGAUGGGUCAGAGCUUCAAAAAAGACCAUUUCUGAUCUACGUUGUAAGGUCUCAGGCCUGUCAGAAGAAACUGAAUAUGAAUUCCGUGUAACUGCAGAGAAUAAGGCAGGUUUUGGUGAACCCAGUGAGCCAUCACAACCUGUAAUGACAAAGGAUAUUUCAUAUCCACCAGGACCUCCAUCCAACCCACGAAUUACUGACACCACCAAAACAACAGCAACAUUUAACUGGGGUAGACCCUUCUAUGAUGGUGGACUCGAUGUGACGGGAUACAUCGUUGAACAUAAAAAGGAAGGUGAUGAUGACUGGGUUCAAGACACAACUACUCCAUUGAGAAUAACAGAAUUUGUGGUUUCAAAUCUACAAUCAGGAGGAAAAUAUCACUUCAGAGUCAGAGCACUGAAUUCAGAAGGACUUGGUGAACCCUCUGAAGUUGAGCAAGUUGUUGAACUGGUGGAUCGAGAGGAGGUUCCUGAAUUUGAACUUGAUGCAGAGUUGAGAAGAACACUUGUUGUUAAGUCAGGUGCUUCAAUCCGCAUAUUUGUGCCAAUCAAGGGCAGGCCAGCUCCAGAAGUAACAUGGCAUAAGGAAGAGGUACCACUUAAAGGCCGCGCUCACAUUGACACUACUGAAUCAUACACUCUAGUAGUCAUCCCUGAGUGUACAAGAUAUGAUGCAGGGAAAUAUGUCUUAACAUUGGAAAAUGUUGCUGGAAAGAAGUCUGGAUUUGUCAAUGUUCGUGUUGUGGACACCCCAGGACCUCCAGUGAAUUUGAAACCAAGUGAAAUCACAAAGCAUAGCAUUACUUUACAAUGGGAGAUUCCUAUAAUUGAUGGUGGUUCAAAGAUUACUAAUUAUAUAAUUGAGAAGCGGGAUGCAACACGAAAGGCUUACUCAACCGUUACAGCAAACUGGCAGAAAUGCUCGUACAAGAUUCCAGACUUGGAAGAGGGUGCUGAAUAUUACUUUAGAGUCUCUGCUGAGAAUGAAAGGGGCAUUGGUGAACCAGCAGAGACACCUGAACCAAUAAAAGCUUCUCAGGCUCCUUCUGCACCAGAUAAUCUAAUUGUUUCAGAUGUUUCUAAGGACACAGCAACUCUUGCAUGGACAAAACCAAAAUACGAUGGUGGUAGUCGAAUCACUGGCUAUGUGAUAGAGGCUCAACUGAAAGAUUCUGAUCAGUGGACACAUGUGACAACAAUAAAAGCUUUAGAUUACACUGCAACAGAAUUGGUGGAAAAUGCAGAAUAUGUGUUCCGUAUCUUUGCUGUAAACACCUCAGGUAGGAGUGAACCUCGUGAAAGUCGACCAGUUGUAAUAAAGGAACAAACCACUGCUCCAGGAUUUGACCUCAGAGGUAUAUAUCAGAAGAUGGUGGUAGCUAAAGCAGGUGAUAAUCUUAAAGUUGAGAUCCCUGUUCUGGGUCGUCCAAAACCACUUGUUGUAUGGAAGAAAGAAGAUCAGGAACUCAAACAGACACAGAGAAUAAAUGUUGAAAAUACUGCAACUUCUACAAUUCUGAACAUUAAUGAAAUUAAGAGAAAAGAUGGAGGACAGUAUUCAAUGACAGGAAAGAACAUCUUCGGAACUGUGACUGAAAUCAUUACUGUUCAAGUACAUGAUAUUCCAGGACCUCCAACUGGACCAAUAAAAUUGGAUGAGGUUUCUUGUGAUUAUGUAAUAAUAUCAUGGGAAGCUCCAGAAAAUGAUGGAGGAGUCCCUAUUAAUAACUACAUUGUUGAAAUGCGUGAGACAACUGGUACAUCCUGGGUAGAACUGGCAGCAACGGUUAUCCGCACAACAUUUAAAGCAGCACGCCUUACAACUGGUAUUCAAUAUCAAUUCCGUGUAAAAGCUCAAAACAGAUAUGGUGUUGGACCCUUCAUAACAUCAGAAUCAGUGGUGGCUGCUUAUCCAUUUGAUGUUCCAGGACAGCCUGGAAUUCCACAAGUAGUUGCCUUCACCAAGGAUUCAAUGACAAUCAGCUGGAAUGAACCUUCUUCAGAUGGAGGUAGCCCAAUUUUAGGAUACCACAUUGAGAGGAAAGAGAAGAACAGCAUACUCUGGCAGAGGAUCAGCAAAGCUCUAGUUGUUGGCAAUAUGUUUAAAUCACCAGGUCUGAUUGAUGGUAUUGCUUAUGAAUUCCGUGUUAUUGCAGAAAAUCUGGCUGGUCUCAGCAAAGCAAGCAAGCCAUCUGACAUGACAUAUGCACUUGAUCCUGUAGACCCCCCAGGUCAACCUGUGGCACUUAACAUAACUAGACAUGAAGUAACUCUUCAGUGGUCAAAGCCAGAGGGUGAUGGUGGUUUCUCUAUAACUGGAUAUACAGUUGAAAAAAGAGAGCUGCCUAAUGGUCGCUGGCUCAAAGCCAACUUCAGCAACAUUCAUGAAACAAACUUUACUGUAAGUGGUCUCAUGGAAGAUGCUUCUUAUGAAUUCCGUGUAUUAGCAAGGAACUCAGCUGGAGCUGUCAGCAAACCAUCUAAAACUUCAGAGGUCAUUGUCUGCAGAGAUGACAUUGAAGAACCAAAAAUUGAUGUUGAUGCAAGUUUCAGUAGUGCUGUGGUAGUGAAAGCAGGAGAUGUCUUUAAGCUAGAUGCACGUGUUACAGGUCGCCCAAUUCCAUCCUUGGUUUGGACUAAAGAUGGCAAGGAGCUUGAGGACACUGGAAAACUAGAGAUCAAAACAUCAGAUUUCUAUACCUGUUUGAUUAACAAAGAUUCUUUACGUAGAGAUGGUGGUGCAUACGCUCUAACUGCUAGCAAUCCGGGAGGAUUUGCCAAAUUUGUCUUCAAUGUUAAAGUUCUUGACAGACCUGGGCCACCUGAAGGACCACUGCAUGUCACUGACAUGACAACAGAGAAAUGUAUUCUAUCAUGGCUGCCACCACUUCAUGAUGGAGGAGGAAAGAUUGAAUACUACCUCAUUCAGAGACGUGAAACAAGUAGACUUACAUGGACAAAUGUAGCCACAGAUUUACAAGUAAACCGCUAUAAGGUUACCAAAUUGCUGAAAGGAAAUGAAUAUAUUUUCAGAGUCAUGGCUGUGAACAAGUAUGGCGUUGGAGAACCUCUUGAAUCUGAGCCUGCUGUUGCCACAAACCCAUAUGUGCCUUCUGAUCCUCCACAGGCACCAGAAGUAACUCUAAUCACAAAAGAUUCAAUGGUGGUGUGUUGGGGACAUCCUGAACACAAUGGUGGUAGUAGUAUAAAUACCUACAUCAUUGAGAGGAGAGAUAAAACUGGUCUUCGUUGGGUAAAAUGCAAUAAAAGAACUGUUACUGAUCUGCGCUUCAAAGUGUCAGGACUAACACCUGGACAUGAGUAUGAAUACAGAAUCCUAGCUGAAAAUGCUGCUGGCUUAAGUGCUCCAAGCCCUUCAAGUCCAUUCUACAAAGCAUGUGACACAAUAUUCCAACCUGGACCACCUGGAAAUCCUAGGGUUUUGGACACAACAAAGUCAUCCAUUACUAUUGCUUGGAAUAAACCAGUGUAUGAUGGUGGUUCAGAUAUCACAGGUUAUAUUGUUGAAACAUGUCUGCCAGAGGAAGAUGAAUGGACAAUUGUCACGCCAAAGGCUGGGCUAACAGCAACAUCGUUCACCAUAACCAACCUUAUUGAAAACCAAGAAUAUAAGAUCAAUAUUUCAGCUCUUAACUGUGAAGGUGUUGGCGAGUCAGCCUCUGUACCUGGUUCACCAAAAGCUGAAGACAGACUCCUUCCACCUGAAAUCGAGCUUGACUCAGACCUUCGCAAAGUAGUGAACAUCAGAGCAUGCAGUACCUUAAGAUUAUUUGUGCCAAUUAAAGGAAGACCUGCACCAGAAGUCAGAUGGUCAAGGGAGACAGGUGAACCCCUUAAUAAAGCAUCAAUUGAAAUUACAUCAUCAUUCACCACAUUGGUUAUCGAGAAUGUAAACAGAUUUGAUGGUGGAAAAUACAUGCUAACAGUGGAAAACAGUUCAGGAACUAAAACAGCGUUUGUUAAUGUCCGAGUUCUUGACACUCCUGAUGCACCACAGAACCUUACAAUCAAAGAAAUCACAAAAGAUUCUGUUUCCCUCAUCUGGGAUCCUCCAAUCAUUGAUGGCGGAUCAAGAACCAGGCAUUAUAUUGUUGAAAAACGUGAAUCUACACGAAAAGCAUAUUCCAUCGUCAAUGCCUCCUGUCCCAAAACAAGUUAUAGAAUUGGAGACUUAAAAGAAGGAAGCUUGUAUUUCUUCAGAAUUUUGGCUGAAAAUGAGUAUGGUGUUGGUCUUCCAGUAGAGACCACGGAAGCUAUAAAAAUCUCUGAGAGACCUCUUCCUCCUGGAAAAGUGACUCUAAAAGGAGUAACUGGUAACAGUGUAACACUUUCUUGGGAGAAGCCGGACCAUGAUGGAGGAAGUAGAAUUACGGGUUAUAUUGUUGAAAUGCAAGGGAAAAACAGUGAAAAAUGGACGCAAGUAAUGACUGUUAAAGUAACAGAGGCAGUUGUUGUUGGCCUAACACAAGGUGAAGAAUACUCCUUCCGUAUUUCAGCAACUAAUGAAAAGGGAACCAGUGAUCCACGCCCACUUAAUGUCCCUGUGGUUGCUAUGGAUGUUGUUAUUGCUCCUGCCUUCAAACUUUUGUUCAGCACAUUCAGUGUUCUGGCAGGAGAUGAUCUGAAAAUCGAUGUACCUUAUGUUGCUCAGCCCAAGGCAGCAGUUACCUGGCAAAAAGAUGGUAUUGCUCUGAAAGAGACAACAAGAGUAAAUGCCGAAGUAGCAGAGAGACACCUUUACCUUGUGAUAAAAGAGGCAACACGGGAUGAUGUGGGCAAAUAUACUAUUAAACUGACAAAUUUAGCUGGUGAAGCUACAGCAGACAUCAAUGUUAUUGUCCUUGAUAAACCUGGACCACCAACUGGCCCAAUUAAAAUAGAGGAGGUAACUGCAGACAGUGCUACAUUGUCAUGGCAGCCUCCAGAGUAUGAGGGAGGCUGUAGCAUUAAUAACUAUAUUGUUGAAAAACGAGACACAUCCACCACCAACUGGCAGAUUGUAUCUGCAACAGUAGCAAGAACAACAACUAAAGCUGCAAGAUUGAAGACUGGCUGUGAAUAUCAAUUUAGGAUUGCUGCGGAAAAUAGAUAUGGAAAGAGUUCCGUUCUUUUGUCUGAGCCUGUUGUUGCACAAUAUCCCUUUGAGGUUCCAAAUCCACCAGGAACUCCAACUGUUCAAUCUGCUACCAAAGAAAGCAUGGUUAUUGUGUGGAACAAACCCAGUAGUGAUGGUGGAAGCAAGAUUUUGGGAUAUCACAUUGAGAGUAAGGAAAGAAACAGCUUGUUGUGGGUAAAGCAAAACAAAACACUGAUUCCAGACACAAGAUUCAAGAUAGGUGGCCUUGAAGAAGGCAUUGAAUAUGAAUUUAGAGUUUAUGCUGAGAAUAUAGUUGGUCUAAGCAAAGCAAGCAAAGUAUCAGAAAUCCAGGUGGCUAGAGAUCCUUGUGACCCUCCAGGCAAACCGGAAGCAGUGAUUGUCACCAGAAACUCUAUAACACUCAAGUGGACACCACCACAGUUUGAUGGUGGCAGCAAGAUUACAGGAUAUUUCAUUGAGAAAAAAGAAUUGCCUAGUGGCCGCUGGAUGAAAGCUUCUUUUACAAAUAUCAUUGAGACUGAAUUUGUUGUCAGUGGCUUGGUAGAGGAGCAGCAGUAUGAAUUCCGUGUAAUUGCAAAAAAUGCUGCAGGUGUGUAUAGUGUUCCAUCAGACAGUACUGGUGCAAUCACAGCCAAGGAUGAAGUAGAUCCACCCCAAAUUGAAUUGGAUGCCAAAUAUUCUCAAACUAUUGUUGUUAAUGCUGGAGAAUCAUUCAAGGUAGAUGCAAGAAUACUUGGCAAACCUAUUCCUUCAGUUCACUGGAUAAAAGCUGGUGAAGAACUUACAAAUACUGCAAGACUUGAGAUAAAGAAUACUGACUUCACAACUACUCUUAGUGUGAAGGAGGCUAUCCGUGUUGAUGGAGGCCAGUAUACCUUGCUAUUAAAAAAUGUUGGUGGAGAGAAAUCAGUGGUUGUCAAUGUCAAAGUUCUGGACAGACCUGGGCCUCCAGAUAGCCCAAUUUCAAUCUAUGGGGUUACUAGUGAAAAGUGCUGCAUUGCCUGGAAAACUCCAUUGCACGAUGGAGGUGCGGAAGUGUCUCAUUACAUUGUGGAAAGAAGAGAGACCAGCCGAUUAGUUUGGACUGUUGUGGAAUCUAAGGUACAAACCCUCAAUCUUAAAGUUACAAAACUCCUUCCUGGAAAUGAGUAUAUUUUCAGAGUGAUACCUGUAAAUAAAUAUGGUAUUGGUGAGCCUUUGGAAUCAGAUCCAGUGAUUGCAGCAAAUCCAUUUGUCCCACCUGAUGCACCAAGUAAUGUUGAAGUGUCAAAUAUAACAAAGGAUUCCAUGGUUAUCACAUGGGAAAGACCCACUAAUGAUGGCGGCAAUGCAAUUACAGGAUACAUUGUUGAAAAAAGAGACAAAGAAGGCGUUAGGUGGACAAGAUGCAACAAACGUGUAGUGAGUGAACUGCGCUUUAGAGUAACAGGACUUCUUGAAAACCGAAGUUAUGAAUUCCGUGUGUCUGCUGAGAAUGCAGCUGGAGUUGGUAAACCAAGUCCACCUACAGUAUACUUCAAGGCAGUGGAUCAAGUCUUCAAGCCUGGUCCACCAAACAACCCUAAGGUAAUUUAUGUCUCAAGAGCAUCUGUUGUCCUGCAUUGGGGAAAACCAAUUUAUGAUGGUGGCUGUGAAAUUCAGAGUUAUAUUGUUGAGGCAUGUGAAGUUACUUCCGAAGAAUGGAUGAUGUGUACACCACCCUCAGGAAUUACAGAGACCAGAUUUGAGGUUAAAAAACUGCUUGAAAAGCAUGAGUACAAAUUCAGAAUUUGUGCCGUAAAUAAGGUUGGUGUGGGAGAAACUGCUGAUAUCCAAGGAUCCAUUAUCAUAGAGGAUAAACUUGAGGCACCAGAUAUAGAUCUUGAUGCUGACCUGAGAAAGAUGAUUACUGUCAGGGCUGGAGGCUCUCUCAGAUUGUUUGUUCCUAUUCGUGGACGGCCAACUCCUGAAGUCAAGUGGGCAAAGGCUGAAGGUGAAAUCAACGAGGCAGCUCAAAUUGAUAUUACAAGCAGUUUCACUUCACUUGUAAUUGAAAAUGUUAAUAGAUUUGACAGUGGAAAAUACAAUUUAACUCUGGAAAAUGCCAGUGGAACAAAAUCUGCAUUUAUCAGUGUCAGGGUCUUAGAUACUCCUGAUGCACCUGCAAACUUCCGUGUGAAGGAAAUAACAAAGAAUUCAGUCACUCUUACCUGGGAGCCACCUUUGCUAGAUGGUGGAGCUAAAAUUAAAAAUUACAUUGUUGAAAAACGAGAAAGUACCAGAAAGGUAUACUCUGCUGUUGCUACCUGCAACAAAAUGACAUGGAAAAUUGAACCUCUCCAAGAGGGAAGCAACUUUUUCUUUAGGGUUCUUGCUGAAAAUGAACAUGGCAUUGGAAUGCCUGCAGAAACUCUAGAACCAAUAAAAAUCUCAGAGGUGCCACAACCCCCCGGUAAAGUUUCUGUAGUGGAUGUUACAAGGAAGAGUGUUUCCCUCAAAUGGGAAAAACCAGAGCAUGAUGGAGGCAGCAGAAUUACUCUUUAUGAAGUUGAAAUGCAAGCAAAAGAUCAAGAUAAAUGGUCUAUUUGUGCUCAAGUAAAAUCCCUCGAUACUGUUAUAACUAAUUUAGUCCAAGGUGGGGAGUACAAUUUCAGAGUCAUUGCCGUCAAUGACAAAGGAAAGAGUGAUCCCAGACUCUUGGCAAAUCCUGUUGUUGCAAAGGACCUUGCUAUUCAGCCCACAGUAAGAACAAAACUUAGUACCUACAAUGUACAGGUUGGGCAAGAUUUGAAAAUUGAAGCACGAAUUUCUGGUCAUCCAAAACCAACUAUUACUUGGACCAAAGAUGGUUCAGUUCUGAAACAGACCACGAGAGUAAAUGUUGCUGACACUGCACAUCAUACCACUCUUACCAUCAAAGAUGCAACAAGAGAAGAUGGUGGUAUGUAUAACAUUGCUGUUGCUAAUGUACUUGGACAAGCAGAAGCCACUGUUGAAAUAAUCAUACUUGAAAAGCCUGGCCCACCAACAGGCCCAGUCAGGAUUGAUGAAGUGAGUGCAGAGAGUAUUACACUAUCUUGGGACCCACCAACAUACACUGGAGGCUGCCAGAUUUCAAAUUAUGUUGUCCAAAAGAGAGACACCACCACUACUAACUGGGUAGUUGUUUCUGCCACAGUAGCAAGAACCACACUUAAAGUUAGUAAUCUAAAAACUGGAGCUGAAUACCAGUUUAGAAUUUUUGCUGAGAAUAGGUAUGGUAAAAGCUAUGGCAUUGAUUCAGAUCCGGUUCUUGCCCAGUAUCCUUUCAAGGAGCCUGGGCCUCCAGGAACUCCAUUUGUGUCUGCAUUUACAAAAGAAUCUAUGGUUGUUGAAUGGCACAAGCCAGUCUCAGAUGGUGGAAGUGCUAUUCUAGGAUAUCAUCUAGAGAGAAAAGAGAAAAAUAGUAUCCUUUGGACAAAGAUAAAUAAAAUACUCAUUCAAGACACCAGAUUUAAAACAUCUCCAUUGGAAGAGGGCAUUGAAUAUGAAUUCAGAGUUUAUGCUGAAAACAUAGUUGGAAUUGGAAAGUGCAGCAAAAUUUCUGAGGGGUGUGUAGCACGUGACCCUUGUGACCCACCAGGCACCCCUGUACCAGUGAUUGUGACAAGACACUCAGUGAAACUUAGAUGGACACCACCGGAAUAUGAUGGAGGCAGCCUUGUCACUGGAUAUGUUGUGGAGAAACUAGACCUUCCAGAAGGUCGUUGGAUGAAAGCUAGUUUUGCAAAUAUUCUUGAAACGGAAUUUACAGUCACAGGGCUUAUAGAAGACUGCAAAUAUGAUUUCAGAGUUAUUGCCAGAAACGGAGCUGGGUCAGUUAGUAGACCCUCAAAGAGCACAGGCUCAAUUACAGCUAAGGAUGAAGUUGAACCACCAACCUAUGAGGUUGCCUCAGAGUACAGUCAAAUUUUGACAGUGAAUGCCGGAGACACAUUUACCCUGGAAGCAUCCAUACUAGGAAAGCCAGUUCCAACAAUGCAGUGGUUUAAGGGUGAUGUCGAAGUUGAAAAUUCAGCAAGAGCUGAAAUCAAGAACACUGACUUCAAAGCAAUUCUUGUUGUCAAAGAUGCCAUUCGAAUUGAUGGAGGACAGUACACAUUGCACCUCACUAAUGUGGCGGGAACAAAGUCUGUUUCCUUCAAUGUAAAAGUCCUCGAUAGACCUGGACCCCCUGAAGGUCCUUUUACUGUCUCUGGUGUAACCUGUGAGAAGUGUUCAUUGUCAUGGCUGCCUCCAAAACAUGAUGGUGGCAGUAGCAUUUCACAUUAUAUUAUACAGAAGAGAGAAACAAGUCGCCUUGCUUGGACAGUAGUUUCAGGUGAUUGUGGAGCAACCAUGUUUAAAGUUACUAAACUUUUAACAGGAAAUGAAUACAUAUUCCGUGUCAUGGCUGUCAACAAAUAUGGAGUUGGUGAACCACUUGAAUCUGCACCAGUGAUUAUGAGAAAUCCUUUUGUUCCACCUGGGCCACCUAAAGAACUAGAAGUAACAAAUAUUUCAAGGGACUCUAUGACAGUAUGCUGGACUCGUCCUGAGACUGAUGGUGGAAGUGAAAUUGUUGGUUAUAUUGUAGAGAAGAGAGACAGAGCUGGAGUGCGGUGGACAAAAUGUAACAAACGCAGAGUCACAGACUUACGUUUCAGAGUCACAGGCUUGACAGAGGAUCAUGAAUAUGAAUUUAGGUUAACUGCAGAAAAUGCUGCUGGAGUUGGACAGCCAAGUCCACCAACUGUUUAUUACAAAGCCUGUGAUCCAACAUUUAAGCCUGGCUCACCAACUAAUGCACACCUUGUUGACACUACAAAGAAUUCAGUCACAAUUGCAUGGAGUAGACCAAUAUAUGAUGGUGGUUUAGACAUCCAAGGCUAUGUUGUUGAGAUAUGUAAAGCUGAUGAAGAAGAAUGGACCACAUGUACUCCACCCUCUGGAUUAAAUGAGACUAAAUUUACAAUAACUAAACUUACUGAACACCAAGAAUACAAAGUUCGCAUAUGUGCUUUUAAUAAACUGGGUGUUGGUGAGCCAGUGUCUAUCCAAGGAACUGUCAAACCAGUGGAUAAGUUGGAUGCCCCUGAAAUUGAGCUCGACUCGGAGUUGAGGAAAGGUAUUGUUGUGCGUGCUGGAGGAUCUAUGAGAAUCAACAUACCAUUCAAAGGACGCCCCAUUCCUGAGAUAAACUGGACCAAGGAUGAGGGAGAUUUACCAGAUAAAGCCCAAAUUGAAAAGGGACCAGAUUACACUCAGUUAUCAAUUGAUAUUUGUGACCGAAAUGAUGCUGGUAAAUAUACUCUGACUUUGGAAAAUAAUGCUGGCACUAAAUCAGCCUUUGUGUCAGUAAAAGUACUCGAUACACCAGGUGCUCCACAGAACCUUGUUGUGAAAGAUGUAACAAGAAACUACACUACCCUCGUUUGGGAACCUCCACUUAUAGAUGGUGGUUCAAAAAUCAAAAAUUAUAUAAUUGACAAGAGAGAAUCGAAUAGACAAGGAUUUGUAAACAUUACUACCAAGUGCUCCAAGACCAGCUUCCGAGUUGGUGAUUUGACAGAAGGUGGUAUUUAUUACUUCAGAGUCAUGGCAGAAAAUGAAUUCGGAAUUGGUCUUCCUGUAGAAACAGAAGAAUCUGUGAAGACAGCAGAUCCUCCUUUAUCUGUUGGCAAGGUAACUUUGACUGAUGUGACAAAAACCACAGCAUCACUUUCCUGGGAUAAACCAGAUCAUGAUGGUGGUAGUAGAAUCUUGGGUUAUUAUAUUGAAAUGCAGCCAAAAGGAUCAGAGGAAUGGACAGUUGCUACAGUCACCAAAACAGUUGAAGGUACAGUGACAGGACUUAGUUCAGGACAAGAGUACCUCUUCAGAGUUUUAGCUUACAACGAGAAGGGAAAAAGUGAUCCAAGGCCUUUGGCUGCUCCUGUCGUAGUCAAAGAUGUUACUAUUGAACCAAGCUUCAAAAUACUUUUCAACACCUACAGCGUUCAAGCUGGUGAAGAUCUCAAAGUGGAAAUAUCAUUUAAAGGGCGUCCUACUCCAAAGAUUGCAUGGAUGAAAGAUGGACAAGCACUGAAAGAGACAACCAGAUUAAAUGUCUCAAGCACUGUAACUUCAACAGUUCUUAAAAUUAAAGAUGCAAAUCGAGAGGACUCUGGCAAGUACACAGUUACAGCUACAAAUAAUAUAGGUACGGUCACAGAAGAGGUUGGCAUAAUCAUUCUUGACAAACCAGGCCCACCAGUUGGACCGGUUAAAAUUGAUGAAGUAAGCGCCACCUAUGCAAUAAUUUCCUGGGAGCCACCUGUAUACACAGGAGGUUGUCAGAUAAACAACUACAUAGUGGAAAAACGUGAUACAACCACUACUAACUGGCAGAUUGUUUCAGCAACCAUUGCUCGUACCACAAUAAAAGUCACAAAGCUGAAGACUGGUUCUGAAUAUCAGUUUAGAGUUUUUGCUGAGAACAGAUAUGGAAAGAGCACAUCAUUAGAUUCAACUCCAGUUGUGGUCAGUUAUCCUUUUACUGAGCCUGCAGCUCCUGGUACACCAUUUGUUUCAUCGGUGACAAAAGACCACAUGACAAUUGAAUGGAAACCUCCCAGCAAUAAUGGAGGUAGCCCUAUUAUUGGGUAUCACCUUGAGCGUAAAGAAAAGAACAGCAUCUUAUGGACCAAACUUAACAAGCUUCUUAUCACUGACACUCGAUUCAAAACAAAUGGUCUGGAGGAGGGAAUUGAAUAUGAAUAUAGAGUGUUUGCUGAAAAUAUGGCAGGAAUCAGUCCAUCAAGCAAAGUCUCAGAAAGUGUUGUUGCACGUGAUCCCUGUGAUCCCCCUGGAACUCCUGAAGCCAUUGUUAUCACAAGAAACCUUGUAACUCUUCAGUGGGCAAAACCACAGUAUGAUGGUGGCAGUGCUAUUACAGGAUACAUUAUCGAAAGAAAGAAGCUGCCUGAAGGUCGUUGGAUGAAGGCCAGCUUCACAAAUAUUAUACAAACACAAUUUACAAUAACUGGACUGGAAGAAGAACAACGAUAUGAAUUUAGAGUAAUUGCCAAAAAUGCAGCUGGUAAUUUAAGUGUACCCUCUGAAAGCACUGGACCAAUUACUGCUCAGGAUGAGAUUGAAGCUCCAUCUGUCUCAAUGGAUUCAAAAUUUAAAGAUGUUAUCAUUGUAAAGGCUGGCGAGUCCUUUACUAUUGAUGCAGACAUUGCUGGAAAACCACUUCCUGAUAUUAUGUGGCUUAAGGAUGGAAAAGAAAUUGACAAUGCUACACCCAGAAUGGAGAUUAAAUCCACCAUCACGCAAACAGUUCUGACUGUUAAGGACUGCAUUAGAGUAGAUGGUGGUCAUUUUCUCUUAAGUCUCAGUAAUGUUGGUGGAACCAAACAGGUACCCAUUACUGUCAAAGUUCUUGAUAGACCUGGUCCACCUGAUGGCCCUCUGAAGGUAACUGGUGUCACAGCAGAAAAAUGUUAUUUGCACUGGAGCCACCCAUCACAUGAUGGUGGAGCUGGUAUUUCUCAUUACAUCAUUGAAAAGAGAGAAACUAGCAGACUGUCUUGGACAGUAGUGGAACCUAAAAUUCAAGCAAUUAGUUACAAAGUUACUAAACUCCUGCCUGGUAAUGAGUAUAUAUUCAGAGUCAUGGCAGUGAAUAAGUAUGGUAUUGGUGAACCACUUGAAUCUGAACCUGUCCUUGCAAAAAAUCCUUUCAACAAACCUGGACCACCUUCAACUCCAGAAGCAAGUGCAGUAACCAGAGACUCAAUAGUCCUAACAUGGGAACGACCAGAGGACGAUGGCGGAUCACAAAUUGAUGGUUAUGUUCUUGAGAAACGUGAUAAAGAGGGUAUAAGAUGGACAAAGUGUAACAAGAAAAGACUGAAUGACUUGAGAUUCAGAGCCACUGGGCUUACAGAGGGACACUUCUAUGAAUUCAGAGUAUCUGCUGAAAAUGCUGCUGGUGUGGGCACACCAAGUGAACCAUCUCAAUAUUACAAAGCUUGUGAUGCUAUUUAUCCUCCCGGUUCUCCUAAUAAUCCUAAAAUAACAGAUAGCUCAAGCACAACUGUUUCCUUGGCUUGGAGUAGACCAAUUUAUGAUGGUGGAGCACCGGUCUCAGGAUACAUUGUUGAGGUAAAGGAAGUUAGUGAAGAUGAAUGGAUUGUGUGCACUCCACCAACUGGUGUUCAAACAACUUACUUCACUGUCAAAAAACUAAAGGAAAAUGCAGAAUACAACUUCCGUAUUUGUGCACUUAAUAUUGAGGGGGCUGGAGAGCAUGUUGAUGUUCCAGGAUCUGUAAUUGCUGCUGAAAAACUUGAAGCUCCUGAGAUAGAACUUGAUGCAGAUCUUAGGAAAUGUGUGACUGUGCGUGCCAGUGCAACACUUAGGUUAUUUGUCACCAUAAGGGGAAGACCUGAGCCAGAGGUUAAGUGGACAAAGGCAGAUGGUACCUUACCAGAGCGUGCUCAAAUUGAAGUGACAGGCUCUUACACUGUGCUUGUUGUUGACAAUGUUAACCGAUUUGAUACUGGCAAAUAUGUUGUGACCCUUGAAAAUAAUAGUGGCACAAAAUCUUCAUUUAUUAAUGUCAAGGUCCUUGACUCUCCAAGUGCUCCAUUGAACUUUGAAAUUAAGGAUGUAAAGAGAGAUUCUGUCCAGCUACAGUGGGAGCCUCCACAAAUUGAUGGUGGAGCCAAGAUCACCCAUUACAUUGUGGAAAAGCGUGAAUCUAAAAGGCUGGCAUUUACAACUGUGACAAACAGCUGUGUCAGAAAUUCAUUUAAGGUUGAUGAUCUCCAGGAAGGAGGUCUUUACCACUUCCGUGUAUUGGCUGUGAAUGAACUUGGUGUUGGUUUACCUGCAGAGACCAUAGAGGCUGUCAAAGUUUCCCAAGCACCCUUACCACCUGGUAAAAUUAAAGUUGUUGACGUAACUCGCCACACUGUUACUCUAGCGUGGGAAAAGCCAGAUCAUGAUGGUGGCAGCAAAAUCACAGGCUACACAGUGGAAAUGAUAACUAAGGGAUCAGAAAAAUGGACCGUAUGUGCUACAGUAAAGGCACUGGAAACCACAAUUGAAGGACUUACAACAGGAGAGGAAUAUAGCUUCAGAGUUACAGCAAUGAAUGACAAAGGAAAGAGUGAUCCUAAACCCCUGGGAGUAUCUGUUGUGGCACAAGAUAUUACUAUUGAACCCAUUAUUGAUUUGCUCUUUAAUACGUACAGUGUAAAAGCUGGAGAUGAUCUCAAAAUAGAUGUUCCAUUCAGAGGCAGACCUCCUCCAGAGGUUACAUGGAAAAAGGAUGGUCACUCAUUGAAGCAAACAACCAGAGUUAAUGUUUUGACAUCAAAAACAUCAUCAAAGAUUGUCAUCAAGGACGCAACAAGAGAGGAUGCUGGAAAAUAUGAAAUUGUUUUAACCAAUUCAAUUGGCGUUAAAUCAGCUGAAAUAUCUGUUAUCAUUCUUGAUAAACCAGGUCCACCAGGUGCAAUCAAGGUAGAGGAAAUAAGUGCUGAUUUUAUUUCACUAUCAUGGGACCCUCCAAUUUAUGAUGGUGGCUGUCAAAUUAAUAAUUAUGUGGUUGAGAAGAGAGAUAUGACCACUACAGCAUGGCAAAUUGUUUCAGCAACAGUUGCAAGAACAUCAAUCAAAGUAACUCGUUUGACACAAGGAACAGAAUAUCAGUUCCGUGUUGCUGCAGAGAAUCGUUAUGGAAAAAGCCAUGCAAUUGACUCUGCCCCAGUUGUUGCACAGUACCCCUUUUCACCUCCAGGCCCUCCAACUAGUCUUCACAUUGCUCAAGCCACUAAAUCAGGAAUGUUAGUUACCUGGAACAGACCAGCAAGUGAUGGUGGCAGUCCCGUCUUUGGAUAUCACUUGGAAUGCAAAGAUCAGAGCAGCAUUCUCUGGACAAAGAUGAACAGAGGACCUAUUACAGAAACUCAGUUCAAGGUAACUGGUUUGGAAGAAGGCCUGUUGUAUCAGUAUAGAGUAUAUGCUGAGAAUAUAGCUGGCAUUGGACCUUGCACAAAGGCAUGUGAUCCUGUUUCUGCCCGAGAUCCAUGUGCACCUCCAGGUCAGCCAGUAGUUAUGAACAUCACAAGAACAUCUGUUUCUCUCUCCUGGGCAAUACCUGAGUUUGAUGGUGGAGCUAAGGUGACUGGCUACAUUGUUGAACGCAGGGAACUUCCAGAUGGACGAUGGUUAAAGUGUAAUUUCACAAAUCUUCAAGAAACAUUCUUUGAUGUGACUGGCCUGAUUGAAGAUCAAAGAUAUGAUUUCCAUGUAAUUGCUAAGAAUGCAGCUGGCUUACUCAGUGAACCAUCAGAGGGUACAGGACCUGUGACUGUAAAAGAUGAUGUUGAUCCACCACGCAUCACAAUUGAGGACAAACUAAGACAAUUGGUUGUAGUGAAAGCUGGGGAUGUACUGAGAAUUGAUGCUGAAAUAUCAGGACGUCCAAUUCCUGUGAUUUCAUGGGCAAAGGAUGGAAAAGAAAUUGAAGCCAAGGCCAGAUUUGAGAUUUCUUCAACACUCACUAGUACAACACUAAUUGUGAGAGAUGCCAUUAGACGAGACUCUGGACAGUAUGUUCUAACAUUGCAAAAUGUUGCAGGCACCAGAUCUUUGGCAGUAAACUGUAAGGUCCUGGACAGGCCUGGCCCAUCAGCUGGACCGUUGGAAGUAACUGGUCUAACUGCAGAGAAAUGUACGUUGACCUGGGGGCCACCUCAAGAAAAUGGAGGUGCUGAAAUUCAGCACUACAUAGUUGAGAAACGGGAAACAAGCCGGCUUGCCUGGACUCUGGUCUAUGCAGAUAUGAAAGCCACAACAUGUAAAGUAACAAAACUGCUCAAAGGCAAUGAGUACAUAUUUAGAGUUCGGGGAGUUAAUAAGUAUGGAACUGGUGAAGCUCUGGAGAGUGACCCUGCUAAAGCAAUGGAUCCAUUUACAAUCCCUGCUGCACCAACAAAUGUUGAAGUCACCAGUGUAACAAGUGAAGCAAUGACUAUUUGCUGGGAAAGACCGGUCUCUGAUGGAGGGAGUAGUAUUUCUAGCUAUGUAAUUGAGAAACGUGAGAAAUCUGGUCUUCGCUGGGUACGUGUCAACAAAAAACCUGUUUAUGACUUAAGAGUAAAAGCUUCCAAUCUCCGUGAAGGAUGUGAGUAUGAAUACAGAGUAUUUGCAGAGAAUGCUGCUGGUUUGAGUGCACCAAGUGUGCCUUGCCCACUGACAAAGGCAGAGGAUCCAUUGUUCCUACCAUCACCUCCAGCUAAACCUAAAAUAAUUGAUUCUUCUAAAACAUCAAUAACUUUGUCUUGGAACAAGCCAUUGUUUGAUGGUGGCUCAUCAGUUACAGGAUAUAUGGUGGAAUAUAGGAAAACCACUGAUGAUGACUGGACACUUGGUGUCAGCAACACUAACAGCACAGAGUUUACUGUGGUGGGACUCACUUCAGGAGCAGAGUAUGUCUUUGUAGUCAGAUCAAUUAACAAGAUUGGCCCAAGUGAGCCAAGCCCUGAAACUGAUCCACAGAUAGCAAAGGACAGAGAAGAUGAGCCAGUUUUCCUAAUUGGUAAUGAAAUGAGGAAGACACUGAUUGUCAAAGAUGGAAGCUCAUUUACACUUAGAGUCCCAUUCAAAGGAAAGCCUGUUCCACAUGUAAUGUGGAACAAACCAGAUAUUGAUCUGAGAGUGAGGGCUGCUAUUGAUACAACUGAUAACUGCACAUCUAUCACAAUUGAGCAAGCUACAAGAGAUGACUCAGGGAAAUACACUGUAACCCUCCAAAAUGUUGCUGGAACUUCUACACUGACAUUGAGUGUAAAGGUCCUAGAUUCUCCAGGCCCACCGGCACACAUUGAAAUAAAGGAUGUCACCAAGAGCUCUGCAACUAUUACAUGGGAUACUCCCGAGAAUGAGGGUGGUGCUCCAGUCAAGAACUACCUUGUUGAUCUCCGUGAGGCAACUAAAAUGGGCUGGACCAGAAUUACAGACAGUUGUCCAAGGUUAACUUAUAAAGUUAAUGAUCUUCAAGAAGGGGGGGUUUAUUAUUUCAGAGUUACCGGUGAAAAUGAGUAUGGUAUAGGAGUCCCAGUUGAGACCAAAGAAGGAACAAAGAUUACAGAAAAACCAAGUCCACCACCCAAGCUUGGAGUCACUGAUGUCACAAAAGACAGCGUAUCACUAGCAUGGCUUAAACCAGAACAUGACGGAGGUAGCAGAAUUACAAAUUACCUGGUUGAGGCUCUUGAGAAAGGACAACAAAACUGGAUAAAGUGUGGUUCCACCAAAUCAACUCACUUUGUUGUCUGUGGAUUGAGAGAAAAUGCUGAAUACUACUUCAGAGUUCGGGCUGAAAACCAUGCUGGACUUAGCGACCCCAAGGACAUGGUUUUACCUGUGCUUGUAAAAGAUCAGCUGGAGGCACCAGAAAUUAACAUGAAGGACUUCCAACACAACACUGCCUUUGUUAAGGCAGGUUCAAAUCUCAAGAUUGAGAUCCCCCUCACUGGUAAACCACUACCAAAAGUAUCUCUAUCUAAGGAUGGACAGGUUCUAAAGUCAACCAUGAGAUUUAACUCUUAUGUGACAACUGAUUCCCUUAUAAUUUCUUUGCGUGAGAGUGUUGCUUUGGACGCAGGCAGAUAUGAUAUCACGGCCUCUAACUCCAGUGGAACCACAAAGUCUUUUGUGAAUAUUGUGGUCCUUGACAGACCAAGCGCACCAGUUGGUCCUGUUGAGAUGUGUGAUGUCACAGAAGACAGUGUCAGUUUGAAAUGGUUGCCUCCAGCUUAUGAUGGUGGUAGCCCAAUCACCAACUACAUUGUCUUAAAACGUGAGACCACUACUGCAAACUGGAUAGAAGUCUCAUCUGCUGUUGCACGGUGCACAAUCAAGAUCAUGAAGCUGAUUAACGGAGUUGAGUACCAGUUUAGAAUCAGAGCUGAGAAUCGUUUUGGAAUCAGUGACCACAUUGAUUCACCAACUGUUACAGUCAGUCUUCCAUACACACUCCCUGUGGCACCUUCACAACCAUGGGUAUCAGCUGUAACAAAGGAAAGUAUUAAUGUUAGCUGGAAGGAGCCAUCUUCAGAUGGUGGAAGCCAUGUCUUUGGAUAUCACCUUCAGAUGAAAGACAGAAACAGCAUUCUUUGGCAGAAAGUUAACACAACUGUUAUCCGUGCUACACACUUCAAAGUAACAAACGUGAAUGCUGGUCUGAUCUAUGAGUUCAAGGUUGCAGCAGAAAAUGCUGCUGGCAUUGGUCCAGUUAGCAAGCCUUCAGAUCCUGUGCUUGCAAUUGAUGCUUGUGAAUCUCCAAACAACCUUAGAGUAACAGAUAUCACAAAGAGUUCCAUUAGCCUUUCCUGGGAGAAACCCUCAUAUGAUGGAGGAAGUAAAAUUACUGGAUAUUUGAUUGAAAGGAAAGAUGGUCCGAAAGGCAGAUGGUCAAAAGCUAAUUUGACAAAUGUUACUGACACAAAGUUCACUGUAUCAGGUUUGACUCAGAAUGAAUCUUAUGAAUUCCGGGUCAUGGCUAAGAAUGCAGUUGGCUCCAUUAGUAACCCAUCAGCAACUGUUGGACCAGUCACAUGUUUGGAUACAUAUGGUGCCCCUGAGAUUGAACUUCCUCAAGAAUAUUUUGAUGUUGUGAAAUACAAAGCAGGUGCUACUGUUCAGCUUAAAAUUGGUAUUAUUGCUAAACCUCAACCAACAAUUGAAUGGUACAAGGAUGGAAAAGAACUAGAGUCUGAAGCUCAAAUUUCCAUUUCCAACACCACUGAGUCUGCAUGCAUCACUAUCAGGGAAGCCAGCCGUUUGAAUAGUGGAACGUAUGAACUCAAGAUCAAGAACUCUUUAGGCUCAGCAUAUGCUGCUGUCAGAGUACUUGUCCAAGACAAGCCAGGGCCCCCUGCUGGAGAGAUACAGUUCAAGAAAGUCACAGCAGAUACUAUGACUAUCAUGUGGGAUCCUCCAGCUGAUGAAGGUGGAGCAAUGGUUACCCAUUACAUUGUGGAGAAACGUGAAACAAGCAGAAUUUUGUGGUCCAUUAUCUCAGAAAAACUAGAAGACUGCAUUGUCACCGUCCCAAGGCUGAUUAAGGGCAAUGAAUACAUAUUCCGUGUUCGUGGUGUAAACAAAUAUGGAGUUGGAGAUCCUCUGGAAUCUAGACCAGUAAUUGCACAGAAUUCCUUCGUUCCUCCUAGCCGGCCUUCUAAACCUCAAGUCACUAUGAUUACCAGGUCAACAAUGACUGUGGUAUGGGAAAGACCAAGUUUAGAUGGUGGCAGUGACAUUGAUGGAUAUUAUUUAGAGAAGCGGGAGAAGAAAAGUCUACAGUGGUUCAAGGUUAUUAAAGAUGCAAUUCGUGAUACCAGACAGAAAGUCAGCAACCUCACAGAAGGAAAUGAAUAUCAGUAUCGUGUCUGUGCAAUCAACAAAGCUGGAGCAGGCCCAUAUUCUGAUGUGUCCAUCUUUUACAAAGCUUAUGACCCAAUUGAUCCACCAAGUGAGCCAACCAAGCUCAGAGUUGUUGAUUCAACAAAGACAUCUAUUACCCUUGGAUGGGUCAAGCCUGUCUAUGAUGGUGGCAGCGAAAUUACAAGCUAUGUUGUUGAACAAAGAAUGGCAGAUGAGACAGAAUGGGUCACUAUAAGUUCUAAAGGAGAAGUAAGAACAACUGAGUUUGUAGUGUCCCACUUGAAACCUGGUGUGUAUUACUUUUUCCGUGUCUCUGCUGUUAAUUGUGCUGGAACUGGACGUUCAAUUGAGAUGAUGCAGCCAGUGCAAGCCAAAGAUAUUCUGGAGGAGGCGGAUGUGGAUCUUGACAUCUCAAUGUCAACUCAGUACAUAGCAAAGGCUGGUAGAGAUGUGGAGAUUGUAAUCCCUCUUAAGGGUAGACCUGCUCCAAAUGUAACAUGGAGAAAGGCAGACAAAAACAUUAGUGGUGACGCAAGAUAUACCAUCAGAAACACAGAAUACUCAACUACACUCAUAAUUCCAAAGGUCACAAGGGAUGACACUGGCAAAUAUCUUCUUGAAAUUGAAAAUGGGGUUGGAGAGCCAAAAACCAUAACGGUGUCUGUUAAGGUAUUAGACACACCUUCUGCUUGUAAUAGGCUGAUAGUGAAGAAUGUGACAAGAGGGAAACUUACUUUGAGCUGGGAACCACCUUAUAUAGAUGGUGGCUCUCCAAUCACAAACUACGUUGUUGAAAAGAAGGAUGCUAAAAUGAAGGCAUUCACCAUUGUGACAAAUGAAUGUGCCAAUACAACCUGCAAGGUUGAAGGUCUGGCUGAAGAAAUUUCCUAUUUCUUCCGUGUUUCUGCUGAAAAUGAAUAUGGUGUUGGUGAUCCUUGUGAGACUGCACAGCCUGUAAGAGCAACCGAGAUGCCUGGUGCUGUAAAAGACCUUGUACUGGUGGACUCAACUAAUACAUCUGUAUCGUUGGCAUGGACAAAGCCUGAUCAUGAUGGUGGCAGUCAAAUUUCUGAGUACAUUAUUGAGAAGAAAACAAAGGAAGAGGAAAUUUGGAGCAUUGGUGGUACAUGCAGGCGUUGCCAGUUUGAGGUAACUCCCCUUAAAGAGCUUUCAGAAGUUUAUUUUAGAGUGUUCGCAAAAAAUGAGAAGGGUUGCAGUGACUUCUCUCAAAUUGGACCAAUCACUGUAAGGGAACUGCUUAUACCACCUGAAGCAAACCUUAUUGAUUAUCCUAAUUCAGAAUUAAGUGUUCGCAUUGGACAAAAUGUGAAUAUUGAUUUGCCCUACAAGGGUAAACCUAAACCAACGAUUCAGUGGAUGAAAGAUGAUGUGCCACUCAAGGAAAGUGACCAAGUUCGUUUCAGACAAACAGAGAACAAGGCAAGUCUCAUUGUAAGAAAUGCAAGAAAGGAGAAUGCAGGAAAAUACACCUUGGUUCUUGAUAGUAAACUUGUCAAGAACUUCUUUGACAUUAAAGUGAUUACACUUGGACCACCCUCUCAGCCUAUAGGUCCAAUUCGUUUUGAUGAAAUUAAAGCCCAGAGUAUUAUCAUCUCAUGGGAUGAACCACAGGACAACGGUGGAGGCGAGAUCACCUGCUAUAGUGUAGAAAAGCGAGAGACAUCUCAAGCAGCAUGGAAGAUGGUUUGCUCAAGUGUGGUAAGGACCACAUUCAAGAUACCAAAUUUGGUCAAGGGUACUGAAUACCAAUUUAGGGUGCGUGCAGAGAACAAAUAUGGAAUGAGCGAGCCUCUAACCUCAUUAGAUGUGGUUGCUCAACACCAAUACAAGCCACCAGGUUCACCAGGAAAACCUGUAGUAUUCAAUGUCACAAGUGAUGGCAUGACUGUUCAGUGGGAAGCCCCAGGAUUUGAUGGUGGUUCUCCAAUCACUGGAUACCAUCUUGAGAAAAAAGACAGGAACAGCUUAUUGUGGAUGAAAGUUAAUUCCAGUGUUAUCUCUGGAAGAGAAUACAGAGUCAUUGGACUUAUUGAAGGUCUGGAGUAUUCAUUCAGAGUUUAUGCACAAAACAAUGCUGGAAUGAGUCCAGUCAGUGAACAGAGCAAGCACAAACUGGCAAUCUCCCCUGUAGAUCCUCCAGGCACACCUAACUGCAUUGAUGUCACAAGAGACUCUGUUACACUUCAGUGGGAACCACCGAAGCGUGAUGGAGGCAGUAGGAUUGUGGCAUACAGUGUUGAAAGGCGUCAAGGAAGAGCCCGUUGGUUGAGAUGCAAUUUCAUUGACAUCAGCGAAUGUCAGUUUACUGUAACAAGCCUUGCUGCUGGUGAUCGCUUUGAAUUUAGGGUAAUUGCUAGGAAUGCUGUCGGAACAGUUAGUCCACCUUCUCAGUCAUCUGGCUACAUCAUGACCAAAGAUGAAAGUGUUAUCCCUGAGAUUCAGUUUGAAGCUGAGAAGACCCUUACCAUCAAGGCAGGAGAAAAUAUUAAACUCAACUGCAGUAUAAGUGGACGUCCUGUACCUCAAGUCACAUGGUAUAAAGAUGGAAAGGAAGUUGAUAAAAUGCUGGUUGAUAUAACAACUGUUAUUGGAUCAAGCUCACUGUUCAUCAGAGAUGCUGACCGCAAUGACCGUGGUAUCUACACAGUUGAGGCCAAGAACAGCUCAGGCACAACAAAAGUGGAUGUUCUUGUAAGAGUACAAGAUACCCCUGGACCACCUGAGGGCCCGCUUCGCUUCACAAAUAUAUCUGCAGAGAAAGCAACUCUUUGGUGGAGCCCACCUGAAAAUGAUGGUUGUGCACCUAUUAUUAAUUACGUAAUUGAGAAGCGUGAGACUUCCAGAAUUUCCUGGGCACUUGUAACAUCCAAGUGUGAAGCCUGCUCCUUUAAUGCCACAAAACUGAUUAAAGGCAAUGAAUAUCAGUUCCGUGUAUCUGCUGUCAAUAAAUUUGGUGUGGGCAAGCCACUAGAGUCUGAUCCAAUCAUUGCUCAGAUGCAAUAUACGGUACCAGAUGCUCCUGGAACACCUGACUGCACUCAUGUGACAGGAACCAGUAUUACACUAUGCUGGACAAGACCAAGACAUGAUGGUGGAAAUGAGAUUAAGCACUACAUUCUUGAAAGACGAGAAAAGAAGAGCUUAAGAUGGGUGAAGGUUUCUGCAAAGAGACCAAUAACUGAACUUAGGCAUAGAGUCACAAACCUUACAGAAGGAAAUGAAUACGAAUUCCGUGUUAUGGCUGAAAAUGGUGCUGGAAUUGGACCUGCAAGUGGUACAUCCAGAUUGUUCAAGUGUAGAGAACCAACAAGUGCACCCAGUGCACCAACUGUGGUGAAGGUCAUCGAUUCCACCAAGAUGUCUGUUACCUUGGAAUGGACCAAACCAGUGUUUGAUGGUGGUAUGGAAAUAAUUGGUUAUAUUAUUGAGAUGUGCAAGGCAAGCCUUGAGGAAUGGCACAGAGUCAACAACCAGACUUGCAUCCACACACAUUACGUAGUAACAGAGUUAGAACCUGGUGAAGAAUAUAAAUUCCGUGUGUGUGCAGUCAAUGGUGCUGGCAAGGGAGAAUUCUCUGAAACACCAAAUGUAGUGCAAACAGUCGAUAGACUGACCUCACCUGAAAUUGAUAUAGAUGCAAACUUCAAGCAGACACAUGUUGUAAAGAGUGGCGGAACAGUUACACUUCAUAUUCCCUUCCGUGGGAAACCAGCCCCACUUGCCACAUGGACAAAGGCAGAUGGAGAUCUUGGUGUAAUGGUGGAUAUUAAUACCACAGACACAUUCAGCACUUUGACAAUUGAAAAUUGCACCAGGUAUGAUGCUGGCAAGUAUACACUCUCUCUUGAAAACAAUAGUGGUCGUAAAACCAUUACAUUAACAGUGAAAGUGUUGGACACACCUGGCCCUCCUGGACCUCUCUCAUUCAAGGAUGUAACCAGAGGUGCUCUGACGCUCAUGUGGGAUGCACCAUCCAAUGAUGGAGGUGCACGUGUUCAUCACUACAUUGUUGAAAAGCGAGAGGCAAGUCGAUUAAGUUGGCAAGAGGUUAGUGAUAAGUGUACGCGUCAAAUAUUGAGAGUGGCCAACCUUGAUAUUGGUGUAGCAUAUUUCUUCAGGGUUAUUGCUGAAAAUCAGUAUGGCAAAGGUGAGCCAUUUGAAAUGACAGAACCUAUUAUAGCCACAGAAGAACCUGCACCUCCUAAGCGGCUGGAUAUCAUUGAUACUACAUCCUCAACAGCCAGUUUAGUCUGGAUGAAGCCUGAGCACGAUGGUGGAAGCCGCAUUACUGGAUACAUUGUUGAGACUAGAAAGAAGGGUUCUGAUCACUGGGUUGUAGGUGGUCAAACCAAAUCUUUAAAAAUGGUUCUUGAAGGCUUGGUUGAGAACACAGAAUAUGAGUUCCGUGUUAAGGCUCAGAAUGAUGCUGGCAUUAGUCAACCACGAGAUGCCCUUGCCUCUGUCAUUAUAAAGGAGCCACGUAUAGAGCCAACAGCGGAUCUCAGUGGCAUAGAUAAACAGCUCAUCACUUGCAAAACUGGAAAUUCCUUUGUAAUUGAUAUUCCAAUCAGUGGCAGACCAGCCCCUAAGGUAACAUGGAAGCUUGAAGAAAUGAAACUUAAAGAAACAGACAGAGUGUCAAUUAAGAUCUCAAAAGACAGAACAACUCUACUGGUUAAGGAUGCCAAGAGAGGCGACAGUGGAAAAUACUAUAUCACACUUGAAAAUGUAGCUGGAUCAAAAACAUUCACUGUCAUCGUCAGUGUCAUUGGUAGACCAUUACCACCAACUGGACCUGUUGAAAUUUCAGGAAUAUCUUCAGAAUCCUGUGUAUUGACUUGGGGAGAACCUACAGAUGAUGGUGGAACAGACAUAACCAAUUAUAUUGUUGAGAAACGUGAGUCUGGCUCCUCAACAUGGCAGGUUGUGAAUUCCAGUGUGAAACGGACCACCAUUAAAGUAACUCAUCUCACAAAGUACAUGGAGUAUACUUUCAGAGUAUGUGCUGAGAACAAGUUUGGUGUUAGCAAGUCUGUUGAAUCUCAAGCUAUUGUUGCUGAGCAUCCAUUCAUCUCACCAAGCCCACCAACUCGCCCAGAUGUAGUUUCAGUGUCUGCUAAUGCAAUAUCUAUCCGCUGGGAUGUACCAUAUCAUGAUGGUGGAAGCCAAGUAACUGGAUAUUGGAUUGAGAAAAAGGAGCGUAAUACCAUUCUGUGGGUGAGGGAGAACAAGAUUCCUUGCCUUGAGUGUCACUACAAGGUUUCUAACCUUAUUGAGGGACUCGAGUAUCAGUUCAGAGUAUAUGCAAUGAACAUCGCUGGUCUGAGUAAAGCAAGUGAACCAUCAAGACCAGUACUGGCUCUAAAUCCAGUUGAUCCACCCGGCAAACCAGAGGUUUAUGAUGUAACCAAGACAUCAGUGUCUAUAAGAUGGUCUGUACCAUUCAAUGAUGGUGGCAGCAAGAUUGUUGGAUAUGUGGUUGAACGCAAGGCAUUAAGUGAUGAUGAAGAAGCUCGUUGGUUGAAGUGCAACUACACUACAAUCACAGAAAACUAUUUUACUAUUAUAUCACUCAGUGAGGGGGAGCAGUAUGAAUUCCGCGUUAUUGCCAGAAAUGGUGCUGGAGUCCACAGUAUGCCAUCUGAAUCAACAGGACUUAUCACAUGCAAAGAUGAAUAUACACCACCAAAGGCUGAGCUGGAUAGUAAACUUGUGGGUGAGACCAUCACUAUUAGAGCAGGAUCAGACCUGGUUCUUGAUGCUGCUGUUGGUGGAAAACCAGAGCCUAAGGUUUUUUGGGCCAAGGGUGACAAGGAACUGGAUCUCGGAGAGAAAUACUCACUGACAUACACAAGUACAAGAGCGAUGGCAAUCAUUAAGUCAUGUGAUAGAAAUGAUACUGGCAGAUACAUCCUUACUGUGAAGAAUGCAAGUGGAAUCAAAACAGCUGCUGUCAAUGUUAAAGUACUUGAUACACCUGGUCCACCUGAGGGUACAAUAACAAUUAGCAGGGUCACAGAAGAGAAAUGCACAGUUUCCUGGAAGAUUCCUAUGGAGGAUGGAGGAGAUCGUGUCACUCACUAUAUUGUUGAAAGACGUGAGACCAGCAGACUCAACUGGGUCAUCAUGGAAGCUGAAUGCAAGACUCUGUCUUGCGUCAGCACAAAACUGAUCAAGAACAAUGAAUACAUAUUCCGUGUUAGAGGUGUAAAUAAGUAUGGGCCUGGUGUACCCUUAGAGUCUGAACCAGUUAUUGCAAGAAAUGCUUACAAUGUUCCAACACCUCCAGAAGCACCAGAGAUCACUGCUGUUGGAAAAGAACAUGUCAUUAUUGAGUGGCUGAAGCCAGAGAGUGAUGGUGGAAGUGAAAUCAAAAACUACCUUGUGGAUAAGCGUGAAAAGAGUAGUGUUAGAUGGACAAGAGUGAACAAAACCUACACCAUUUAUGAUACACGUCUCAAAAUCACUGGUCUCCUUGAGGGUAGUGAUUAUCAGUUCCGUGUUUCAGCUGUCAAUGCUGCCGGCACCAGUGUUCCAAGUGAUGCAUCUCAGUACGCUCACUGUAAAGACCCAACAUAUACCCCAGCUCCACCAUCAGUUCCUCGUGUUACAGACACCACAAAGCACAGUAUUAGUAUAACGUGGACACGACCAAUGUAUGAUGGAGGAUCCGAUGUCACAGGCUAUGUUGUUGAGAUUCUGGAAGAGGGAACAGUGCAAUGGUAUAGAGCCACCCAGAAGAUUCUGACAAGUACUCAGUACACAGUAGCUGGUCUGACAAGUAACAAAAAGUACAGCUUCAGAGUGGCUGCAGUCAAUGCUAUGGGUACUGGAGAGUUUAGUGAAGGCAGUAUUGAGUCUGCACCUUCAGAAAGAAUCGAAAUUCCUGAUAUUGAGCUACCUGACGAACUGAAGAAGACUGUUUGCAUCAGAGCUGGCAACACUUUACGUCUUCAUGUAGCUACAACUGGAAGACCUGCACCAGUUAUUACCUGGAGAAAGCCUGGAAUUGACCUACAAUCCCGUGGAUUCAUAGAUACUACAGAAAAUACUACAACUUUAAUAGUUGAAAAGGUUCAUCGUUAUGAUGCUGGAAAAUACACAAUAGAGGCAGAAAAUCCAUCUGGCAAGAAAAUAGUUACCAUUCUUGUCAAGGUUUAUGAUUCUCCUGGACCAUGUGGUGCAGUAAAUGUUAAAGAUUACACAAAAGAGUCUGUUGUAAUCACAUGGGAUGUGCCUACUGUUGAUGGAGGUGCUCACAUCAACAACUACAUAAUUGAGAAGCGAGAAGCUUCAAUGAAAUCUUACAAAACAGUGACAACAGAAUGCAAGAAGACAUUAUACAGAAUCACUGGACUGGAAGAAGGAAUACAGUACUUCUUUAGGGUAUUGCCUGAGAACAUAUAUGGUAUUGGAGAACCUUGUGAAAUUACUGAUCCAGUAUUGGUUUGUGAAGUUCCAUCUGUUCCUCAAGAUUUGUAUGUAAUUGAUACCACAAAAUCUACUGUCAUUCUUGGAUGGGAAAAACCACUUCAUGAUGGUGGCAGCAGACUUUCUGGCUAUGUUAUUGAAGCCUGCAAAACUGGAAGUGACCGCUGGAUGAAUGUUGCUAAUGCAAAACCAUCUGUGCUACAGCACACAGUUGUCUCACUGAAUGAAAAUGAGCAAUAUCUCUUCAGAAUCAGAGCUGAAAAUAGCAGAGGUGUCAGUGAGCCGAGAGAUCUCAUGACACCUGUAACAAUACAGGAAGAGAAAGUCAUGCCAAAGAUUGACUUGACCGGCAUCCCACAAAAGAUUGUCAAUGUGCCAGCUGGUAAGCCAAUUGUGCUCAACAUUCCCAUUAAAGGUAGACCUGCACCAGUGUGUUCAUGGUUCUUUGGUGGAGCCAAGAUGAAGGACAAGCUUGACCGCAUCAAAAUUGAGACAACUGCUAAAUUCACUAAACUGACAGUCCGUGAAACCACAAUUGAUGAUACUGGUGACUACACUCUUGAAGUGAAAAAUGUCACUGGAACAGCAACUGAGGUCAUCAAAGUUAUCAUUCUUGAUAAACCUGGAGUACCUGUUGGGCCUAUGAAAAUUGAUGAGAUUGAUGCCACAUCUGUGACCUGCUGCUGGGAACCACCACUGAAAGACGGAGGUGCAAAUGUCAGUGGAUACGUUGUUGAGCAGCGGGAUGCACAUCGACCUGGAUGGAUGCCAGUGUCUGAAUCUGUCACAAGACCCAUGUUCAAGUUUACAAGACUUGUGGAAGGAACUGAAUAUGUAUUCCGUGUUGCUGCAACAAAUCGUUUUGGUAUUGGCGGGUUCUUGCAAUCUGCAGUUGUUGAGUGCAAGAGUGGCAAAACUGUACCUGGAGCACCCAGCACACCUGAAAUACUUGAUGUGUCUCAUGAUGGCAUGACUCUUACUUGGUCACCACCCGAGGAUAAUGGUGGUUCUACUAUUGCUGGCUACAUUAUUGAGCGAAAAGAGGCUGGAUCUGACAGAUGGAUUCGUAUAAAUAAGAAUACAGUGACCAUGACAAGAUACAGAGCCACAGGACUUAUAGAGGGUCUUGAAUAUGAAUAUAGAGUUACAGCGAUCAACUCUAGAGGCUCUGGAAAACCAAGUGCAAACUCUAAACCAACUAUUGCAAUGGAUCCUAUUGAGCCUCCUGGUAUUCCACUGAACCCAAGAGUCACAGAUACCACAAGAACAUCAGUUUCACUUGCUUGGUGUCCUCCAGAGGAAGAGGGAGGUGCUACUAUAACUGGCUAUCUAAUUGAGAUGCAGAAGGUUGACCAGGUUGAAUGGACAAAAUGCAACACAACACCAACAAAGAUUUGUGAAUACACUCUGACACACAUGCCUCAGGGAGCUGAAUACAAGUUCCGUGUGAUGGCGUGUAAUGCUGGUGGAGCUGGAGAACCAGCUGAGAUUCCAGGAGUGGUCAAAGUUACAGAAAUGCUUGAAUAUCCUGAUUUUGAGCUGGAUAAAAUCUACCAGGAAGGCUAUGUUGUCAGACAAGGUGGUGUCAUCAGGCUAUCUGUGCCCAUCAGGGGCAAACCUUUACCAACAUGCAAGUGGACAAAGGAAGGUCGUGACAUUUCUCAUAGAGCUAUGAUUGCAACCAGUGAAGAACGUACUGAGCUUGUGAUUAAGGAAGCACAUAGAGAUGACACUGGCACCUAUGACCUUGUGUUGGAAAACAAAUGUGGAAAGAAGGCUGUCUAUAUUAAGGUUAAAGUUAUUGGGCGCCCAGAUCCACCUGAGGGUCCUCUUGAAUUUGAUGAUAUUCAGACACGCUCAGUCAGAGUGAGCUGGAGACCACCCUCAGAUGAUGGAGGUUCUGAUAUCUUUGGUUACAUUGUGGAGAGGCGAGAGGUGCCUAAAGCAGCUUGGUAUACUGUUGACUCACGUGUGGUUGAUACAUCACUUGUGGUCAAGGGACUGAAGGAAAAUGUUGAAUAUCACUUCAAGGUUACAGCAGAGAAUCAAUUUGGUAUAAGCAAAUCCCUGAAAUCUGACGAAUCUGUUACACCAAAGACUCCUCUUUGUCCACCAGAACCUCCUAGUUUCCCUCCAGAAAUCAUGGAUGUUACAAAGACCACGGUUGGCCUAUCCUGGUCAAGGCCAAAGGAUGAUGGUGGAUCUCGUGUAACUGGAUACUAUGUUGAGAGAAGAGAGGUUUCCACUGAGAAAUGGGUGCGUCAUAACAAGACUCAUAUCACGACGACAAUGUAUACUCUCACUGGUCUCAUCCCUGAUGCGGAGUACCAAUUCCGUGUAAUUGCUCAAAAUGAUGUUGGUCAAAGUGAGCCUGGACCUGUAUCCGAGUCAGUUGUUUGCAAAGAUCCAUUUGAUAAGCCAGGCCAACCCGGUGAGUUUGACAUCAUCUCUAUAACCAAGGACAGCAUAACCAUUCACUGGUUACGUCCUGAAUCUGAUGGUGGAAAGGAGAUCCUUGGGUACUGGAUUGAAUACAGGCAAGCAGGUGAAAGUGCCUGGAAAAAAUGCAACAAAGAGCGUUCAAAGGACAGACAGUUUACCAUGGGUGGACUCAUGGAAGCUACGGAGUAUGAGUUCAGAGUGUUUGCUGAAAAUGAAACUGGACUAGGUAGACCAAGAAGAACAGCAAUGGGCAUUAAAACCAAACUGAGUGUCGGAGAAGCUCCAUGCCUGAAAGCGGAAAUCAAAGAAAUUACCACUAAACUAGGAGAGUCUGGAACAAUGACAUGCCAAAUUAUUGGAAGACCUCUUCCUGAAAUCAAAUGGUAUAGAUAUGGAAAGGAGUUGAUCCUGAGCCGAAAAUACAAGAUGAGCUCUGAUGGACGAAAUCACUCUCUAACAGUAUUUACAGAUGAGCAAGAAGAUGAAGGCUUGUACACAUGUAGAGCUAUCAAUGAGGCAGGUGAAAUUGAGACCAGUGGCAAGCUCCUUUUGCAGGCUGCACCACAAUUCCAUCCUGGAUUCCCAUUAAAGGAAAAAUACUAUGCAGGUUGUGGAACAAGCCUACGUCUCCAUGUUGUCUAUAUUGGUCGCCCCAUUCCACAAAUCAUGUGGUUCUAUGGCAAGAAGCCUCUCAAUCCAUCUGAGAAUGUCAUAAUUGAAAACACAGAAAGUUACACUCACUUAGUUAUCAGAAAUGUCCAGCGUAAGACAAAUGCUGGAAAAUAUAAGGUGCAAAUGAGCAACAAAUUUGGCACAGUGGAUACUGUUCUACGUGUUGAAAUCCAAGAUAAACCUGUAAUACCUGAAGGACCAAUUGUUGUUGAUGCACUCUUGAAGAGCUCUGUGAUCAUUAGCUGGAAACCACCCAAAGAUGAUGGUGGAUCAUUGAUCACAAAUUACAUUGUAGAGAAAUGUGAAGCAAAAGAAGGUGAACAAUGGCAUCUUGUGUCAUCAGCUAUCUCAGGAACCACAUGCCGUGUUCCAAACCUUACUGAGAGUGCUGGAUAUUACUUCCGGGUUUCUGCACAGAAUCAGUAUGGAAUAAGUGAACCUCUUGAGAUUCCAUCUGUUGUUAUCAUCAAGAGUCCAUUUGAGAAACCUGGAGUCCCACAACAGCCAUUUGUUUCUUCUGUAACAAAGGAUUCAUGUGUUGUUUCUUGGAAAGCACCAACCAGUGAUGGAGGUGCCAAAAUUAAGAACUAUUUCCUUGAAAAAAGAGAGAAAAAACAGAACAAAUGGAUUGCAGUUACUACAGAAGAAAUCCAUGAGACAUCUUACACUGUUAAAGGCCUUCUUGAAGGUUUUGAAUAUGAAUUCCGUGUCAAAUGUGAAAAUAUUGGUGGAGAGAGUGACUGGAGUGAGAUUUCAGAACCAGUCAUUCCAAAAUCAGAUACAGCUCUCCGUGCCCCAUUCUUCAAAGAAGAAUUGAGAGACAUGUGUGUAAAAUACAAGGCAACCGCAACAUUUGUCACAAAGGUUAUCGGACAUCCCAGCCCAGUGGUUAAAUGGUUCAAGAACGGCAAAGAAGUUUUACCUGAUGGAGAGAAAAUAAAGGUCCAAGAAUUCAAGGGAGGUUACUUCCAAAUUGUAAUCAGCAAUGCUGAUGAGAAUGAUGCAGGUGUUUACCAAAUUAGAGCUACUAAUCAGCUCGGGUCAAUCUCCAAAAGUAUGAACCUAGAGGUUGAGGUUCCUGCCAAGAUUCACUUGCCAUUAAAUCUCCAAGGCAUGGGAGCUGUUCAUGCCAUUCGUGGUGAAGUCGUUACAAUCAAGAUUCCCAUUAGUGGCAAGCCUGAUCCUGUUGUGACUUGGCAAAAGGGACAAGAGAUGAUUAAUAAUACAGCUUAUCAUCAAGUAAUUAUCACAAGAUCUUUCACCUCCCUGGUGUUCCUAAAGGGAGUACAAAGGAAGGAUUCCGGCUACUACAUAAUUUGUGCCAAAAAUCGAUUUGGUGUGGAUAAACAGACAGUUGAACUUGCUGUUGCUGAUGUCCCUGAUCCACCAAAAGAUGUUAAAGUCAGCGAUAUUGGCAGAGAUACACUCACUCUCACGUGGAGUGCUGGAAAUGAUGGUGGAAGUGAAAUUAUCAAUUACAUUAUAGAAAAGUGCCCUACCACUGGAGACAGAUGGAUUCGUGUUGCUCAGACAUGUGAGACCCAAUACACCGUGAUGAGUCUCUUUGGCAAAACAAAAUACCAGUUCCGUGUGAUUGCAGAAAACCAUUUUGGCUUGAGUGGUCCAUCUGUGCCAACUGAUCCUGUGACAACAAAAGAAGACAAGUUAGCUAUUCGAAACUAUGAUGAGGAAGUGGAUGAAACAAGAGAGAUUACAAAGGAGGAAGCACCACAUUCAAAAGUCAAACUUUUGCCAUCUCUGUACACAGUCUCUGAGGAACUUGCACGAAAUGGACACUUUGGCAUUGUACAUCGCUGUGUGGAAAUAAGCUCCAAGAAGACAUUCUUGGCAAAAUUCAUCAAAGUUAAAGGUGCUGAUCGAGAACUGGUUGCAAGAGAAAUUGAGACACUCAAUAUUGCAAGACAUAAAAAUAUUGUUUAUCUUCAUGAAUCCUUUGAUAGCCUGGAAGAAUACGUCCUUAUCUAUGAAUUCAUAUCUGGUAUGGACAUCUUUGAGCGUCUUGGUACAAACUUUGACCUCACAGAGCAAGAAAUUGUUCGGUAUAUGAGACAAGUGUGUGGAGUCCUUAAGUUCUUGCACAGUCACAACUACUGUCAUUUUGAUAUCAGACCUGAUAACAUUGUUUAUUCUACAAGGAAGAGCAGUACAAUCAAGAUCAUUGAUAUGGGUCAAGCUAGGUUGCUUACACCUGGAGAAAACAUCAGGAUUCAGUUCACUGCCCCUGAGUACUGUGCACCUGAAAUCCACAACAGUGAUUUUGUCACCACUGCCACUGACAUGUGGUCUGUAGGUGUUCUUGCAUAUAUCCUCCUUAGUGGACUUAAUCCAUUUGCUGCUGAAUCACACCAGAAAAUGGUUGAGCACAUUUCAAAUGCAGAGUAUGUGUUUGACAGUGAAGCCUUUAAAGAGACCAGCCUUGAAGGUAUGGACUUUGUCGACAGACUGUUGACUAAAGACCGCAAGCUACGUAUGACUGCCUCUGAAGCUUUGGAGCACCCUUGGCUCAAGUCGAAAUUGGAACAUGUUAGUUCAAAGGUCAUCAAGACUUUGAGACACAGAAGAUACUACCAAUCACUGGUGAAAAGGGAAUGGAGCACUGUUAUUUCAGCAGCUCGUGUUGCCUAUGGUGGUGGCUACAGAAACCAGAGAAAUGUUUCCAUUGGCAGAGUGAAAGUUGGACAUCCUGAUCAAGGCUUGAGAGCGGGUCCCGUCAUGCAUUGCUCUGCUGAAGAGGGAGGACAUAUCAGGUUUGUGUGCUGCCUUGAGAACUACAACAGAAACACCGAAGUGACCUGGUACUUUGGUUCCCGCAAACUGACUGCAAGCCACAAAUAUGAAAUCAGUUAUGUUAAUGGAGUUGCUAGCAUCUAUGUUAAAGACAUAGAAGAAUGUGACGAUGGAUUAUAUAGAUGCAAAGUUGUCUGUGAAGACAGGGAGGAUAAUGCAUAUGCUGAGUUGUUUGUUGAGACAGUUAGGUCCUUCCGAGAAUACUAUCUGGGACGCUCGCUCAAGAAACCAAGGCGUAGAAUUGACAAAACAAAAAUUUUGCAGAGGCCUCCAGAGUUUACUUUGCCAUUGUACAACCGUGCAGCAUACAUUGGUGAAGAUGUGCGCUUUGGUGUAACAAUUACAGUCCAUCCAGAGCCAAGUGUUACAUGGUUAAAGGCCGGACACAGGAUCAAACCAGAUCCUACAAAAUACACAUUCACAAGUGACAAGGGUCUUUAUCAACUCAUGAUACACAAUGUUGACCUCAGUGAUGACGCUGAAUACACUGUUGUAGCAAACAACAGGUUUGGCGAGGACAGUUGCAAGGCCCGUCUCACUGUAACACCACAUGUUGUUGCUGAGGACAGUAUGAAACCAAUGUUCAAACGUCUCUUAGCUAAUAUUGAGUGUGUUGAGGGUCAAAGCGUCCGCUUUGACUUAAGAGUAUCUGGAAUCCCUGCACCAAUCCUGAAAUGGGAGAAAAAUGGGAAACCACUUGAGUUCAGACCACAAGUUGAAGUUGUUCAAGAGGAUGUAGAACAUCAUGUUCUACAUAUCAGAGAAACCCUCAUAGAGGAUUCCGGCACAUACAGAGUUACUGCAUCAAAUGCAGCUGGAUCAGCAAGUUGUCAAGCUGCUCUCAAAGUUGAACGUAUAACAUACAAAAGGAGGGAGUUCAAGAGUGAGGAAGAGAGGCAGACGUAUGUAAGGAACCAAAUAGAAAAGACACUGAAAAUGGCACAACAGUUCUCAACAGCAGAGGUUGUUACACUUAACCCUGUAGCACAGGAAGCAUUGAAGGAAGCUGCUGAAUUAUAUAAACCUGCAGUCAGCACCAAAAAUGUGCAGGGUGAGUUUGACAUCUCUGUUAAAGAGGAUCAAGAACUAAAGAAAAUAAAAGAGGAAGAGAAGAAGAUACGUAUGCCUUACGAAAUCCCUGAAGCUCGUGCAUAUGAUCCAACUGUUCUCAUUGAAGAUAAGUUGAUCAAACACUUUGUGCCCCUAUCUGACAUGAAAUGGUACAAGAAACUACGUGACCAGUAUGAGAUUCCUGAGAGAAUGGAAAGAAUUGUUCAGAAGAGACAGAGGCGUAUUCGUCUUUCCAGAUGGGAGCAAUUUUAUGUCAUGCCACUGCCUAGAAUAACUGAUCAGUACAGACCAAAGUGGCGCAUUCCAAAACUUACACAAGAUGAUUUAGAAACUGUUCGACCAGCAAGAAGAUCACCAUCCCCUGAGUCAGAGGCAUCAUUCAGACUGAGAAGGCGCUCACUAGGAGAUAUUUCAGAUGAGGAGCUCCUCGAGGCUGAGGACUAUCUGACAAUGAAGAGAACUGAAAAAGAAAGGCAAGAGCUUGAAGAAGAACUUGAGCUUGGCUUCUCUGCCUCCCCACCCAGUGGAAGCCCUGUCCGUUUUGAGCUGUCUGCACUACAUCAUGUCUCACCAAGACCAGUUCACAAAGCUGAAGUGAGACACGUAGAAGAGACAAAACAUGUAACAACAACUGAGCAAGCUCGAGGCUCUCCUCCUCCCAUUUCACAUUUCAUGAGGAGGAGGAGAUCAUUAUCUCCAACAUACAUUGAACUGAUGCGCCCUGUCUCUGAACUCAUCAGACAACCUCGUGCACGCAUCUCUACAGAGGCUGAAGUUGAAAUUAUUGAAAGAAGAUCACCCACCCCUGAGAGGACACGUCCUCGAUCACCAAGUCCUGUGUCAACUGAAAGAAGAUCUUCCAGAUCCUCCUCUAGAUUUGAAAGGUCUGCAAGAUUUGACAUUAUGUCAAGAUAUGAAGCAAGGAAAGCAGCUCUCAAAUCUGAGCGCAAGUACCAGGUUGUGACACAACAGCCUUUUAGUCUUGACCAUGCUCCACGUAUCACAGUAAGAAUGCGUUCUCACCGUGUACCAUGUGGACAAAACACUAAAUUCACACUGAAUGUUCAAUCAAAGCCAGAUGCUGAUAUCCAGUGGUUCCAUAAUGGACAACAAAUACAAGACAGCAGCAAAUACCAAUUCACAAAUAUGAGUGGAGUCCUGUCUCUUCAGAUUAAUGACUGUCAGGAAGAGGACAGUGGCACAUAUCGUGUUGUCUGCACAAAUUCAAAGGGUGAGGCAUCAGACUAUGGAUCUCUUGAUGUUUCGGGUGGAGCAUUUACUACUUACUCUUCAAGACGUCGAGAUGAAGAGGCUCCAACGCCAUUUGUACCUGAUAUAACAAAAACUGAUUAUUAUCAUUCAUCAACAAUCAGAGCUUCCUCUGCCUCAAGAACUCACUUGGAGAUCAAAGAAACCAAAACUAAAUUGACAGAGAGACGUGAAGUUUCUGCCUUUGAAAAGUAUGAAUCACAGAAGCUUGCAUCAUCUCCAAUUAGAUUUGCAUCCACUGAAUACCUAUCAUCAGCUUCAUAUUCAUCCUCUGAAAGGCAUACAACAUCGGAAAAACUUGUGUCAUCUGAAUCAAAGGUAAAAGAAUCAGAAACAACAUCUGAGGUUUCAGUAAAGAAAGUGAAAGCUACUCUUUCAGCCAAAAUACUCACAAAACCACAGUCUCUGACUGUAUCUGAGGGUGACUCUGCACGAUUUGUCUGUGAUAUUGAUGGAGAGCCAGCACCAAGUGUCACAUGGAUGCAUGAGGGAAGAACAAUUGUCUCCUCACACCGUAUUCAUGUGUCUACAACACAGUAUAAGUCUACAUUUGAAAUUUCAUCAGUUGAGUAUUCAGAUGAAGGCAGUUACACUGUAGUUGUAGAAAAUUCAGAAGGAAAGCAAGAAGCAAGGUUUACCUUAACCAUUCAUAAACAAAUAGUUAAAGAGGAAGGUACACCUAUACAAGUGAAGCCACCAGAACCCUCAGUAACAUCUCCAGUGACAUCAGUUAAAUCUCCAGAGCCAUCAGUAGCAUCUCCAGUGCCAUCAGUUGCAUCUCCAGUGCCAUCAGUUAAGUCCCCAGAGCCCUCUGUGAAAUCACCAGUGCCAUUGGUAAAGUCUACGGAGCCUUCAGUAAAGUCUCCUGUUCCCUCAGUGAAGUCUCCAGAACCCCAAAUUAAAUCACCAGAACCCACUGGUGUUAAGUCUCCUGAACCUCGAAUUAAAUCUCCAGAGGGUGUCAAAUCCCCAUUGAAACUGAAGUCACCAGAGCCAGCAGCUUCUCUUCAGAGGGUAAAGUCUCCACCUCCUAUUAAGUCUCCUGAACCAACCACCCCUCAAAGAGUAAAGUCUCCAACAGCUCUGAAGUCUCCUGAGCCUAUUGUUUCACCUCCCAGGGUAAAAUCUCCACCUCCAUUGAAGUCUCCUGAGCCGGUUGCUUCCCCUCUGAGAGUUAAAUCCCCUACAGGACUUAAGUCUCCUGAGCCUCAGAGAGCCAAAUCCCCACCAACAGUCAAAUCUCCUGAGCCAAUCCUGUCACCUAAAAGAGUUAAAUCUCCACUUACAGUGAAAGCUCCAACCCCCUCAAAGGAAGCACCACCUAAGAUCAUUCAGCAACUCAAAGCUGAAGCUUAUGAAGACAAAAUUAAGAUGAUCUUUGUUGCCGAGAGCUCAGUAAGAGAAGUUGUGUGGUACAAGGAUAGCAGAAAACUGAGUCAAAGUAGUCGCUACCAGAUUCAUUCAUCUGCAGAUGGAACUUGCUGUCUCUAUAUAUCUGAUGUCUCAGAGAGCGACCAAGGGGAAUACUCCUGUGAAAUCAUAAGUGAAGGAGGAGCAGUGUCAAGAACAUCAUUUUCUUUUGUUGGUCAAGUAUUCCAAGCAAUCUAUAGAAAAGUAACUGCAUUUGUGGCUACACAAAUGGCAGUUCAAGAAUCCAUGUCAUCCCAAAUACGUGGGGGAAGCGAAAUGGUUGUUAAGAGGGACAGUGCAGCUGUUAGUAGUGUGCAUGAAAGCAUUUCUUCUAAAUCCAUCCACAUGGAGAGCACAAUGCAAGAGGCAUCCUUCAGCAGUUCUUCAAUGGCUGAGAUGAAAUUUGAAACUAUGUCAAUGUCUAGCAUGUCCUCUAUGACAUCGGAGUCAGUAUAUGCAAUGAGCUCAAGCAGUAUAAUGUCAAGUCAUUCACAUGUUGAAGAAUCUUCAGUUAGAGCAGCUCUCCAUAGUGCUCAAGGCUUAGCUCCAAGAAUUGAAGCUCUUCCUGAAGAUAUCAGCAUUGAAACUGGAAAAGUUCUAACAGUGGCCUGUGCUUUCUCUGGAGAGCCAGCACCUCGUAUUGAGUGGUCACGUGGUGGAAAGAAACUACCUGGCGAGGAAGAAAGCAGUAGGUUCCAUAUUGAGACCACAGAGGACCUAACCACACUCAUCAUCACUGGUGUGAAAGAGAGUGAUGCUGGGGCAUACACACUCAAACUUUCCAAUGAGCAUGGAUCUGACAUGGCAACUGUUACCAUCAGCAUUAGAUCAAAGUAAAGCCAUAAUUUCUACCCCCACCCCUUCCUCUAUUAAGUGACUUUUCUAUUUAUUAAAUGAGCAGAAAAAAGUCUUGAUAAAUACCUGGAUAUCUGUUCCUGUAAAUAUAACCUUUUUUUUAUUUACCAAACUUGACAUUAAUUUAUGCCAAACUAGACUAAAGUCUAAAGUUAUUAUAAAAUAUGCCAUAUUGGAUAAUUAUGACUUAGGAUUUUUGAUCCAUUUUUCUGUGACAUGUACAUAAUGUAUAUAGCCGAAUUUAACGGUUAUGGAAAAUGUAUGAAUUGUUAUUUAUAACAAUAUUAACUGAAACAAAUGGAACUAAAUGUUUAUCAGGAGAAAGUUUCACAUGGAACGAAUACCUUGAUAAACCUGAAACUAAACUCUGUGCCUCAACAAUAAGUUGAAGUCUUAAGAUUGCCUCAACAGGUAGAGAGGCUCCCUGUUGAAGUUAACACUAAAUCUAAGAGACUAAGUUAUACCUGCAUGUUUACUCAUGCAGUGUUAUUAUAACCAUACUCUUAUGCAUUGUUACUUGAAUGUAAGGCCUUGAGUGCUGUUUGCAUAUUACCCUCAUGUAAGCAGGGCGACUAGGCCUUGUGUUCAGACAGACUAUGUCAUACCACCGUUUUAAUGACAAGCUCAAGGUGCGAGCGGCCUGCACUUUAUGAGCAAAAAUGUUUAAUGUGCUCUGUUUCUGGCAAGGGACUGCUUGAAUAAACUUUCAAAAUUAACAUCUCCUGGCCAAUAAGUAAAGUAUAUCUUGUACUUCCUUGCAGAGGCAGAGCUUCCUCUUGGAGGAUUGCUUUGAAGCAUUGUGUGUUUGUGUGUUAGCUUUAGAAUUCACCUAAUCAGUUGUUGGGCAAACAUCAAGAAAGUGUGCCACAGCAACUCCACCUGCUGUGCAAUGGGAAAGAAAUGGUUUAGUACCUAAAUGCCCUGCACUUUGGUUUGAUUUUAUGUAGAAUUGUAGUAUUAUCUAUAUAUGCAACCUCCUUGAGUAUUAAUGAUUCAAUAAAGCAUGUUCUCAGCACUAAA